GCCAGCCAGGCGGCGGCGGCGGUGGCUGCCUGUUCCCUCAGCAUGCCGCGCCGCUGCUGCUGCUGGCGCCUCUGAGUCCGGCCGAGCGGCUGUCCGGCCGCCGCCGCCGCCGCCGCCCAAGACGAAGACGACGACGGAGAAGCCGCCGCCGUUCCGGGAGGCACUCAUGAGCUCGGAGGCGCCUUCCCGCGCAGCCACGCAGCUCCGCGCCCUCUUUCGCAUGGAGCCGGCUCCGCCCGCCUCGUCCGAGCAGCUGCUGGGAGCCUCGGAGUUCCUCAAAGGUGAGGCGGCGGCGGCGGCGGCGGAGGAGGAGGAGGGGUCUCCCCUCCGCAAGUAGGGGUCGCCCUCCCGUCAUAUAAAGGAAAGGGGCGCGACGCAACAACUGCCCCCCCCCCCGCUGUCCCGGGAGCGCCUUGGCCGGGGCGGGGGUGAGAACCGCCUCUUUCCCCGGGGCGAAGUUCGGCGCGCGCCCCGGAGCGAACGCGAAACUCCCUUCAGUCCCUGCGGGAGAAGCUGUUUCGAGGGGAGCCCUUGCAACCCCCCCAAAUCGCGAGGCGGGCGGCAAGGGUCCCCCCGUCGGCGGGAGGGGAAGGAGAGUUAUGGAGGAGGCGGAGACGUCGCCGCCCAGCUGCGAGAUCUUGGUGGCAGGUAAUGCUUGCUCCGGAGUGAAACCCGAUCAAAUGCGUAGGGUUCUUUCUUUCUUUUUUCUUAUUUUUUUACGGGGGGACAAGCGACUCUCCCUACCCGCUUUGAACUAACACCCAAGUUCCAACGGGACGUAUAACUUGAAGAUCUUACUUCAUGGUCUCCCUUUUUCUUUUUUCUUGCAGACAGACUAUAUUUUGCUACUUUACGAAACCGACCCAGAAGCACAGUAAACACGCACUAUUUCUGUACGGAUGAGGAGCUUGUUUAUGAAAAGUAAGUUCGUAUUUCUUCCGCUGUUGUUGUUUUUUUAAAUUCCUCCUUCGCCUUUCUGCUCACUUUCGUUUUCAGCGUUGUUGGUCCCCCCCCCCCCCCUUGUCGCCAAGUGAUUGGGAAAAGCUUGGGGGAAGAGGGGAGAACAAACUUAAGUGAAAUACUUCUGUAUAAGUUAGCGGUAUAUGUGGCCAAUUGGUUGUUUUUAUCAAACCCGUCCUUGAGACUUAAUUGCGUUUUAGUUGAAUUUUAAACAGAAAAUGGGCGCCCCCUUACCCCACCUCCGGUUUCCUGCUUUUUUAUAAAAUGGAUUCUACUGUGGCCAUAGGUCUCUGUGUAAAGUAUUAUUCUCAAAUCGAAUUCACAUCUUAAAGAAGAAGCCGGUUGUAACUGUCUGCAAAUGUUGGGUUAGAAGUAUUUUCUCUACAAUUCGAUGAAAAAGCAAAACAUUGUAGAUGCACUACUGAUCUACAGAUCUGCUAAGUGCAUGAUAGUGGUUAGCAAUGAAUAUAUAUUGAGUUUGCAGCAUUAAAUGUGCUGUAAGAUGGGUCAUUCAGUUUUAUGGUAAGUGAACCUCAGUUCACUGAACUUUGGAGCAUGGUUGUUAAAAUCAUUACUUCAUCAAGCUGCUCUUGUGACUGUGUUUUUGUACACUGUGAUUAAUUCCGCCUGCUGAUUGAUACUUUCUGGGAUGAAACAAGCACUUCAGGAGUUCAGAGAAUAACAAGAAGAGCUUUUAAGAUAGUAUCUUUCUUUUUACACUGCCAACUUUGGUUGCAGCACUGCCUUCCCCCUCCCAGCAAUUUCUGUCUCUGAUGUAAUUUAGCUAUGGAGUUUGGGCACUGAAAAUUUACAGAUGAAAGGGAGGGAUUUGCAUUAAAGUUGUUGCUAAAUAAUUCUACUAUAAUAGUAGCUUGAGUCAGUAGCAGCAUAAUAAAAUGGAAAUAAAAUAAAUAAAGGAAGGCUCAAAACCUUCGUGAUUUCUAUAAGUGAUAUUCAUUGCCUAAGUACUUUUGCACUCUUCAGAGUACAGUCUGUAAAAAGUGAUACUGCUUUGCUUUCAGUGAGAUUUAGGCUGCAAUCCUGAUACAACAUGCCUGGAAGUUAGCCCCCUUGAAUUCAGUAGGACUUGCCUCUGAGAAGACACAGGAUUGCACUGUUAUGACUAACUUCUGAUAGAUUGUGUCCUAGGCAUCCUUACACAAAUGUUUAUUAGUGAAAGACAGAUUAGACUUAACAUUGGAAGGACCUAUAUUUAGCAAUGCAGUCAAGCUGUAGAUAUACAUAGCAGUUGUGUUAACAAUCCCUGAAUGCUUUGGUUGUCAUUCUUAUCACUCUUCAUUUUCUAAAGUGGCUCAUGAACCUGCUUAAAUUGGCUGGCAAGUUUGUUUUAAGUUCAUUGUUGGGAUGCUGAUACAACUUGUGUCACUCUCAUUUUCUUAGGAGCUUCAAAUCCUUGUUGGCCAGUCACAGAUAAGCCCUGACACUUCUGUUCUAGAAAUAUUUGAGGAAUUUCACACUGCUCUCUGAGACUUAAAAAAACACCGUGGGUAACCAGAUUGACAUCAUUUGCUGGACAGACUUAGGAUAAGAAGAAUGUUAAAAAAAACCUGAUGAGAAAGAUGGGUGGCAGCAUAGCUCCUGAAGCAGAGUAUGCAGGGGAAGGUGGAAACACAUGUUUAGGAGGAGGAAGGUAGUACAGAUUUCUGGAGUAGGCCGUAACCUGGGCUGCUGUCCAAGGUGUCCAAAUAAGUAGGAUUAAUCCUUUGAAUAGCGGACAGGGCUAAUGUGUAGUGACUGACAGGACUAAUGCAUUGCAAACUGGAAGCAAAAUGCACGUAGAUAUUCAGUGAUGUGGGAUAGGAAACAUUGCAGAAAGUUUCAUUUUCUAAAAAAAAAAGUGUUGCUUCAUAAAAUAAGUACCGUAUUUUUCGCUCUAUAAGAUGCACCAGACCACAAGACGCACCUAGUUUUUGGAGGAGGAAAACAAGAAAAAAAAUAUUCUGAAUCUCAGAAGCCAGAACAGCAAGAGGAAUCGCUUCGCAGUGAAAGCAGCAAUCCCUCUUGCUGUUCUGGUUUCUGGGAUAGCUGCGCAGCCUGCAUUCGCUCCAUAAGGCGCACACACAUUUCCCCUUACUUUUUAGGAGGGAAAAAGUGAGUCUUAUAGAGCAAAAAAUAGGAUAAGUACAUUGAGGAGCACAUCAUUUUUUAUUUUAACUACCCUGAAUAAUUUGGUAUACUAUAAGUAACAUAGGCGCUUUUCAACUAAAUAAUUGUGGUAGUGGAAGUCAGCACAAGGAAUUCCCCCUUGUGCUACAGGACUUCUGAAUCCUCCUUCCCCAGCGACUUUAAACCCCCCCCCAUCUGCUCUGGAGAACCCCCAGAACAACACACAGUGAGAAGAGAGGGGAGAUAGUUCUGUCAGCGUAAGCAUUUCUGGUUGCCCAACAGGACUAUCUCCUUUGCGCUAUGCUGAAUACAACCCAUAGGGUGGUAUCUGACUGUCAUAAUUGGAGUCAACCCACUGAAAUAGACCACCCUGUUUACAGCACAAUCCUAUACAGUGGUACCUCGGGUUAAGAACUUAAUUCGUUCUGGAGGUCUGUUCUUAACCUGAAGCCGUUCGUAGCCUGAGGUACCACUUUAGCUAAUGGGGCCUCCCGCUGCCGCCGCCGCACAAUUUCUGUUCUCAUCCUGAAGCAAAGUUCUUAACCCAAGGUACUAUUUCUGGGUUAGCAAAGUCUGUAACCUGAAGCGUCUGUAACCCGAGGUACCACUGUACAUGCUUAUUCAGAAGUAAUUCCCAUUGUGAAGUUUACUUACAGGUUAGUGCAGAUAGGACUGCAGUCUUAAUGCUUCUGUCUGAUACACUCCAAGCCCAUCAUUAGGUGAAAAAUUGAUAUUUACCCUUAAGGCUUUUGGAGUCAAUUCAACUCCAUGAAUGAAUUAAAACACCACCACCCCUACACACAUGACAGAGUCAAAGUGUUCCUGUCAAAUGCUGUUAAUAGAUUAGCUAUUUGCCAUGUCUACAGGUGGUUAGCCAUAUGACCUGCUCUGUUUAUUUCAUGUGAGAAAGGUGACCAUAGAAGGUGAAAAUACUUUUAUCUUUUAUCUAUUUUCAUAAUCGACAACACACUCACUUGCCCAGACAUUUCCACAAACUGUGUUGGGGAUCAGUAGUACCCUACAGAUUUACAAAACUCCUUUCUGAACUUGAUUUUUGCAACAUUUCCUCUUCACCUACCUUAUGAACCAGCAAAAUAUUUUUAAUAGAUUAUAUCCUAUGGUGGCUUUGCAUUAGCAUAUGCACUUACUGUGAAAGGCAGGGCUCGUACUGAUUAUCUAUCUCCCCAAUGCCAUCCACACUCUUAACAUCUACUUGGAAUUCAGGGAUUCUUUGGGACAGUAUGGGAUCACAGAAUCAUAGAAUGUGCAUAAAAGCUGCAAGUGUUAGGAGGGAUUGAUGGAAAUGGAAGUGCUCCCUCCACAAAACCACCAUUGGAUAUUACCCAUAUAGUGGUGCCUCGGGUUAAGAACUUAAUUCGUUCUGGAGGUCCGUUCUUAACCUGAGGUACCACUUUAGCCAAUGGGGCCUCCCGCCACCGCCGCACAAUUUCUGUUCUCAUCCUGAAGCAAAGUUCUUAACCUGAGGUACUAUUUCUGGGUUAGCGGAGUCUGUAACCUGAAACAUCUGUAACCUGACGAUCUGUAACCAGAGGUACCACUGUAGUUAUCAUAUUGCCCAAAACUUAGCAAUACAACUUUGGGUGUUCCAAUUGCAGUUGCUAAGGUUGCAAGUAGCCAUCACCCUUAAUCCAGUAUGCAGCAAGACUUAAUGCCCAUUCUCAGUCAAGGACUUUUAACUGGUCACUUUUUUCACAGAAAUGUCUUUACAAAAUGGAGGUUCUCAAAUCAAAUUCACAUUACAAAUCGAAUUACCAUCAAGGGCAUGAUGUCACUGGCUUUCCACCAAAAGGAUAAAUAAAGUCUUUGGAAUUGUUGUCUGGCUUCAGCCCUGGACUACCAGUGUCAGAGAGGAGCUUCCUCCUCGGUGUGACCUGUGGAAUAUGUUUACCCACAAUCUUCCACAAUGCUGUUUGCAGCAUAAUAAUGUUACAACUGAUGAACAAUUAGGGCCAUUCAAAAGACAUUUCCAGUGAGGCAAAGUAUGCUUUCCAGACCUUCAAAAUUAUGCAACAAGAGCUUGAAACCUAGGCCCAUCAGGGGCUGAGAACCUUAAAUUUACAUGGUUCUAGAUGAAAUAUAACAACUGAUAAUCUUCUUGCCAAAGGCACACAAAGUUCAGUAGUGGGGAGGGAUUGCUUUGGUUGGCUCAUUGAAACAAUCAAAUUAGUAAUUGCCCCAUAAUACCUUGCCUGCAAAUCCAGAAGUCUUUCAGCAGCAUUUUUGGUUUAUAAAAUUCCUAUGUACAGUAUGCUUGUAUUGCUAUACUGAUCCAUUAGCUGAAGUUUCCAACAUUUAAAGAAUUUCACUAAUGUAUAUUCCUAUUCCAGAUGACCUACAUUCCCUGUUCACUUUUAUAUAGCUUUAAUUAUACUUAAACCACCAGGAAGACUAAAAAAAUUCAUUUCUUAGUCAUGCGAAAAAUAGGGGCUUGUGUUGUUUGGCCACAUAACGUCACUUAAAGCCUACAGCUCUUAAGAAUAAUUGUAUUGUAAUCAUAAUAAUUCAGUUGAUGAUCAAUACUUUUAAGGGAUAUUUCAGAAUACUCUGUUUUGUACAACAAAUUACCUGCCUCUGGUACAACAAAAGAAGCUCUUAUUUGAAGUAGCUCAUUUUAAACCUAGCAUCAGGAGGGAUUCUGUAGGUUGUGCACUCAUAUGAACUGCUUAUUGCAAGAAAUGAAGAACCCUGGACUUCAUUUGGGACCUAAAGCCAUAGUGACAUAGCUUUCUUGCUCAAGAAGACUUAUCUUCUCUUUCAGAAUCUGCUUUUUAGAUUUAUCUUGAUUUCUCUGCAGAUUUGUACCCCCCUGCCAAAUUCUAGCUCCAUUACAAUUGAUGUAAAGUUCAGUUAGUCAGUGAUCUUUUGAAGACUAAUAUCGACACUGUUCUAGGAAAGUUUCAGGUACUAUGGGAGAGGAAAGGCCUUGCUCUUUGUCUUAUUUUGUUUGCAAAGUGCGCUAUACUCCAUUUCCUCCCUAAAGCUGAACUAGGAUUUUUAACUCAGGCUGAUGCUGCCUGACACAAGAGCAUCAGGAAACUAGAUAGCGCUUAAGAUAACAGUGUAUUUUUUUCCAUCUUUAAAAAUGCUUUAAAGCCUAUAAACACUGGUUUCUUUAAUAAAUCUCGUUUUAUGUUUGGCAACCAGAAAUUUGUGUCUAGGGUUAAUCUUGCUCUGUAGUCCUACUUGCUUUACCCGCUUGAACCACAGUUCAGGGGUUUGGAAUCUUCCCUAGUCACAGGGAUUUAGAUUCACUCUCCAAUUAUUGGGAGGUCAGCUGGUUUUGUUUUAUACUGGGUGGCCUACCAGUCUUGGUAUAAUUGAUAUGUGGCAACUGCCGUUCAAAAGACUUUGCAUACUAAAACAUGCGUAACUGAAGCAUCUCCAUCCAAAAAAACAAAAAAUCAUCCCUUUGUGGCUUUCUUCUGAAAAAUGUACCACUGCAUGGUCACUACUGUCAGCUGCCUAAUCAGAAUGAUUGCAUGCUACAAGAGCUUUACUGCUGGAUCAUACCAAAAGGCUAGCUAAGAAUGCUGACCAGCGGCCAACCAGAGGCUUCUGGGAAGUUUCCAAGUAAAUGAGAGCAGCAGUCAUCCCAUAUUGAUGCCUCCAGAACCUUGUAAUAAGGGGUAUGCUGUUGGCAUUCAUAAAGCUUCUGCUCAGCUGUCAAAGCUAAUAGACCUACUUCUCAGUGAAUUUGUCCAGUGCUUUAUUAGAACUAUUUAAGUUAGGGGCCAUUGCCCCAACUUGUGCUAAGGACUUUCCCUACAUUAAUUAUGCUUUGUUUAAAGAACUAUUUUCUCUUCUCGUGUCCUCAGUUGACUGCCAAGGCAACUACAGUGGAUGACCUCCAAGUUCUGGUACUAUGAGUAAAAUCUUGUCUAAUUCCUCCACAAAUGCCCUUUAGCCAUCUUAAAAAAUAACAACACCAAAAACCUAAAAAAAAAUGUCCUACUCUUCAGUGUUUCAGCAUAUGUUAAAAAAAACCCUCUUUCCAGAUUUAAGAACAGUCCUGAUGAAUCAGGUCAAAGGCCCAUCUAGUCCAACAUCCCAUUCUCAUUGAAACCAAUUAAAUGCUUCUGGGAAGCCCACAAGUAGAUCCUGGGUGUAGUACCAUUCAUGAUUCCCUACAACCAGUUUUCAGAGCCAUACUGUCUCCAACAGUGAACAUAGCCAUCAUAGCUAGUAACCACAAAUAACCUUAUCCUCCGUAAAUUUGUUUUUUGUCCCAUGAUCCUUGCACUUUGGUGUGCUGUAGGGCAUGAUUUGCCUCCGACAUCUAUAUGAAGCUGUUGGGAGUGGUCCUUAGGAGCUUUGGGGCAAAGUCUCGUAACAUUUAAGUUGGGAGGGGCUGUACAUGAUCUGUACCAUUGUCUCCGUGGACUGGGUGAAGGCCAGUAAACUGAGUAUGAACCCUGAGAAGAUGAAGGCAUUGUGGGAGAUUGGCCUGUUAUCGAUGGGGUCACACACUCUCUGAAAGAACUGGUACUUGUCUUGCCGUAACAAUUUAUAUUCGGCUUGCUAGUAUAUAUGACCUUUUUUUUCAUUUGAGCAACUUUUCCUCUGUUUAAUGGAUCUGCCUUGCCCUUUAGUCUUCUUGAUUCUGUCAUUGCUAUCAAGCAACAUCUCUUGGCCGGUCUAGCCUUUUUAAAAAAAAUUAAAAAUACUUUCAAUUGAACUUUCAAUUGAACUUUCAAUUCAACUUUCAAUUGAACUUUCAAUUCAACUUUCAAUUGAACUUUAUAGUUGUUUUAUAAAUUGCUCCAGUUCCUUGAAGAAUUUGACUGUCUUUAAUGACACUUAACAUGUUUUAAUUAAUUCUUUCUUUCACUUUAAUGGAUGUUACUAUUUUAAAACUGAAUUACUUUGCUUGAGAGCCAUGGCAGUGUUUUGCUAAUGAUAGUGCUGUGACUGUUUCCCACUUGACCAUUUAUUGGGGAUCACUUGUCUUUCCUUAGCAAUGCUGAUCAAAACAUACUUUAGAGUACAUCUGCAGUUUGGUUCCCAGCAGGAUUAGAGUGGAGAGUGGUCUUAGCAUACUUCAGUCUCUGCCUGGAAGGCUUCUCUGACAUCAGAGUAUAUAUGUACAGGCAGUGGUGUAGUGUGUGGGGGGCAGGGGGGGCAUCGCCCUGGGCACAAAAUUCUGAGGGAACGCAACCAGGCACCCCCAUGCAGGUGCCAGUUUCUGCGGGGAUCCCCACCCCAGUGGGGACCUAGAAAUCUAGAAAUUCUUUUAAUCAAAUUUAUGUCAACUAAUCAAGUAGUCAGUUGGUCAGUUGCGUUUAUUUGUUAGAAACCAUUUUCAUCGCAAAAAUACAAAGAUACAACCAGUUUAGAAAUACAUUUUAACAUAAGUGGUCCCUGACACAUGGUAUGACAUGUUCUACAAUGGAAUUUUCUGAUCUGCUAACGCAAAUAGAAACUUCCUAUGUAGUGCAUUUAUCCCCAUGCCAUCAACAAUUAACAGAUUUUCUCCCUAUUAUUCAAAAAGGAAACUCUCUGGAGAAUUCAUUUGAGAAGGCUAUUCCUGAGAGAAUUAUGCGGGAAGCAAUACAGUAAGGAAAGAACUAAUCAGUGUGAAGAAAAUUUAAGCCACCUUUUUUUUGGCUGUCUUCCUGAUUUGUGCGUUUUUUUAAAUCUCAGAAUCAUGCUGAGCUUCUGUUCUAGGUGCAGAAGGAUGAUGGAAAAGUAUAUGUCACUAUUUUUGGUUCAAAGUUCCCUAAUGCCAUGCCCAUGCAAUAUCAUUAUGAGUAUUUGAACCACCAUUAAGGCCCAUUCAGUCAUGCAACAUAAGCAAUUUUUAAUGUGUGAUGGUAUCAGAAGGUGGCCUUGCCCAUCAUAAAGGUUCUUCUGUAGUGCUAUUAAUGUAGUACAUUUGUCAUCGUCAUUCCUGUCUGUUGGAUCAACGGACCAAUCAAUCGUAUUUUGACUUGCAGAAAGUGUUCCAUAUUGGGGCAGGUAUUGAAGAUGUUUGCAAAAUGCAGUUUCCCAUUUGUUGGCAAGCAUGGAUUUACAUUGUUAAUCCCCUAUUGUGAGAUAUCUGCAUUCUCAGUAUCACAUAUUUCAUGUUGACUACACUGGCUGUCAAUUCAGUACCUGAAACAUCUGAGUACAGCAUGUUGUUCCCUUCUCCUCUUUCUGAAGGCAGGUUAAGGCUGUUGUCCUAUAAUCCGAGUAGCACUUUUGAAUUCACAUGCAUAGGAUUAGGACCUAAAACCUUCUUUUCCAGAAAUCACAGGGUUACUGUUUUCUGUGCAAGUCUGCUUUUUAAAAAAACAAAACAAAAAACUGUUUACUGAUGUUUCAUUGCAUCUAAUACCACUGUCUUAAAAUUACUGAAUACCAUUGUGAAAUAUAUAUGAACACUUAUAUUUUUAAAAUAGGUAUAGCUUCCUCCCCAUCCUGCCACCUAUUUUCAGGAAUUGAAUUGGCUCCCCUGAAUCCUCUUCAGGUUUUUUCACAUGAAAGAAAGAUCUAACUUUAACAACUAAGCCUUACGAGAUCUACAGAGAUUUAGGCAACUUCCUGCUUCCUAUAAAUGUAGCAAUCAGCAGCAGCAGCUGCCUUUCUUUGUAGCCACGUUGCUUUGAUAACUUUUGAGUUCAAGUUUGUACCAUAACUGCCAUGUCUCAAAUGCCAACUAUUAACACUCCAGCUCUGCCAAGUCCAAUUAAAUAUUUUAUGAUUAAACAUCAAAACAUGUCAUGCCCAGGAAAAUGAAUGUGCUUUUAUACUGUCUCAUGAAAAUAAAAAGCUGAAUAGGCCAGCUAUUCUUUUCCCUUAAGCCCAGUGUAUUGAAAGCGAUUAUUCAUGUUAAGUUGACAUACAUGUCUUAAAUAAAUGUCUUUGCCCUAUUUUUACUGCUUAUCUUGUAAUAAAUAUGGGGAAAAGUAAAGUAGAGGGGAAUGAUCUGCAGCCACAGGGCUGAUUUAGUCAGACUGGUAACUAAUUAAUGAGUUGGGAACUUGUCAUUGGCUUAUUCUUCAAGAAGAAUGCUAGCUCUUGUUCUGUUCUUUGCAAGCAGAUCUAGGCUUGGCAUAUCACACUUGACUGGUUAAUGCACAAUAGGCUUACAUGGGCAGCACAUUCUCUAGCUGGUCUGUAUCUGUUUCAAAUGGAGGAAGCUCAUAAGAACCUUAACUCCUUGUGCUUCGCAACUAAACUCCUUUGCUCCUUCUGAAAUCUUAACAUCCAUCUCAAACGCGCUUUGAAGAUGCUGGAUCUUUUAGGUGUUCAAUCAGCAGAGAGACUAUAAACCAUGCGUAGGCAAACUAAGGCCCAGGGGCCGGAUCCGGCCCAACUGCCUUCUAAAUCUGGUCCACAGACGGUCCGGGAAUCAGCGUGUUUUUACAGGAGUAGAAUGUGUCCUUUUAUUUAAAAUACAUCACUGGGUUAUUUGUGGGGCAUAGGAUUUCAUUCAUUUCCCCCACAAAAAAAUAUAGUCCAGUCCCCCACAAGGUCUGAGGGACAGUGGACCGGCCCCCUGCUGAAAAGGUUUGCUGACCUCUGCAACAGUUGCAUAAGUUACUGUACCUGACAGUGAGCUACAUCAUACAGCUUAUCUGUGAAAGACUCUGAAUUCAUUUAUCAAAAUGCCAUACAGAGCCAAGUACCUCUUUUAAGCUAGCGAGUCCCAUCAACACCAAAGUGGCAUGCUUUAGCUUAAUGUGUCUUGUCUCCAGAAAAUGAAAACUUAGCUGCACCUUCCAACAUCACAGAGCUGUGGGACUAUAUCUGACAUUAGCUUUGUUUUGUCAAAUACCUGAUGGCGUCAUAGGUAUACAAAUCUUGUGAGACAAAGUAAUUGGAUUCUGAAAACAGGACUACUAAUAAAAUGUUAAUUAAUGGAAUACUUACUCAAACUGCUCAAGUGCAUACUUUCCCCCAGUCUAUAAAGUGCUGCUUUUGCACUCUUUAACCUGAAUGGGCCUAUCCUAUAUGUGUGUGUUAUGGGCUGGCAACAGUUACUAAGGGCUCUUGGAAGCAUGACACUUGGUUUGUGAAUCAGCUCAGGUCCUAUCCCUCUUUUACAACAGUAAUGCCUCAUCUUUAUUCCUGGAAGGUGAUCACAGCCUCCUGGACUCUUUACAAUACAUUAGCAGCAGCAGCUUAUUGUCUCUUAUAUUUUAAUUAUUUCACUCCAUUUGGAGUUCUUUUUUUUUGACCUAAAAGUGUUGUUCUGCCCCUACAUUUGGGUAAUUAACAUUUACUGAGUUUUCAAUACUACUACUACUAAUAAUAAUAAUGGGACAAGUGUGAGAUUCUAUCAGUUUAUUAGUGUAAGUACAGCUACAAAAUUAGCAAAUGCAGGAUUACAUUUGCAGUUAAAAAAUUUUCUGAAGGAGCAGAGUAUACAUAUUUUUCCUUAUCUCCUGACAAAUCAAGAUGGUGAUGUUUCUGAUUUCUGAACAGCUGCACUUAAAUCAGCCAGAAAAACUAUAUGGCACCCCUGGAAGAUUGUUAACUGUCUGUAUGUUGAUCAGACAUGGCCAUUGAAUAUAAUCAAAGGUAGUCCUUCAACUUAUCCGUGUGGAGCAGACAUCACCUUUUACUGUAAUCUCAUUGUCUCACCUGCCCUUACACAGUAGAACCAAGUGUUAAUUGUGCUCUGCUGCUACAUACUGUGCCUCUAGGUUUCAGUGGAGAUGUUGCUAGGAAGGGAGAGUCUUCAAAUAGUGAAAUAUUUGACAACAGCAAAAGGACUAAAGUACAAGUUUUUUGACCAUUGGUAUAUAUUUCUUCUAGUUUUUAUGCAGAUUUUGGACCUUUAAAUGUGGCUCUGGUACAUCGAUUCUGCUGUAAACUAAACAAGAAAUUAAAGGUAAGAACAUUGUAUUUUCUUCUAAAUAUUGUUUGUUUGUUUUUGCUAAAAUUUAACAAACUGUUAUUAUUAACAGCCAUUUAUGAUAAUUAACAGAAUUGCUGAAUUUACAGUAAGAUUGUGUUUUUCUCUCUCUGAAUAAAAAAAAUGACAAUUUAUGCUCCAUAUGAAAAUUAGACUAUGGAUUUGUUUAUGCAGUUCCAUGACAUCUAAAAUAUAUACCACAUAUAUUAACGAUAUUCUUCCAGUUAACUCACAAGAUGAUCUGAAACUUUGUUGGAGGAAAAAUAGUUUGAAAAUGAUUAUAUUUCAUAGAAAUUCAUGCAGUGGCAUGAUUCACAUAUAAAGGUGAGCCAGGGUGAAACAAACCAUAGCUUGUAGGGAACAAGCAUGUAUGCUGGUGCAUGCUGUUCAAAUUGCAGCCAUCUCUCUUCCUUUGCUGCAUUAAGAAGAAACCAGCCAGAGUGUUGACUCAAAAUUACAUGCAAAUCAGUGCUUGUGGUCUGUUUUUCCCCUCCAAACCACAAGAGCAAGCAAAUAAUAUACCAUAGUUUGUUCCUGGCUUUGUUCCAGCUGUGUGUUUGAAGAGAAGCAAACCAUGAGUUGCUAGUUUGAAGAUAACACAACGGUUGCCAAACAAGAAAGGGAUGGGUGCGAUUUGAGCAGUGUGUGCUAGGAUUCUGUUUUGUUUCUCUGGUGGGUGUGAAAUGGGCCGUUAUCUCAAUGCGAUAAGUUAAAAAUUUUCUUAAGGCAUAAGCUGUCUUGAACCGUGAUCCACAUGGCCUAUGUCGUAAUAGAUCACUCUUCUUUAAGAUGCUUCAUCCCAAUGCUGAGCCCAAGAGUAAUAAUAAUAAUAAUAAUAAUAAUAAUUUAUUAUUUGUACCCCGCCCAUCUGGCUGGGUUUCCCCAGCCACUCUGGGCGGCUUCCAUAGACACAAAAAAUACAGUAAAAUAUCACAGAUUAAAAGCUUCCCUGAACAGGGCUGCCUUAAGAUGCCUUCUAAAUGUCAGGUAGUUAUUUAUCGCUUUGACAUCUGAUGGGAGGGCGUUCCACAGGAAGAAAAACAAGUAGAAAACAAGUCACUGGUUCAUUGUUCUCUAACCCCUAUUCAUGUGAGAGAUUUAACAUUUGAUAUUACUGGUGUUUCUGCACAGUAAGCAGCAAGCUAAGAAUGGAGCCUGGUGAUUGAUUUACAUGUUCUGGACUUUUCCUUCAAAGGUGUGCCUGUCUUGUAAGCAUUCCCUCUGUCUUUAUUGUUGUUGCUGAGUGAAUACAUGAGGAGACUGUUUGUUCCAGAUGUCUUAAAGAGGUUAUUUUGGUGUCCCAGUUCCUCAGGCGUAUUGUCUACUAGAAUUUAGGCAUUAAGUAGGUUUUAUUAGAAGAUGAGCACAGGCGAUGGGAAGUUAGCCACAGGAAUGCCAUCACCUGUGGCUGAUGUAAUAUCCAAACCAUCUCAGAAAGAGGCUGAAGAAGAAAAGUAAGAAAGACAAGUGGCCAAUUUGCAGGCAUACUGUGAUUGUCUAGGGACAGAUGAAUCUGUCAGUUUUGUUUCCCCCUGUUUUUUCCUUUUCCGAUCCUAAGUUUGUCCCAUUUCUGCAGCAGUUUGUGAUUUUUAUUUAUUUUUAGUCUGCAUAAAAUCUUGUGAGGAUUUUUGUGCACAUUUCUCCUAAUAUUUGCAUUUUGUGUGUACCUUUUGGGGAUCUACAUAAGAAAAUUCAGAGAAGUACAGAUUUCAAAAGAUUAAAUGUGUUUUCGUUCACAUAUUAGUUCGGAAAAUGCAAAAUUAAGUUUUAAUGUGAACCAAAUAAAUGUAUUCUCCCAUCCCUAGUUGAGGAGCACUUGACCAGGGAGUGAGGUGAUUUGAAAGAACUGCCAAGACACACAACGCUAAACUGGUAUUACUUAGCUGCCAGUAUUUCAUUUGCUUAAAUUUGUGGUUCUCUGCUAACCAUCCCUUCAUACUUUUCCCCCCUUUUUAAACAGUCAUUCAGUCUUUCAAGAAAGAAAAUAGUAUAUUAUACCAGCUUUGACCAGCGGAAACGAGCAAAUGCCGCAUUUUUGAUAGGUGCAUAUGCAGUAAGUAUCACUCGAUAAGUCUGUCUGUCUCGCUCGCUCUCUUGCAGGGACUUGCUGACCUAUAUGUUCUGGCUAAGUACAGAUACUAUAAAUGCUAGUAUCACUUUCCUUUUGUUAUAAUUCUUCUACAAUCUAGUCCAGUAUUUAAACAGUAGGAGAGAUUUCCCCAUUCUGCUGAACCUUUGUCUCUUCUGUUGCUCCCUUUCCUGCUUCUGGUCUUAAGCAGGGAAAGGAGGUAAAAAAGAUAGUUACAUUUAGUGCUACACUGUGUUCACAUAAUACAGCAUUGUUCGUUCUUGUGUCCAAUUUCCUUUCAAUAUCUUCCUUGGACUGGGAAUCCAGACUCUACGAUUGGUCCCAGGGGGUUCAGUCUACUGCAGGGACUUUUUCCCUUAUUCAUUCUUCUUGGAUUCAAGGGAACUAGCAGGAGAGACUGCCCUGCUGCUUUCAUGUUGAGCUGUGCGCACAGUUUUGACCUCUCCUUUGUUAAAGGGCGCUUUGUAAAUUAUGUUUUUUAAAAGAUCUACAGCUGUGCUGGUGAGGCAAGAUGGCAAAGUUUGUGUUGGUUUUAUUUAGGAAGCUUGAUAUGAUGAUGAUGAUGAUGAUGAUGAUUUGAAGCAUGCAUAUAAAAUGUUGUAGGUUAUUUAUCUGUAUAGGUAAGCAAGUUUUGUAGCAGUACGUCUUAAAAUAAUGCUCUUUUGGCUAAAUGACAGUAAGUUAUGUUUUGGAUUUAUGCUGUUUAGAAAUGGGUCUCCUGUAUAGGGAAACGGUGUGUAAAUAAAUACCUGUGCCAAAAAGAAAAAAGAAAUAUUAUCUCUACUGAGAUCAUCAACAUUACUUUGGGAAUAUGAACUUGUAUAAGUACGUCAUAUGUCAUAAUCUUCCUGUAUGGAGUAAUGGAAACAAAUGGGCCCUUUGUGGAGCAACUGAGCAAGAGACAAACAAAUGAACUAGUUGAGCUUUUCCUAGAGGAGCAUAACAUUUGCUUUAACUUCAUAUGUGUGAUGAGAAACACCAAACAAUAGUCAUAUGGGGAUGAUGUUGACCUGGAAAUGAAAUCAACAAAGGACCAGUGCUUCACAAGAAGGAAAGGAGCAAUUGCCACAGCUACUGUGUUUCGACUCAUAGCCAUUGAAAGGGAGUUAGCUUUAAAUUACAUUCUUGUGCCUAUCAGCCCUCCUUGGGCAGUAGGACUUGAACCCAAUCUUUUUGGAUGUGUCUAUACAUUUGUUCUGUGCUUCUAUAUGGAAAUUCUUCAGCAGGCCCAAAUAGUUCCGUAUGGUAUGACUCAAGGGGGUCCAAGGAUGAUGGUCUGUAGAAUGUGGCCUGGGGGAUUUGUGUUUCCUGUUCUGUAAUUCAACGAUGCCAUGAUGAACGUGGUGCCCCAUUUGUCAUCCUUUCUGGCUAUAAUGUUGGAAUUGUUUCUAAGGCUGUAUUGGCAUUAUAUUCUGCACGGUUGAGAUUAUACUUCUUGCUGACAACCUCAUCCUGGAUCUGACAAUGGAAGCCUUCUGUGUUUAAAUAAAUAAAUAAACCUGGUUGCUAUUGCAACAGGCGUGAUCAUGCAGAAUCAUUAGUGUUGAGAAGAUAGUGCAGCAAAAGUACUGCAAACAGUGAAUUGUGGUAGAAAUAUUCCUUUUAAUAGUAACUUAUAAAGCAUGUAGAAAUGUCCAAGCUCUGUACAGCACUUAGAUUGGACAUAGACUGCAGAUAGGAAUUAUCUAAGAGACACAGUGCAGAAGGAAUAAGGAAUGGAGAGGAAAACAAGCAUUGGCGCAGAGUUCUUUAUGGCAAGGAGGACGGAAACAAGUUUCCUGUAGCUUCUGCUUCUCUGAUUGAUAGAUGGGGCUAGGCUUGCCUGUCCCUUGCAAUUAUGUUCAUCCUGAGAAGUCUUGGCAGAGCUCAGAGCAUGCUUCCCUUUGGCUCUGCCCUCCCACAGCACUCCUUGUGCCAUAGAUAGCAGAAACAAACAGCCAGGUUAAUGUAGAACUGCACACACACACAAAGUGGAGCAGAAGAGCGAUUAUUCAGCUAGGACAGACACGUCUGCCUGGCUUGUGUAUGACUGGCUAAAUUAAUAACAUUAAUGGUUGAGUUAAGAGUGCCACUGUUACAGCCCUUUUUAGCAUGGACAAACUCUAAUGGUCUGGUAUACUUUCCUGUAGAAAAGUCAGGUGUGUGUUGUUCAUGACGUUUUAACAAGGAUUAGGGAUGGAGACGCAAUCUGUAUCUCCAGUUGUGGGGGUAAGGAUUCUGCAGGGGUACUAGGCACAUCAUAGUCUCAUCUAAUUGCUGUUUCCCAGGUGUGGGUGCAAAUGAAGCUUAAAGGUGAGACAGGUAGUGUGCCAGAAGUGGGUCAGUCCUGCUUUGCACAGUAUGCUUCUUAGGAUAGUAGGCUGCUCUUUGAAGGAAAAUAGAAUGAGAGUCUCUCCUCUCUUGCCAAAAUAACCUUCAGUUGAAUUACUAGUCCUAAACUUGCAUGCAGCCAACAUUUUCCAUUCAUUUAUCUCUCCCUUCAUGUGCUAGGUUUAUUAUGCAUAAUGCUACUGUUUCGAAAAACAAUGUUUCCUGAUGUUUGUGUAGUCUAAUACAUGACAUUCUGAACAUUGUUAGUUUAGAGGUUUGCUUUUUUACUGCCGUAAUGCUAAAAUAUUAAUGUGUAAAAUGAGAAUAGGCAAACACUAGAUUAAAUUCUAGAAUAGAACUUCCACUGGUAGCUGUGUACUAUAAACAGCCACACAAUGUGACUUACGUAUUUUCCGUUGAACCCAGUUCCCAGGAACACAUAUUUCCCUCUCAUCUUGCUUUAUUUAUAAUGCUGCCUUGAGUGUUGUUCAAAAUGCAAGGUGGGAGCCCCAUUCUUUCCCCCCAUUUCCUCCACACUGUUAGCAAACUGUGCUCCUAGUUCUACCUAGCGAGGUCUAGUUAACAUUUGACUCUACCAUUGUGUGAAACAAAUCACUCAUGAAACCAGUAUCAUGUCCUGGUGGCAUAGAGCACAUCUGGUUGAAUCUGGGACUCAUACUGUUUACAGUGGAAAGUAAUCAUACUGUGUAGAGUAUUUUUUUCCAGGCUGCCUUAAAUGCAGCUCUAUAAUUCUCCCAGGAUACUUUUGUUAGUUUCAGUAGAACUCCUGGUAUAACGUCAUCAGCUUUAGCAAGGAACUGUUUAGCAGCCACUGGUGUGUGAAAUAACGGAAAGCCUGAAAUGAUUUUGCAUGUGCUACUGAGCAUUUACUCUACCUGCUCAGAAUUUGCAGAAUGUAGUUUAAAAUUCCCUUGAAAUGUGCCUAUGCAGCAUCCUAAUCAUGGAAUAGUUCAUUCUUUAGAAACAACUUUUCAGGAAACUGAGAGAAUGAAAAUACGGUUUGCAAAACAGUCCUAGAAAGGUUUCCUUGAAUCACGCUAUUAUCUACUACUGUUAGCAAUGAAAACAUAAUGUACCAUAUUUUUCGCUCUAUAAGACGCACCAGACCACAAGACGCACCUAGUUUUUGGAGGAGGAAAACAAGAAAAAAAAUAUUCUGAAUCUCAGAAGCCAGAACAGCAAGAGGGAUCACUGCGCAGUGAAAGCAGCAAUCCCUCUUGCUGUUCUGGCUUCUGGGAUAGCUGUGCAGCCUGCAUUCGCUCCAUAAGACGCACACACAUUUCCCCUUACAUUUUAGGAGGGAAAAAGUGAGUCUUAUAGAGCAAAAAAUAUGCUAAGUUUUGAUAAAGGACACAGUUGUCUAUAUUUGUUAGUAAUUUAUUCUUUCAUUAAAAUUUAUAUGCCGCCUGAUGGUAAAAAAGAAAAACAACCUCAAAGCAGCUUACAAAAGAUAAAACAGUAAAAUCAAGAAAAAAGCACAGCCAUACUUUAAAACAUACAGAAGUUAAGAUACUAAAACAGAUUAAAAUGACCUCAAAUUUCUAAGCAUAUUGGUUUUUAACAAGUGUCAAAAGGAAUACAGUGAAGGCACCUGCUUGCUCUCAGUAGGCAGGGAAUUAGAAAGUGUAGGCACUGCCACACUGAAUGAAAGAGUUCUUACAAAUGCAGAAUAGCACCUGUAGUAGUGCCAGUUCUGACAAUUGAUGCAGUUGAGUGGGUAAGGCGAUCUUUUAUAAAGACAGAUUUCAUUCAUAAGUUUAUUAGCACUUUCCCCCCUUUUUUUCUACUGCUUACUUCUGUAAGCCGUCAUGACCUACAUCUUCACUACUACAAAAGAGAAGGAAGUAAUUUGAUUUCCAAGAAGCGUACUGAAUGGGAAUAGGAGUGCUUUAUUAUAAGAGAGUCAGGAGAAGAAUACUGACUCGAACAUAACCACAGAAGUCAGAGGAACUAAUCGUUUCUGUGGCUUCAGUGGAUGUGUUCUCGUCAGUAUAACAGUGGAUAGAACUGAACUCAGGAUGUUGCAGCAAACUGGGUGGAGUUUCCUGAAAUGGUGCUCAUAAUGCAAUCCCACUCAUACAAAAACAUACCCUUAAACAUGAUUUAUUGGAAAGCGAAUUGCAAGUUGUGAUGCUUCUAUCAAACAUGAGAUGGGCAUAUCUACAUUAAGAAUAAUGUAUGUUAUCCAACCAUGCUGCUUAGCUAAUGGUAAGAAUUAUGUCGGUAGAAGGUGAGGGAAUAUAUUUUGGGCAAUUCUCCUCCCUGCAGCCCUUUCCAAAUCUUCUGGAGCAGAUCAGGGGAAGGGGACAUCUCUGAAAACUGCUUCCCUUCCUGUUCUUCACUGUCUGCUGAGCAACAGCAUUGUAUACAGCCUAUUGGCAUUUCUCUGACUGAUUGAAGCAUGAAAAUACUCUUUUUAAGGCUGUGUAGCAGAUGCUAAAGAAUGGCAGGUUUCAUCCAAUUCACAUUAAGGUCUUGUUUUGAGAAAAUAUAUUGUACCACUUCAAAUACCAUUUUAGCUUUUCUAAGACAGUGUGUUGCUCAUGUUGGUUUUCUUUUGCAGGUAAUCUCCUUAAAGAAAACACCAGAAGAAGCUUACCGAAUACUUUUAUCCGGAUCUAAUCCACCAUAUCUUCCAUUUAGGUAUGGCUGCCGCAGUAAUAAUAUCUAACAUUUGCCUAGCACUUCCAUGUGUAAUGCAUUAUCUAGUCGCAAUCCUUAACAACAACCCUAUAAGAUAAGUAUGUAUUUUUUAUCCCCCACAUUUGCAGGGGGAGCCUAACAGACAGUGGUUUGCCUGCAGCCUCCUAGUGAGUUUGUGGCAGAGGUGGGAGUCAACCCAGGCACUUCCUGAUUCAUUGCUCAGCCUCUUAGCCAUUACAUUAUGCCAGCUGUAGUUACAAAUUAAACAGAUUAGCUUCAAAGCUUCUAAAUAGGUGUUUGAGGCUGGCAUAUUGUGUUGCAGUCGCUGCCUAGCAUUUAAAUUACCAUGAUACAUGAAUGAUGUUGUGUAGCUUCUUUUGGGCACCAUGAUACUCUCUUUAGUCUACAUUUCUCUUGCUUCAUUUUUGGACCUGUUUUUCUAACUGCUUUCUGUUCCUUUCUCUUGCUACCCACCAAAGGUCCAAAGAGCUGUACAUGCUCUAAUUUUUUUUUCUGGCUCCCUACUGUGUUCCUUCUCCCACAUACCACCUUACCACCUCCCAGUAACAAGUCUCUGGAAGAUUGCCAGCACAGAUAUUUGUGGAAGCUCUGCUAGCACCAAUGUUGACAGAUUUUGGGCACCAGGUUAAAAUGUGCUGUUGUUUUUUUAAUCCUCCCAGGCAUUUGGAUCCUAAUAUUGUUGGGGUUCUUGUGGCUAUCUCAGUUGGAAUCCUUGUGUUGUGUGAGGGAAGGGCAUUUUUGCUUGGUUUUGGUGAUUGUGGAUCAUCGGUUUUAGUGUGUUGUUGAUUUUACACAUCAUACAUAUUUGUGGUUGCAUGAAUGCUAUUGUUGUAACUCACUUUGAGACUUUUCUGGUAGAAAAUGACAAAUAAAUUCAAUGAUUAAUAUUACUUGAAUGGUUUUGGCUUCAUUGAUAAAAAUUAGCUAAACUUUCGCUUUUGUGUUCUUUACUGUGUCAUUUGGUACAUUUCUGCAUAUUAAAUAUACAUGUCUUCUUUUCAACCAGAUUUAAGAGGCUAUGUCUCCAGGCUUGUAUUAUGGGCUUGUAACUUCUGAGGAACUGAUUUGCACUUCACCGCAAAACCUAAAGAGUUAGGUUUAGAUCUAGUUAAAUAAAAAAUGUAGGUCCAACAUGGGCUUGACGUGUCUGCCACAGCCUUGGAGCCUUAUUGAGACAGAUGUGAGUCACAGAUGCCAAUGAAUUAAGUUUGACCGUUAGGUAGAUAGUGACAGAAGCCGUUCCUUUGUCAUUAUCAGAAUGACUUUCUACCUUCUGCCUGAAAAUGUAGGAAAGAGUUCAAGGAUAGGUACAUAAGGCUGGCGUUUCCUGACAGUCGUUUUCAUUAGGGCAAAAUUGCUGCUGAUUUAGCUGCUUAAAGAAGCUGGCUGGGUGCCAAGCAUCAAAGCUUUCUCAGCACAGAAGCUAUUUGUAAUACCUGGAGUUUAGAUAGCUGCCAGGAAUGUAUUCUGAGCUGUAGGCAUCAAAUAUUUAAAGCAAGAGCAACUUAUCAAUGAUAGCAAUGCUAUUUUGAAGCCUACAUAGCUACUGUGUAUGCUGACUUGGUGGGGUCAGUGCAUGGAACAUGGUAGUUCUAACACAUACACUGUUUAGUUAUUUACUUGUUUUUUUAGUUGAGAGCAGAACUGACUUGUGCUGCUUGGUUACUUUUCUCCUGGAGCCUGCUUAUUCAUUAUAGGCCUCCCAGUGCCAAUUGUAAAGCGUUUGACACAAACUGCUUGUUUUCCCCUCUGAAAUCUACCUGAGAAGGGACUGGAAGCGCGGCUCAAACAUGCACAGUCUCUUCAUUGUGUUCCCCUGCAGGAAUACCCAGUUUUCCCUACCUAGGUAUGAUUUCAAGAGAAAUGCAUGUCUGAAUCUAGUUGAAAGGUAUGAAUGGAAGAACAGAAAAAAGAUACAUAUUUCCAUGAUCCAAAUCAGCUUGUUGUUUGUUCCGGAACAACAAAAAUGCUUUUCUUCAUUUGUAAAGAUUCUCAGUUUAAAUGACUGGAUUCCGGGAUUUCUCAGUCUAAUGAUCCAAGAAGGACCAGUUACGGGAUGCCAUUAUAAGACACUUUUAGGAGAUUUUUACAUUGUGAUAUCUAUUUAAUGGGGAGGGUUCUUGUAAUUUUGUUUAUAAGGCAACAUGCCUGCCUCUUGUGCUUCAAGGAGCAUUAAGAACAGCUUACAAAUCACAUAAUUAAAAACAAAGCCAAUACUGAAAUAAACAAACAAUCAUAAAGUACUCCUGGGCCUAGAAUCAAUAAUCAAAAACCAGAACCAAUUCUAGGAGGCUAUCUAGACCCGAUGCCUGAUUAUCUAAAGUGAAUCAGAUUGCUGGGUAUCUUGAGAUAAUGAAUUCUACAAUCCAUAUGCUGCUACUGAGAAGACCUACUCUCAGUCUGUUUUCUGCACCUCGUAGGCACCAGGAGACAAUCAUUGCACGAUCGAGUCUCUUGAAAUAUGUAGUAUUAGUUUUCAUUCAAAUAGAUCUGGUUUCAUUUAGCUCAAUGACCUGGAAAAUCUUAAUCUGCUUAGAAAUUCAGACAUCAUUUCAUUUUAGGACUGUAGAGGCAAAAGACUGCUGAAAUAUCAGUAUUCAGCUAGAUCAUAUAUACCACACAGCCAGGUUCCAACCUCUGUGCAUGGUGGAAAGACAGGGGAGAAGUUAAUGCUGGCUGAAGGGAUUAAUAUUGCAUUGAGGGCACUUAACAUUAGGUUUUUAGUCAAAUCGCUUUAUCAAUGCCAGACCUUCUAGCUUCCCAAAGGAUCUGUUGCAGUGAAAUACGACUGCAUUCUUUCACAAUAGGCAGUGGUACCCAUUUUAUAAUGCUCAAUAUUUUGUUUUAUAGAGUUUUCAUAUAUGGAAGUGCAUACCUCCAGUUUUUCUGCUUAGCCUUUGCCCCUUCAUUAGGCAAUACAAACCACUGAGGAGAGUCUGCCACAUGCGAAUUGCUUUCUAUGCAAGUGACUGAGACUGCCAGUAGACUGCAAUAAGGGGAGGUUCAGCCGAAUCUGCCCAGUGCUCCCUUGUCUCUGCCUCUUUGCAUUCCAGUGGUGCCAGAUACAGUCACCUGUGGCCGGCCCAGGCUACAACAGCUGAGUAAACAUUGAGAGCAGAAAAGGACCAAGCUGUAUCGGGAAAUAGGUGUACACGCAGCUGUCCUUCCUGUUCCAAUUGGAAACCAUGGGUGUCUUCCAAAGGCAGUCACUUCCACUCAUUCAGAAAACUCUUGAUUUUAGUUAUUUCCACUCUGCCUCUUUAAGGCAAACUCUCACAAGGUAGUUUACAAUUAAAAUGUCAAAAACAAUACAACAAUGGAGUAUCGUAAUAAUACAGCGAGGGGCAUUUGAAUAGAAAGAGUGACAGAUAUAAUUGUCAAUAAAAGGCUUGGUGGCAUAUAGAAAUCUUUGAAUCUCCUUAAAGGCCACAAGAGGGGACCCACAGAGUUCACAGCAAUUGCACAGGUGUGGGACCACCACUGGGAAGUCCCUGGUACCCACCAGUCUGGUCAACUUUAACAGCAGGCAAGAGAGCAUUGCUUCAUCAUGUUAAAGUAUAUCUAGAAUGUUAUGUCUACACUAUCCAUGGCUAACCCAGUGCAGUUUGCUGCCUAAAGCAAAGGACAAGAUGGCCCCCCACUUCCAAUUCCACAUAGAGAAGCUGGCUGGACUGGCGGUUUCUGGUAGAGCUUGUCUUAGCACCAACCUAAAGCAGUUAUGCACAUGCAAAUCAAUGAGUUGGGGGGUGGGGUCUGGUGUUUAAAACUUGAGUGAAAUUAUGGGUAGUAUUGAACUAAACUUUACUCAGAGUAGACCCAUUGAAAUUAAUGGAUCUAAUUUUGUAACAUUCAUUAAUUUCUCUGAGUAAAACCUAGUCGAAUACACUCAAUUAUUUUCUUAAAUGUUUGGUGAAAUGCCAUAACUUUAUUUUUAUUUUAUUCCAAACCCACCACCACCACCACCAUUUGGGGUCUUAGUGAACCACUUAAUGGUUUCUCUGCUUGCUAUGGCAUUUGUAAUUCCAUAGAAUUUGAAUUGUAAAUACAAUACAACCUAAGAAAUAAAAGACGCAGUAAGAAUAUAAUUAACAAUCAAUAUGAGUAUUCAGUGCAGUAGAUGUGCAGCCUUCCAUCUUCAUUCACAAAUCCACAUACUAUUGGCUACCAGAAUAAAGCUCGCAAACCACUGGUGGCCCACAGUUUGUGAACCACAGAUCUAGGGUAUGGUCAUUGGUUUUAUUGGGACUGACACUUUACCCUGUGAUUCCUGGAUAAAAAAUAUAUGUGCUGGUAAGUUUUGCAUCUCUCUUUAUAGACACUAAUUUUUAUAAAAGAGAGGAAUGACGGUUCACUUGAAACUUGGCAUUGGUAGGUGCAUUUCUUUCAAAAGUAGGACGGGGAAUAUUUAAGGCUGACUCCAUUGCAAGAGUUUAGUAAAGCACAUACUUUAAAAGAUCACUAUACACAAAUGGUGUACAGCAUUAGAGAAUGUUUGGCACGUGAAAGCAUUUGUUUGCAAGUGUAGUCUAUAGUGACAGUUGCUGCUGUGGAAGGGAUAUAUGGUGUUGCCACAGCUUUGUUAAUAGUAUAUGGCAAAGGCUUUCUGGGCUUGCCUGAACUUGCUGGAUUCCUAUGCAAAGGAAAAUAAAGACAAGUCUUUCUGAAAGCUUCCUUUCGAAAAACCAUUGCAUUAGUAUUGGUAGGUAAAUUUUUGAUAGGAAAGCUUCUAGAAACAACAAGACUACCUUUGUUUUUUUUAUGGUGUUAUGUGGCUCUUUCAGUGUUUAAAAUCAGGGACAUCCAGCUUAUUGGUAGAAUUGCUAAAACUCCUCCCAUAGUGUCACACACACCAAUAUGCGGGGGGGGGGGGGCACUGACUGCUAUAAAGAUAAUUCCACCGAAACAGGACCUUCCCUGCAUAACUUUUAUUUAUCCCCCCCCCCAGAUGUUCAUUACUUACUCUUGAGAAAAGGCAAGAAAUAGUGACACAACAGAAUGGUGUAAAAUUACACACGAGAUGGAGAAAGCAGAUAGAGAACAGUUUUCCCCCUCUUCUCUUAACGCUAGAACGGGGGUCAGCAAACUUUUGCAGCAGGGGGCCAGUCCACUGUCCCUCAGACCUUGUGGGGGGGCUGGACUAUAUUUCUUUUUUUGGGGGGGGGGAAUGAGUUCCUAUGCCCCACAAGUAGCCCAGAGAUACAUUUUAAAUAAAAGCACACAUUCUACUCAUGUAAAAACACCAGGCAGGCCCCACAAAUAACCCAGAGAUGCAUUUUAAAUAAAAGGGCACAUUCUACUCAUGUAAAAAAGGCUGAUUCCCAGACCGUCCACGGGUCGGAUUGAGAAGGUGAUUGGGCCGGAUCCGCCUCCCCCCCCGGCCUUAGUUUGCCUACCGAUGCACUAGAACCUGGGGACAUCCAGUGCAGCUGAAUGUUGGAAGAUUUGGGACAAGCGCUUUUUUCACACAGCCCAUCAACUAUGGGAUUUGCUCCUACAAGAGGCAGUUUUGGCUACCAACUGGGAUGGGUUUAAAAGAGGGCGAGACAAAUUGACGGAGGAGAAGGCUAUCAGUAGCUGCUAACCACAAUGGCUACGCUUUGCCUCCGCGCUUGGAGACAGCAUGCUUCCGAAUACCAGUUGCUGGAAAAAUAAAUACUGUACAUACCAAGUGAAUGAUAGCUUAUAGCCAUGCUGGGGAACCCUUUUUCAAGCAGAGGGCCAUGUUCCCUUCCAAGGCUGCAUGCUGGUGGUGGAUGGAGCAGAGACAAAAAUGAGUGGAGCAGUAAAUGUAAAUAUUACCUUUGUUAUGGUAGACUAAAGGUAAAGGUAAAGGUACCCCUGCCCGUACGGGCCAGUCUUGCCAGACUCUAGGGUUGUGCGCUCAUCUCACUCUAUAGGCCGGGAGCCAGCGCUGUCCGCAGACACUUCCGGGUCACAUGGCCAGCGUGACAAGCUGCAUCUGGUGAGCCAGCGCAGCACACGGAAACGCCGUUUACCUUCCCGCUGGUAAGCGGUCCCUAUUUAUCUACUUGCACCCAGGGGUGCUUUCGAACUGCUAGGUUGGCAGGCGCUGGGACCGAACGACAGGAGCGCACCCCGCCGCGGGGAUUCGAACCGCCGACCAUGCGAUCGGCAAGUCCUAGGCGCUGAGGUUUUACCCACAGCACCACCCGCGUCCCAAUUAUGGUAGACUACCCUCACUCUAUUCUUUGAGGCAAACAGAAGUUGUUUUCGGGGUUCAAUGACACAUUCUAGCCAGGUAAAAAGAAGGAAGGAAUAAGAUGUGAAGUCAGGCCUGAAGUUCUCUACCCCCGGCUUAUAGGUUUGUAGUGUCUGAAAUCUUGAAUACAUGUUCAGUCUUUCUUCAGGAGAAUAAGUUGUCAGUGGGAAUAAGGAUUUACCCACAAAGGAUAAGAUCUCUCACUACAAUAUAAAACAUGGACUUGGUAUCUGGGCAGCAGUAUUAGGUGCCUUGUAAUCAGACAUCGUGAAUAAAGGGCUUAUUGUACACAGAGGGAUAAAGCCAGUAUUUACAUGCAAGUGGGAAUGGAACGGCUGAAAGAAAGUGUAAAGGUGGUACGAGGUUUCUAGAAAAAACAGCUUUCAGGAAGAAAAUUCCCCUUUUCCACUUCACUUUCCUCUACCUAGGCACAGAAUCUGCAGCAAUCUUAGUAGCACCUUGCACAGAGUCAGGGCUUGUGCUUGUGGGCGCACUGUUGCCAUAAUAUACCAGUCGGCCUGGGGCUAGGGCCUUUGUAUAUACUGUUCUCUAAAGCUGAAAUUCAGCACCAAGGAUGAUACAUCAUAUGCCAAGAGAAGCUGGAUUCUGCUGGGUUUUAAACCUUGAAAAUACACACAGGUCUGUUUCCCACCCUUACUCAUAGAAAACAGGAGACUGUUUGUUCUUACCCUAUCCGUUGGGGUGUGAUGUUUCUUCAGCCAUUGCCUGUCUUUGCAGUUAUAAGCCCCAGAAAUUUGCUUUUUUCAGUGAAAGCUGACAGGUCCUCAGGAUGCUGAACUGAGUGGACCACGCAAUUAAGCGGAAGAGCAAAACAUGAUAGUGAUCAAACAGCAGAAGCUGAAGCCUUUAAACACUUGGGUUUAUUACAUUCCAGUAGAAAUUAUCAUAUAAAAAAUAUAGAAGGUAUUCUCUUUUGCACACACUUGUGUUAAAAUGUGAUGUGAGGAGUAUUCAAGUUAACGGUUCACAUUGAAUAACUAUUGUUUAUUUUGUUUCAUAAACUUUAUACACCUCUGAAAUGUAAAAAAUCCUCAAAGCGGUUUAUAAAAAGAUAAAUUUACUAGCAAUUAACAGCAAGAAUAUAAAAGAAAUCAAAAUAUUAAAACCAGCAAUAAACUACAAAAACAGAUUAAAACACAAAUUACCUAUCCAGAGUUUUAUUUCAAGGUCAACGUUGUUGCAGAUCUGGAACCUGGUACUCGAGAAAGCUCAGCUUUGGCCCUAGAGCUGCCAUGUUUAGUAAAAAAGAAAAAAGGGGGGGGGAAUCAAUUGUAUCUUUUAAAAAAAUCAAUUGAUUAAUAGAACGGCAUACUUUCAAGAAAUGGUUUCGGUACAAUUGGCAAAUGAUUAUCAAAUUGCUUUGUGGCUUUAUUGUGUGAAUAAUAAUAAUUAUAAAUAAUUAUAAAUUAAUCUGGUUGUCUAUAAUAGCAGCAACUUCUCGCUGAUGUUACUGGUGGUUCUGGUAGUCUUGCCCUUGAUAAAGAGGAGACCAUUCCUGGAAUCACCCUUUGCCUCCAAAUCCCAUCAGCUCCAGGAGCAGAUCAGUUGACCAUGUCCAGGACAGGGCAUUUCCUGCCAAGACAGUUGACUUGAUGGUUGUUAGAGUCCUUUAUAUAGCAGCUUAAGAAGCUGGUACACAAUUGUCUGAACACAGCCAUUUUCCCCCCCUGUGAGAGUUGUAUUAUUCAUAAGCAGAUCUGAUUAAAACUCGUGAUUAAUCAAGUAACACUUUUUACGUUGGCCUUGCAGAGUUCAUCAGAGAAUGUGCAUGUUAUGCUUUUCCUUCUUGAGAGUAAUUGCAGCCUGCUUUCACACAUCUGGGAUUCCUUGCACAUCUGGCAUUCAGAUUUUGCAUUAAACAUCCAAUCAUUGCCUAUUGCAAAUUCAGGUUCCCUUGAAGCUACAGUGGUGCCCCGCAAGACGAAUGCCUCGCAAGACGGAAAACCCGCUAGACGAAAGGGUUUUCCGUUUUUCAAUGCGCUUCGCAGGACGAAUUUCCCUAUGGGCUUGCUUCGCAAGACGAAAAUGUCUUGCGAGUCUUGAGAUUUUUUUUCGCUUCCCCCCUUUUUCUAAGCCGCUAAGCCUUUAAUAGCCGCUAAACCGCUAAUAGCGCUAAUCCGCUAAGCCGCUAAUAGGGUUGCUUCGCAAGACGAAAAAACCACUAGAUGAAGAUACUCGCGGAACGGAUUAAUUUCGUCUUGCGAGGCACCACUGUACCUUUACAACAUCCUCCAUUAGCUAGUGUGGUUAAAAUACUUCUUAAUUCGUUUAGCAUUGCUUGCCUUAGCCGUAUUAUGGCAACUAAAGGGGAAAGGACAGCUGGACAUAUAAAGGGCCCCAUUACCUUCAGUAGCUCAGGGCCUCAUCAAACCUAAAUCCGGCCCUGAGAGUAGGCCUAUUGAAAUCAAUGUCCAUAUCUAACUUAAGGCCUGUUAAUUUCAUUGGAGUGAAUAAGCAGUUGCUCCAAUACUUGCCUUCCUUUCCCCUCACCAUCCUUUUUCCCAUUUGUUAUUUUAUCUGUUAGAUUAUCUUUUACAGACAAUCCCUGUCUUAGAAAAUGUUAGGUUCUUUGUACGAUAAUAAUAAUUAUAAUAAUAGGCUUUCAGACUAAUACUGGUUUCUUAGCAAGUAUCUAGCCUUUUUUCUUCUUUAACUAGCCCUGGCUAGACUGUCCAAAACACAGUAAAGCGUCGCUGAAUGAUGAAUGAUUAAACAGGAAUCUAUAUUUAGAUUUGGAUUCUCAAAGCUCAGGAGGUCAUGUCGUCAGCUUGACUUUUCCCACGCAAACGUUUCAGGCGAGCAUUAUGUACGGACUAAGUUUCAGUAGCCAGCAUAUGGUGCAUUAGCAAAAGUCUUGCUUCUGCUGCUUCUGUGAAUAGACUUUCCAGAUAAAUGCCAUACAUAUUCUAAAUACAGUAUUACAAAAACUCAUUAAAUAGUAUUGUCAAUGGAUGAAAGAUCAUUCUGCAGUGCACGGGCAAGGUUUCUCUUUAACUUGGUUCCUGUCGCUUCUUCUUUUGUAGCAGUUAGUAAUAUAUGUGUGUCAGGGAGAAGAUGCAAAUAGCCCUCUUAGAGGUCAGAGGUGUGGGUGCACAUUAAGACAUAUCUAAGAAUACUUAUAAUGGAAAACUGCAGAGUAUUGAAAUUAGACUUGAAAGUGAAUUAUUCUCCCAGCUAUUUGUGCUGAUCCGGUGAAGCACAGCCAAAACUGCUAUCUACAUUGUAGUUCUAAUUUCCCAGUUGUGGUGACCACCCUAGAUUUAUUAAUAUCUAUUUAAAUGAGGUGAAAAUAGUCCAAGCAAAGUCUGUGGAGUAUCCAUUUUAAGUAGAAUUGCCAAACAUUUAGGAGGAUAUUGUUUCAAAUUAUUUUUAUGCUCCAUUUUUGUCUUCAGUGUUAUACUCCCUUUUUUUUUUACAUAAGUAUUUUAAAUGCCGAGGAGUGGUGAAGUAUACAUAGAGAAGCGGAGAACUAUCAUCUUAAUUGUAAUUUGAAAUACUAGUCCUGUGUGCUAUGUAUAGUCCCGAUUUUGAGUAAUCUCAUAUAUGUGUGAGGCUUCAUAGAAUCUUAUGAAACAAACAAACAAACAAAACCUAUUUCUUAAUCCGGGAACAUAUAGUGAAUAUAAUAGUCUGAAAAGCUGGUUUGGGAGAGCAUCAUUUACCUUCUCUUCUUUCUGCCUUCAGCUUUCUUUUGCAUCAUGUUCCAUUCAGUCUCUGGAGGGAACUGUGAUUUAAAAUAGUAGCAGUAAAAUACACUUGAAAGGUGUCUGUAGGACUAAUUCCAGAAGCGUGAAUUAUAUUUAAGUAGCCAGAAGUGCAAUGACUAAGGUGCUGGACUGAGGCCAGGGGACCAAGGUUCAUAUCCCCACUCUGCCAUGAAGCUCACUGGAUGACCUUCGGCCAGUCUCUCUCUCUCAGGCUGGCCUACCUCAUAGGGUUGAUGUUACGGUAAAGUUGAGUGCAAUGCAGGAGAAACAUGUAUGCUUCCUUGUAUACAUGGUAUACAAAGUAUACAUGUAGCUAAUAAUCAAUAAUAAAAAUCAAUUAGUUUCUAUUUGAGUUCAUCCUAUUAACAUUUUAGAUGAACUUACCAUCAAUAAAUUGAGGAGAAUUGUGUGUAGAAGUGUUUUCAUGUGUAACCUUCAUGCUGAGGUUCAAAUUUCAGAAAUUUAAAAUAUUGCCAUUUACUAAAAUGGGGUAUGAUAGGUAGAUGUUUUUGUAUUUAUCUGGAAUAUGCUGAUAUUUCUCUUUUCAUAGGGAUGCCUCAUUUGGGAACAGUACAUAUAAUCUAACUAUUCUGGAUUGUCUACAAGGAAUAAAAAAGGUAACGUCACAAAAUGCAUUUGAAAAAGAAAUCAUAUCCUAAGGCACAUGCAGGUAAAAAGGUAAAGGACCCAUGGAUGGUUAAAAUCCAGUCAAAGGCAACUAUGGGGUGUGGCGCUCAUUUUUCUUUAGGCCGAGGGAACUGGCAUUUGUCCACAGACAGCUUUCCGAGUCAUGUGGUCAGCAUGACUAAGCAGCUUCUGGCUCAAUGGAACACCGUGACGGAAACCAGAGUGCACGGAAACACCGUUUACCUUCCACCGCAGUGGUAUCUAUUUAUCUACUUGCACUGGUGUGCUUUCAAACUGCUAGAGCUCUGAACUGCUGACAGGUGCACUAUUCAGUUUUAGCAGAUUUUUUUGUAGUGACCUAUAGUGGAUGCCCUCAUUGGACAAAGCGACAAAACUGCUAUAUCAGCUAGCCCUGCUAUAUUAUCAGCUGCUAUAUUAACCCACUCUGACAUUAGAUGUGGCAUCCAUACACGUGACAGUGUCUCAGGUUUUUGCUUCCUUCCUCCCUUCCCUCCCAGCAACUCCCCAGGAAGUCAGUUUCGGGCGGGUUAUAUCAGAACUUUUAUCCUUUUUAGGUAAAAUAACGGCCGCAUCACAACCACCACUGCUCGGGAUGGCAUGAGUGGCAAGGCUUUAUAUACAGUGGUGGCUCCACAACUCCAUUCAGCCCCAGUGCUCUCUUGACUGGGAGUUAGGAUUGCUCCCUGCAUUUAAGCUUUUAGUGUAUACCAUACAUUCAGUGUAAUUUCAGCUGUCUCUCCAAGUAUAGGGCCCAAUGUUUCUGAUUUUCGGAAACCAGAAUAAAUUAACUAAAAUGCAUUUUCAGCUCACCCUGCUCUGUGCUUCUAAUGUUAUCCAACAGAAACCAACAGCCUUAUCAUUGCCUUUUUAAAAGUAUAAUGAUAAAAAAUAAUAUCUGGUAAUGCUGCUUCUCCACAUCAUUUAGAUCUAAAUAAUGUUUUGUAAGCAGCUCUUGUAUAUUUACCAUACCAUAGAUACCCAGUACGUUUCCAAGCACAAUUCAAAGUGUUGGUGUUGACCUUUAAAGCUCUAAAUGGCCUCGGCCCAGUAUACCCAAAGGAGCAUCUCCUCCCCCCAUUGUUCUGCCCGGACACUGAGGUCCAGCUCUGAGGGCCUUCUGGAGGUUCCUUUACUGCGAGAAGCAAAGUUACAGGGAACCAGGCAGAGGGCCUACUCGGUGGUGGCGCCCGCCCUGUGGAAUGCCCUCCCAUCAGAUGUCAAAGAGAUAAACAACUAUCUGACUUUUAGAAUACAUCUGAAGGCAACCCUGUUUAGGAAAGUUUUUAAUGACUGAUGUUUUAAUGUAUUUUUAAUCUUUUGUUGGAAGCUGCCCAGAGUGGCUGUGAAACCUAGCCAGAUGGGUGGGGUAGAAAUAAUAAAUUAUUAUUAUUAUUAGAGAUGAAUUUUGUAAAAUAGCUCAAUCAUGCCCUAAUGGUUAAAUGUAAAUAUAUAUAUAGAGAGAGAGAGAGAGAGAUAGUAAUAGAUCCAUUUUUUUUCAAAUCUCUUACCUAGCCAGCAUAAAGGAAUAAUAAUCUAGCAAUUUAAAUCUUUCAUUGAUUCUUUUUAAUAAUAUCUGAUGAUCCUACUGAACUAUUUGAUUUGUGUCUGUUCUUUUGAAAAUAAUUUGCUAGAUAUUUAAUUUGUAUACAGUGGUACCGCAGUUUACGAACUUAAUCUGUUCCGGAAGUCCGUUCUUAAACCGAAACUGUUCUUAAACUGAGGCACGCUUUCCCUAAUGAGGCUUCCCGUGGCCUGUGCCCUUCCACCGUUCUUAGACCGAGGUAAAGUUUGCAAACCAGGACACUACUUCCAGUUUUGCAGAGUUCGUAAACUGAAUAGUUUGUUAACAGGACUGUUCUUAAACCGAGGUACCACUGUAUUAGUAUCAGGAACAGAAUGUUUUUAACAAUACUAUCUACAGUUCAUGUAGAUUAAUUCCAGAUCGUUUGGAUAGGAUGGUAUGUCUUACAACCAUAAAGUAUAUUACAGUUCAACAAAAUUGGGAAUAUGGGGACAAUUGAUUAUUCUGAUUAGUGUCCUUAGAGAUGCAUCAAAUGCGUAGACACAUAUUUUCAUUUCUUGCUUUACUAACUGAACCCCAAAGAUAAAUCUGUUUAACCUAAUUGCUAUAGUUUAAAGGUUCAGUAGCUAAGGCAAGUAAUAGAGGAGACAAGGGAGACUCCUAAAAAAACCCAAGAAAAAAUCCUAUGAAAACUGCCUUCCUUUUGCCCCAUAUAUUUGACCAGCUUGGUGCUCAUUCUUGGUUCAAAAUGUCCUUUGGGUGGUUGCCUGUGAACUUGACUUUUUUUGCUUUCUAGGCCUUACAGCAUGGAUUUAUUGACUUCAAGACAUUUGAUGCAGAUGAGUAUGAGCAUUAUGAGGUUUGUGCGUCUUCUGAACUGAAUAGUUUGCCUGAGUUUCAGCAUGCACUUAUUAAGCACACCUAGUUCUGCUUUGUGGCGAAGCUUGGGUUUUUCCUAAAUUGUAGGUGUCGCAUAAUUGGUGCGUUGCUGCUUUCUUUCCCAAUUACCUUCCAGUUAUUGAUGCACUUCUUUUUCAGUAAAAGAGCAAAUACAAAGAAAUGAAAGGCUGCUGAGCGCCAUGGCAUGAUCCACCUAUAAUUUGAUUAGAGCAGGGGUCAGCAACCUUUUUCAGCCUUGGGCUGGUCCACCGUCCCUCAGACCAUGUGGUGGGCCGGACUAUUUUUUUUUGGGGGGGGGUGAACGAAUUCCUAUGCCACACAAAUAACCCAGAGAUGCAUUUUAAAUAAAAGCACACAUUCUACUCAUGUAAAAACACCAGGCAGGCCCCACAAAUAACCCAGAGAUGCAUUUUAAAUAAAAGCACACAUUCUACUCAUGUAAAAACACGCUGAUUCCCAGACCCUCCGUGGGCCAGAUUUAGAAGGCGAUUGGGCCGCAUCCGGCCCCCGGGCCUUAGGUUGCCCACUCCUGAAUUAGAGGAUCUCUAUUGCAUGGUACUGUGCAAAUGCCAUCCUUUAAAAAAAUGAGUUCUCAAUAUAAGGGGGGGGGGACUCCUUCUCUUCUCGUUUUCUCUUCACUUAAUCCGAAGAGGGAAAUGUAUUCUUAGGGUAGUUGAGUCGUGAGUAAUGGCUAUUGCAUGCCUCAAGUUUACUGCUGCGUCAUUUUACUGGGCAAGUAAUGUCACUUCUAUUUGCCUUGCACAGUAUUUUAUGUGUUCUAAGUCUGAAACAUUGUUGUUUGAAGAGCGUACUUGAGAAUGUGUAUUUAGAACAUGUCUGGUCAAGUUUUUCCAACAGGAAGAGUAGGUAGGUGGAUUAACCAAUGGUCGUAUUGUGAAAUGCUUGCACUACUUGUUAAAUAUUAACUUUGGGGUUAAGUUUUUUUUAAAAAAACCUGAUGCUUCCAGAAGCACCACCUCUUGUCCUUCAAAAAAAAUUAAUUUUGAAUCUUUUCUAUAUAAACUUUUUCAUUUAAAAUUUGCUGCCUUCAUUUCAUCUCAAUACAAAUUGCUAAGAAUGACAGUGUCACUUAUUUUUAAUGCUUACAGAGAUUUAGCUUCAUGCUGUAUCUAAGCAAACACACUGGCCAGGAUCUAAAGAAUUAAUAAUAAUAAUUAUAAAAUGUGUGUGCCGCUCUUCAGCUGAAGAUCUCAGGGCAGUUAGCAACAGAAAAAUAAAAAAUGAGAAUACAAAAAUGCAUAAUAAAACAAAAACAAAAGAGCUGCUUAAGGCCUUACAAGAGGGGGCUUGGACACACCUAGCUGAGUUCUGGAAUUCUUUUUAAUUUUGCAUGCCCUAUGACAUCCUCUCUUUCAAAAAUAACUUGCUAUUCAGCAUAGGUGCUUGCAGUUGCUAGAAAAGCAAGUCUUAAAGCCACAGUGGGCUCAUGAACCUAGUUCCACAUGCAGUUCCUUGGAUCCUGGACCCUGUUAUUCACUUCCCUUAAAUCUGCCGUCUGCACCCAAUUAAAUAUGCCUAGGCCUAUUGAUGACCUUGGAAUUCUGUUUGUGUGUAUGUAAAAUAGAGGAGUGUUUUACAAAAUACACAGCAGUGAACUACCACAGCCAACCCUGUCUCUGUUGCAAGUAUACCUGUAAAAUUAAGAUUUUAUUAAGUGUGCACUUUAAAAAGGAACAUGAAGUGGCUUUCAUACAUUAUUGUGGUACUCUCAACAUCUAGGUUUAAAAUGGAAGCUAUUGGGGAUGAACGGUAUCCAGCAUGCUUGUUCCAUUUGUAUCCUACCUGAUGACUUCAGCUGACUCACACCUCUGCUUCAUCUCUGCUUCACACUUGGCAUAAUAAGAGGCUGAAGCAUGAAAGUGAUAGUUGGCAAGAAGCUUGUAUUUACCACAUUAAAAAAACAAAACAAAGCUAAUUGGCCUUAAUUUGUCUUCCCUUAAAGAUUAGUUUUAAAAGUCUUAAUCAUGUCACAGACUUCAAUUGCCGCUCUUAACUGGAGGAAAAGAGAUUGAGACACUUCUUUGGUCCUGGAAGAAGUGCUUUGGGUAAAAUUUGAGCAAACUGACAAAUCUUUCCAAGUAGAUAUUGCAAGCAGGUAAACUGUACAAUGUCAAUACAGCUCUCUCUUAUGAGCAGACAACAAAUGAAUUUUCAAAAGCUUUGCAGAAGAGGAUGUUGUUCAAAAACUAUUGUGAAGAUAAAUAUUUUUCUAAGUCUCUGCUUUUGUUUUCACUAGCGAGUUGAAAAUGGUGACUUCAACUGGAUCGUCCCGGGAAAAUUUUUGGCAUUUAGUGGACCACAUCCAAAGACCAAAAUAGAAAAUGGUAUCUGUUUUUCCCUGUCUUUUUUUUGUAGAAUUGUGUGUAUUUUGCAUGACUAGUAAAUUGACUGUGAUCCAUUGAUUCACAUGUGUGAAAAGUAGAUAUUGAGACCUUGCUGUAUGCACAGGAACAUUGUAUGCACCCCUUUGGAGAACACCAUGCUAUUUGUGGAAACAAUAGUUGUGUGGAUGUGUUAAAAAGCUACAAGGGUGCGUCCAAAUGGGUGUUUAAUGUAAGCUCAUGUGCACAAGCUUUUUACAGCAACUACAUGCUGCCGUUAGUAUCAGUAUUGACCCUCCUUAUUUAACCUUUUCUGUGGAAGAUCAAAUAGGUUUUUUAAAAACCCAACCUGUUGCCAGAGACCCAUUUGUGCUAUUGAGCUGUUGUCUGGAAGUACCCAUAGAGGCCAAAUGAACAUUGUUUCAUGUCUGCAUUUUUUAAAAAAAUAUAAUUAUCUUUAGAUGAAAAUAGCUUAUAAGUGGGGAAGACUAUGAACCUUCCUUCUUUCAUUCUUAAAACUGGCAAUUUGCAUGAACUACAAGUUUAAUUAAAAACGACCUACAAAGCUAACAUCUGGGGAGAAGACAGGCACUGCCUAUGAGGACUAUUAAACAUAAGAGUUGAAAAUGAAGGCAGGACGGUUGGAGGGACUAGCCCAGCAUCUAUAAUACCUAGAUAAUGGUCUUAGAUAGUUGUAAGGAUUCCUAAAGUUAUGUUUGAACAUGCUACAUAAAAUAUGAAUUCUUUAUUGCCAAUGAGGCAGAUUCUGGGGCAGAAUGAUCGGCCUUCCUAUGAGGUCUCUGCCAGUGGAGUCCAGGCAUACAGUAUGGCAGACUGAGGACUUCAUGAAUACAUACCCUAUGAUUCUAAUCUAGAGUGAAACCUAUACAGUGGCAUUAUUCCCUGUUUUAGAUACUGUACUGGCUAAAAUAAUACUCACUUCUUUUAGACCAAUAUGCUAGUUUUCUAUUCUCCUGUUCAGAAUGAAUGUUUUAUUCCUAAAAGCAAAAAAAGCAAAAAUCCAAACUCAAGUGGUUGGGCACUCUUUUUUUGUUGUAAAUCGUUUUCCUUUUGAUGCCCAAUUUAAGCACAGGGAACAUCUUGCUAUUAAGAAUUGCCCUAGGAUAUUCUUGUAUCUCAGACUCUUGCAUCUAGCCUUAAAUUUGUUCUGCUUUCUUUAAACAAGCCAUAGCUCUUAUCAGUUUGGUAGCUACUGAACUACAAAACAUAUCUUCAAAAGCUAUAUAAAAAGGAAACUGUGGGGGGCAGCAUAGAAAGGAAGAGCAUGCAUAUUUCAAUGUGUUGCUGACUUGCUGAGUUAGCUGAGGGAAGAAAUAGAAAAUACAUUAGUUGUUGUAUCCCACACAGCUGUAAAUGUUCUACUCUAAUAUACAGAUACCUGGAGAGUUUUGUGUUAAUGCUUGCUUUAAUCAAGUCAUUUUCAUGGUGACGAGGAAGAUGCAAGAAUGCUGCAUUCUGGUCUACAUCUAAUUGAAGAAGGGGUUUUUCCACUCAUUCUUCUACCCUGUUAGUUGUUCAGCUUCUUGCAACGUUAGCUAAUAUCAUUAGUUUGUUCCUUGUUCACAUGUCACUGUUACAGGCUUAACAAUACUGUGCAGGCUCCCAGGAAUGAGCUUGUAGAUUCUUUGCUCCUCCUCGGUAUUUUCUGCUUCAUGAAGAUAGGCCAAGGUUUGGCUUAGCGUGACAUCUGAGCAAAGACUCAUGGCUGUCUACACACCAACCAUGAGCUAUAAACCAAGAUUUGUUCAUGGCUACACCUCAUAGUUAGGUGAGAGUGCAUAACACCAACAUGCUAGGGCAACCUUGACUAUGGCAACACAGCAGAUAUAUCUAUAUAUCUAUAUCUACGUAUAUCUAUCUCCAAGGAAAGACCAAAGCAGUGAACAUUUGCACAGUCUCACUAAGCUAUAUUUGGUUUAAUGCGUUGUGCAGACAAAGGUUCUGUGACUGAAAGUUUAUUGACUACAAUUUUAGGCCACUCAACUUUGUAUAUUUGCACAGAUUUUAUUAGGAACGUUUGCCUUCUUUUUACACUAUGCUGAUUACAUUAGUAAUGUUCGUUUUUAAACGACAAGUGUUUAAAGUCUGGUGUUGUAGUUGUUGUCUGUACCACUAAGAAGUUUUUGGAGGUCGUAUACAAACAGCCAGGCAUUCUCGCUCUUCAUGUUACAGGCUACCCUCUCCACGCACCGGAAGCCUAUUUCCCAUAUUUCAGGAAGCACAACAUAACAACUGUCAUAAGACUCAACAAGAAGAUUUAUGAGGCAAAGCGUUUCACAGAUGGUGGGUUUGACCACUACGACCUGUUCUUCAUAGACGGAAGCACGCCGAGUGACAGUAUAUUGCAGCAGUUCUUGACCAUCUCUGAGGAAGCAGAAGGUGCCAUAGCUGUGCAUUGUAAAGGUGAGUUCUUCCAAAAGGAAAAGCAAUUCAGUGGUAUUGUAUUCUGGCACGAAGAGGAAUAAAUAACCAGGUUUGGAAAUAGCAUCCUCCGAUCUUAAUUUUAAAAAUGCUGCGUUGGGUAAAAUAGUCUAAAUUAUGAAAAGCUUCGAUUGUGAUUUUGAGCAGAAAUUUCAUAAUGGUUCCCACUGUUUUUAAUGCAGACCCUAUUUUAUUCCACUGAGUGAUGCUAUUGCCUCUCUUUUUAGUGAAGCGUGUCUUUUCAAUAUUUUUAAAAAUUAUCUUGUAGACAUAGAAAUUACUGUUCUUAUGCUGUUGGGAUAGCAGUGAUAAAUUUCACCAUUUGUCUAUGGUGUGCUGUGCUCUGCUCAACUGAAACAAUUUUUAUUUGGAAAGCAGGGAUGUAAAAGUAUAGUGUUGCCCUUUCCUCUCUCUGUGCUCCUUCUUUCUUAUUAAUUAGCUGAAAGCAGAGGGCAAGGUGCUUUUUUGGCUUUUGUUCAUUUUCUUUUAAAAAGCCAGUCAGCUUCUGUUCUUGGGCCCACAACCAUCCUAGAGAUUCAUUUUCCCUACUGUCUUCUGAAGGGAAAAUAUCAGUGUUUCUUUUGAACUGGAACAAACUAUUCCAGAACAAAACUAUUUCUGUCUCAGCCUCUCAGGCUGACCAGGGUUAAAACUAAUAAAAGACAUUUCACAGGAGCCAUGUACUAAGCUAAUGAAAGAACCUGGAGAGGUAACAGCAUUGGACACCAAUUGUUGCAGUGCUCUGUUAGCUGAAGAUUACCUUGGCUUCUCCAUUGCAGCAUGUGCCUGUGCAAUUCUCAUGAUCCUGAAUUCACAACCCUAAAAAACACAUUCUGGAUAAAAAUGCAUCCCCAGGAAAUCAUAAACUGCUAGCUGAGGCGAUGAAGAUCAGCUGUGUUGGUGGCUUUUUAUUAGGUGCUGAAAUCCUAGUAAAUCUUGCACUAAACAUGUUUGGGGUGGGAUGGGGUGGGGAAAAAAGCAGCUCUAAUAAACCAUGUGUUGUUUUUUUAAAAAAAAGAAUGCUUAGGAUGGAGGUACACUGAGAAUGAAUCAGAAAUGUAGCGGAAUAAAUGCAGAUUCAGUGUCACCCUGUAUUGUGGCAUCCUCCAGCUAUGAGCAGCCACAGCAGUGGCAGCUAACGAUGUGUGACAGAAAUACUCCCAUGUCCCGAAAUCUUCACACCAUGUAAAUAAAUGGUCUUUCCCAUUAAAAGGGAAGGGAGACCUUGACAAGGUAAUGCCUUUUUGUGUGACGCCUCCGUGGCAAACAUCACAUAUAGUUUCACUUUUUGCAUACGCCUUCAGUUUGACUUGCGCAGCAAAUCAGUAUACCUUUGUUCAGUAGAUUUACCCAGAGCAGGAAUAGAAAGGGCAGUGGAGGUUAAGACAGGAAUUAGCAGGCCUCUGUGGGAUCUAGCAGGAUGUUUGUACUACGAUGGAUUCCUGAUGUUUAAAAUAGACUUCAGUAAUGUUCUUUUGUAAAACAUUAGCACAUGGUACAAGGAAACAAGUUUUAUGAAAUAUCACACAUUUAGAGGAAUUCGUUGAUAUUCUUAAACGCGUGUAGUUCUGUACCUAACAUCAAUUUUAUGUCUCUUCCCCACCCCCCCACCCCAUGUUCUCACUGUAGCUGGGCUAGGAAGAACAGGAACACUGAUAGCCUGUUAUAUAAUGAAGCACUAUAGAUUCACACAUUCUGAAGCCAUUGCCUGGAUACGAAUGUGCAGGCCAGGUUCUAUUAUUGGACCCCAGCAGCACUUCCUUGAAGAGUAAGUAUGACACCUCUGUUAAUCAUAUAAUUUGCUGUUCCACACCAGACACUUUCCCCUCUCUGUAGAGCUUAGCAAGUCUGCUGCAUGAAUGCCAGAUUAUUCAGUGACUUUCUUAGAAUUCUCUCGGCUGAAAUUGCGAGUACGAUUCCUGCUCUGUACUCUAAUUUAUUACAGCUCCGAUUUAUUGUGUUACGCAGAGUAUGAUGGCUAUUGUAGCUUCAGGGCAUGGGUUAAGAAGUUGUAAAGUACUUUAAUCCUCCUGCGUGACUUUUUGGCUGAGCAUAGUGAGUCAGUAUUUUGUGUGCAUUUGUAAUGUGAUAUCUUUGUUGAUAACCACAGACAGCUCAGUCGGUAGAACAUGAGACUCUUAAUCUUCGGGUCAUGGGUUCGAGUCCCGCAUCGGGCAAAAGAUUCAUGCAUUGCAGGGGGUUGGACUACAUGACCCUCAUGGUCCCUUCCAACUCUACAAUUCGUAUGAAUUGUAUGAAUUAAGGUAUCAGGAUGUACUUACAAUUCUGUCAUGAAUGCACAUAACUUCUUUCAAAGUGGAAUACUGGCCCUUUUCUCCUAUGUGUUCUUGAAGAGGGAGGAAAGAUCUAAAAUAUAUUUUCUGGAUGCACUCAAGCCAUAGUACCCAUAGAAAAGAAAACCAACAAGAAGUAGUAGGGCUACCCACUUCAGAUGAUAGAUUGGCCAUCUGAGUUCCCUUAAGGGAUUUGUAGUUGUGAUAGUGAUGCAUUUGGUAAUGAAGUCGUAGUGGCGCUAAAUAUUGUAGCUGGUCAGGGAAAUGUGUCAGCAAGGUUCUGAUUCCAUGCCACACAUUCUCCAUCAUUGUAUUUAUCCCUCACACAUACAUGCCACAUUACUGAUGAAACCCACACAUGCUAAAACACACACACACUGCAAUGCAUCGCCCAAGGGGAAAGGUUAACACAGAGCUAUAUUUUUUUUAAAAAUGUAUUCGUGUUUUAAUGCUGCAUGCUGCAUUUUGUUUUCCGAAGGGUAAUCUACACAUCUUUUAAAUAAAUAGGUGCUACACAGUCUCUAACUCUCCAAAGAAAACUAAUUUGUAUGUAUAUGGAAUGUCCCCUUACCCUUCUCUGUGGUAUCAGUGGCAUUGAGGUUGCAUUUCUGGGGGUGGCGCAGUCACCUGAAGCCCCUCUCUCACUCGCUCUAGCUUAAAGUUGAGAAACAAUCCGAACUUGUCCUCUAUGACGAGUCUCUUGCCCUGUUGCCCCAUACAUAAGGGGUAGGACUCACCUAUCUAGCUCCAUCAGCUGAACCCUGCACAACAACUUCUGCUUGCUCCAUGGGGCUCCCUCCCCCCUCCCCUCCCCAUAUGCUCCCUGAAAUUGGAUCUGUGGAAUUGGGAGAACCCCCAUAACAGUACAUGGAGGGAGGAGAAGGGGGUAUCAUUCCGUCUGGCUUGCACAGACAGCGCAAUUGGAAGAUGUAAUGGCGUUGCCUCCCAUUCCUAGUCUGUGUAACCUUGUUACAACGACUGAUUAGCCAUGAGAGGACUUUUCAGCCCCACCUCCCAUUCAUGGAACCGUUGACAAUUAUCUUAGCCUUGUCUUGAAUCUGCUUCACUUGACUAAUGCAUAUAUAGGCCCCCUACAUUAGCUAGGCACUCAUUUGCAAGAUGCAGCUUAAUGUGACGGUGGGCAACCCCAGGCCAAAUGUGGCCAUUCCUUGACCCUCUCAGUUUGGCCCUCUGGACUCUUCUCUUGCCCCCGGUACAUUUGCCUGGCUGGAAUGUGUCCUUGAACUGUGAUCAUUUCCCUUGCUUGCCCAGAAAGGAGGAAGGAGACUUUGGUAGUCUAGGUAUAUGUCAACCUCCAACUUUCACAUGGCUGGAAUGUAACCUGUUGUACAAAAGGAAAGAGUCACAUCCAUUGCUCUGCCCACCUUUACAUCUGGCCCCGCAUAUCACUGGUAUGUAGCCCCAGAAGUUUGCCCAUGAGGGGAUGAAGCAGCCCUUUGGCUGAGAAAAGUUUACCACCAGCAUUUUUAUGGCCAUUUCCCCUGGGAAUAAGUCACUAUUUACAGCCCAACAGUAAUUAAGCAGAAUAUGCUAGAUAUUGUUACGUGGUAUCCAGUUAUCUGACAGGAUUAAUCCCACCUCUGAUUAUAUAACAAAAACAACAACAAAUUAUUAUCAUUAUUAAUACUCCGCCCAUCUUGCUGGGUUUCCCCAGCCACUCUGGGUGGCUUCGAACAGAAGAUUAAAAAUACGAUAAAAGAUCAAACAUUAAAAACCUCCCUAAACAGGGCUGCCUUCAGAUGUCUUCUAAAAGUCAGAUUGUUCUUUAUCUCCUUGACAUCUGAUGGGAGGGCGUUCCACAAGGUGGGCGCCACUACCGAGAAGGCCCUCUGCCCGAUUCCCUGUAACUUCACUUCUCGCAGGGAGGGAACCGCCAGAAGGCCCUUGGAGCUGGACUUCAGUGUCCAGUGGAGACUCUCCUUCAGGUAUACUGUGCCGAGUGCUGUUUAGGGCUUUAAAGGUCAGCACCAACACUUUGAAUUGUGCUCGGAAAUGUACUGGUUACUGAAAGGUGCAGAGCUAGGAAAGCUGAGGGCAUAUUGAUAUUAGCAAGACAGAAUGUAGGCGUUUUAACAUCCGAGAAUGACCACAUGAGCACAUUGGCAAAUCGGCUGAGAAAGAGGUUUCAGAGUUUAUCCUCUUUGCUAAAGGUCGCAAGUUUAAAUGCCAGAGAUGAACAAAAGUUGCUUUCUCACAAAGCGAUGAUUCACUGUUGGAAUUUUGGCUCUUUUCAGGGAGGUUUUUUUAUUAAAAAAAAGUUCCGUUUUUAAUGCUUUGACACAAAUAACUAUCUAGAACAAACAUCAUAAAACAACAGUGAACGAUGCUCCUAAUUCAUACUGCCACUGUUUUGUAGUUUAUAGAAAAUAAUGCUUUUGACACAGGGAGUUCUGUAUUCCUGGCUGUUCCAAAAGGCACAUAUUCCCUAACUUUGGGAUUUAAAAGGUUAAACGCAUUGAGUCCCAGUUCUUUUUGUAGUGAUAACUUUCUCACCUUUGCAGUCCCUGGAUCCCUAUGUGAGACAGAAGAAUAGCACUCGAAAGCAUUUGAAACCUGCUAGAACAUAUUUUAGUUUUCAGUAGGAAAGCCUGAACAAUAAUGUUCAGGUCCAGGUGAAGAAACCAUGUUUUCUCAUUAGUGUCAAGAAGACUUCCUUGCAUUCUUUUUUUCAAUUGUGUCCUGUACAUCUGAGAAGAACACAAAAUUCUUUGCUUGCAUGAAGCUCUGUGUUGAUAUCGAAGCUCAUCAAUGAACAUGCAAAUUGCUAGACUGGAGUCCUAACCUUCCCUGUAAGAACUGUGCUGUUUAGAGUAAAAAGGAUGUCAUUGCAGAAGCAGGGUGCAAAGGAACUUGAACUGUUCAGGGUCUCUGUUCUUUUAGAUUGUGUUUUUCAGUUGCCCAAAAUACUCCAAGCGUUACUUCUGGACAGUUAGCCUCCUAACAAAUAAAUGCUGGGAAAUAAUUGUAAACAGUUGUUCACAUGCACUUUGCAAUGUAUGAAUAAGAUAAUCUAAAGGAGAAACAAAAGCUUCCUCGAUACUUAGGAGAAAGGAUAACAUAUAUUUCACCUCUUAAUCUUUGUUCAUAUGUGACACAGAUUCCCAGCAUGUUAUUUCAAGAGUUAAUGGCUUUCAUCAUCAGCAGUAUAAUCUCAGAUCACACUUAAUUAUACUGGAUAUCGACUUCCUCACUCUAAGCAGAAAUAACUCCCCCCACCCCAUCUUUCUAAUCCUGACCUAUUCACCAGUUAUGUAACCUCCCUGUGGGAGCUUUUCUCUGAGUCAAAGUAUGUGGAUAAUGCUAUUUCUUUUGGCUCACUUCCAGAGUUGUCACACUUUGUUCUACUAAGCAAAACUGCAGGGGGGGAAAUUGCUUGUGGAGGAAAUCAGUAAAAUUUAGCAUAACAAAGUUAAAAAAAACAACCAGCAACACCCAGCUACAUUAUUUUUCAUAAGUGAAGGAAAAGGCAAUGGUCACACAAAGUAACUACUUUUUUUAGAUGCAUCCUGUUUAUAUGUGCAUCAAUUGAACAUAUUUAUAUUUUCAUCAGUUCAUUUCAUGAAAAUAUUUAAAAGCUUAUUUAAAAUGAACAUUUAACGACACAAUAAAAUAAAAUUUUCACAAUUUUGUAAUGCAGUAUAUUAGAAUUGAUUUUUUUUUCCUGGUUAUGAUAAACUUUCCCAAUCAAACGUCUGAAAAAGCAAGAACACCCAAAAGAGACUUCCAGAUAAAAUUAUUUAAAAUAAAGUUAUGUAUACUAUAAUGAAUGAUUUCCAAUGCUACAGUAUGUGUAACCAAGUUGAAAGUCCUAUUUUACUGUACUCUACCCUGGGGCUACUCUGCAAAGAAGUCUUAAAUAUUUUUAGAAAUUAAUAAUUGUUUAUACUGUGACUCUGACAUGCAUUUUGCUGGAACUAAUUUUGCCCUUUUUUCACUGUUAAAUAGAAAGCAGUCGAUGUUAUGGCUCCAAGGUGACCUCUUCCGAUCCAAACAGAAACCAAGAUUAGUAGAUGAAGACAGCAUGAGCAGAAUUCUGUCUGGCUUGGAUGACAUUUCCAUCAGUGGGACUUUGAAUAAAAUAGAAAGUAAUUUGGAUAAAUAUGUAGAGGUAAAAUUUCACUGGAAUUAUCUCCUUAAUAUCCCAAGUAGAAAAGCUGCAAUGGAGUAGUUUUUGAAAUAUAAUAAUGCUUGAUAUACGUCUUUUAUCCAUCUAUCUCACUCUUGUGUGUUCAAAGCACUUCACAGGUUCUCAAAUAACUUCAUAUAUUUUACUCCUGUAAAAACUGUUGAGUAUUAUUAUUGCUAUAGUACACCGGGGGAGGUAUGUGCAAGAAGACUGAGAGAGAGCAUGUCUAAGACUAGUUCUUAGAAUAUUCUAAGUUCUUAGAAUAGAUGAACAUCAUCAGUGUACACUGACAAUUAACCGUAAAUCCCCAAUUGACCUCUCCGGUGCCCUCAUAUUGAAAUUAAAUAGUGUGGGAGACAACAGUUUCCUGACCCACAAGUGUCAUGGGUCCAAGCAUUCUUCCCCCAAACUACAUCCUGGAGUAGGCCUCUUAACUAUUAUGUUACUCCAUGAUAUAUAUGCUAAGGAUUGCAGCCAACAAAGCUUUACUCAGAGUAGGCUCAUUGGGAUUAACAGACCCAAACUAUUUCAACAGGUCUACUCUGAGUAUGGCAAACAUUAGAUACCACCUUCAGUGCCCUCACAUUAUAUCCUGGUCUCUCACUGACAGUAAGUUCAAGUUUCCAGGCUCAGUCAUAACUGGAAUACAAGCCAAGAUGUUCAUUGUGAAGCCAGCGUGGAAGAGCACUUGGCCCCAGCUUGGGAACUACAACUUAUGAAGCCAGGAACGAUUGACCAAAUGUGUUCCAGUGUUAGCACAUUGAUUGGCAUGCAGGUUAAUUGCAAGCUAAUGCCCCCCCCCCCAACAACGCAAGGUAUGUUGGAAUGGAGAGAAAGCAAAAUGCGGAUGUGGCAAACCUAUGUCCAACCUUGCUUGUGCUAACUGACGUGACGGCACUACAUUGUGCUUUUGGCCUUUGUCCAUCUUAGAACCUGGAACAGCAUAAAUCCAAAGUUGCCUGAGGGCACGUGUAGCUUUGCUUUUAUAAUUUGAGCUAGAGCAGGCAUAGGCAAACUCGGCCCUCCAGAUAUUUUGGGACUACAACUCCCGUGAUCCCUAGCUAACAGGACCAGUGGUCAGGGAUGAUGGGAAUUGUAGUCCCAAAACAUCUGGAGAGCCGAGUUUGCCUGUGCCUGAGCUAGAAUAUCUCCUCUCAAACCACUGGUCAUCAACUUUUAAAUUCCAACCUGUUAGAUAAGAUGCACUCAGCUGCUUAUGUGUGAAAUAUCUCUGUUGUGGACAGCGCACCCUGGGAGGGCUUUGUGGGAAAUGGCAACUUAAGCCUGUGGGUUAUCUGUGUAGUUGAUAAUGGGCCCAAAACAAUAUGGCACAAGAAGGAAAGGUAAAUUGCCUUCAAAGGGCUGGGCCCCAGGUAAAGUAAAACAAAAAAACACAAUCCUAUUUUGAAUCUCCUUAAUUUUGUUGAACUGUACCUAUUUUCCAGAAUGAAUUGGAAGACACUUCAGAGCAGGAAAUCAAGAAUGGCAUGACACAGGGGGACAAACUUCGUGCCUUAAAACUUCGGAGGCAGCCACGUUCAGCUACAACGGGAACUCUUAGGUGACCCAUUCACAGUUCUCAUGUUUGGGGAGCUAUCUAGAUUAGCAGGUGGUAUUCCACCAAUACUUUAAAACACCUAAUUUCACAGGUCUGGCACUAAAAGAUUUGUUACUUUGGACAACGACGCCUAUCUAGACUUUGACAACAACAUUCCCAGGACGUGGGGCGAGAGGCAGGGGACAGCUCUUUGUCUAAAGAUGUUAGUUUUAAUGGGAAAAGAGGCUUAAAACAUUUCAUAGAAGUCAGAUUCUGAGUUACCUGAAGAAAUGUAACUUCGUGUAUGAAUGUGGCCCACCCACAUUCUUACUCUGCAACAUCUAUCUAGGAUUCAGGAAGAGGCGUCUAAUCACCUGCUACCUGAUCCUUUUGUUUUUACUUGAGAUGCCAGGGACUGAACCUCGGACCUUGUCCAUGAAAGGCUGUGUCUUCCUUCCGAAUGUGGCUCUCUGUGCCUUAAGACUGUUGAAGGAGGCCCUGCUUUGGGUGGUCACUAUCUGAGGGGUACAGCAUGAGACUGAGGGCCUUCUUAGUGCAGACACAUGCCCUGUUGAGCUCCCUCCUCAGGGACAUUGGACAAGAUCCCAAUCUUCCUGAGCAUGGGUAAAAUGUUUUUCAUUUCCUUUCCUUUUUGGGAAUCAGUUUCCGGAUUGAGAGAGAAAUGUGGUGAACAGCCUGGUACUUUGUAUAUUAGUAAACUCCUAUUUCAUCAAUAUGUAGUAUUUUUGUUGGUUCUUUAAUUAGUUAUACUGUAUAUAUUUUAAGGAUUUUAGGUUUGGCUGUAUAGUGGGAAUACGUUUGAUUUAAAUUGCCAUUGAUUUUCUAGGCUUGAGGAUAUGAAACUGCACUCCAGAUCCAGGUCCCAGCCUUUCAGGUACUUAUUUCCAUAGUUCACAGAGAAGCAAUUUGGAUUAUAUUUUCACUGACUUUUUGGCAGAUCUUGAAACGUCCCGUUUCCCCCUCGCCCUCUCACUUAAAAGUGAUUGUCCCUGUAAGUUGUGUGUGUUAGAGCCGCUUCUCAUAACACGAUUCUUGCUCAGAGAACUGUUGUUGGAAUUCGCUCCUGUUAACAGCCUUUUGUAGUGGGACAUAUUUUAUACCUACUUCUCCUUGUGAGCCUGCCGUGGGUAUGUUAAAUGUCGGGAAUGUCGCUUAGCCAUUCUUGUGUCUGAUUCACAAGUAAAUAUGUAUAUAAACCUUUCGUUCUCUUAAAAUUAUCCCACACUGAAAGUGACUUUGAGCAUCAUUCCAGCGAGCAAAAUGUGUAUUCAGAAAGCUGCCCUGACUCAUCUGCUUAAUGGCUUUAAAUGCAUUCCUCCACACAGAUAAGUGUGGACUUCUGAAUGUGAGUCUUUGCAGUGAUGUGGUAAUUGAAACCAAAUCUCUAAAGCAGGGUUCGCUAAUCCGUGGCCCUCCACUUAUUACUGGAAUACAAUUCCCAUUACAGUGGUACCUCGGGUUACAUACGCUUCAGGUUACAGACUCCGCUAACCCAGAAAUAUUACCUCGGGUUAAGAACUUUGCUUCAGGAUGAAAACAGAAAUCGUGCAGCGGCAGCACAGUGGCAGCAGGAGGCCCCAUUAGCUAAAGUGGUGCUUCUGGUUAAGAACAGUUUCAGGUUAAUGUGAUGAAUUAAUAUGUUUAAUGUUGAAUUGUAAAGAAAGAAAGAUGUUAAGUGAUGAAGUUAAUUUUAUAAGAAUAUUGGUUUUGGAAAACUGUUAAAAUGAUAUACAAUGAAAUCCAAUCGGGGAUACGAGGAAGUCACUUAACAAUGUUAUUAAGUUUGGCUUAAAUACGGUUGAGAUUUAUGUUUGUUUGUUUGUUUGUUUGUUUGUCAAAAAAACUUUUUGGGAAAAUCAAUAAAAGGGGGGGGGGGGAGAGAACAGUUUCAGGUUAAGAACAGACCUCCAGAACGAAUUAAGUUCUUAACCCGCGGUACCACAGUAUCCCUGAUCCCUGGCCAUGCUGGCUGGGGCUGAGAGUUGGGAAUGCAGCAACAUCUGGAAUGCCAGAGGUUUCCCACCCCAGCUCUGAAGCCUGCUCCAUACAUUGUAAUAUACAGUGGUGCCUCGCAAGACGAAAUUAAUUCGUUCUGCGAGUUUUUUCGUCUAGCGAAUUUUUCAUCUUGCGAAGCACGAAAUCCUAUAGGAAUGCAUUGAAAUUCAAUUAAUGCGUUCCUAUGGUCAAAAAAAGUCCAAACAAAGCCAAAUUUGGUACAACAAGAGUUUAUUAAGUGCUCUUUAAAGUCACACAUACUGUAAAGAGCAUUUCAAAAAUUGAAAGACCAAUAAAUUAAGUUUCUAAACAUGACAGAAAAACAUUUAAAAAUCAACAAAGUGUACAGUACAUUUUCUAAGACUCUGGGGGACAACUCGAAGAAGGUUCCUCUUCCACUCUUUGCUUCUUGCUGAAGAACCCCCUCCUCAACUGUUCCCCCAGCCACCCACCACACAGAAAUUCAAAUCCAGAAUUUUUUUAAAAAAAACAGCAGAGUGGCCCAAUGGUCACAGAAAAUCAUAAAAAUUCAGAAAAAACCACACAAGCUUCCAGAUUCUUGCAAACCCCUCCUCAACUGUUCCCCCAGCCAACCACCACACAGAAAUUCAAAUCCAGAAUUUUUUUUAAAAAACAGCAGAGUGGCCCAAUGGUCACAGAAAAUCAUAAAAAUUCAGAAAAAAACCACACAAGCUUCCAGAUUCUUGCAAACCCCUCCUCAACUGUUCCCCCAGCCACCCACCACACAGAAAUUCAAAUCCAGAAUUUUUUAAAAAAUACAGCAGAGUGGCCCAAUGGUCACAGAAAAUCAUAAAAAUUCAGAAAAAAACCACACAAGCUUCCAGAUUCUUGCAAACCCCUCCCCAACACCAAGUCCUUGAAUUCCAAACACCCCAACCCAGAAUCCAAAAACCCCCAAAAAAGUUUUAAAAGUUUAACUUACCAAAUGGCUGCAAAAGAAGUUUUGGAAAAGCUUCAAAAAUCACCAAAGUCUUCAAAAACCUCAAAAAAGGCUACCACACCGCGGUCUAUGAGUUGCUCCUCGAAGUCAAGUCGCAACUGUAUUAACGGUGUUAAGAAAAAGGAAACAAACUUGCAAGACGUUUCCGUCUUGCGAAGCAAGCCCAUAGGGAAAUUCGUCUUGCGAAGCAGCUCAAAAAACGCAAAACCCUUUCGUCUAGCGAGUUUUUUGUCUUGCGAGGCAUUCGUCUUGCGGGGCACCACUGUAUUCACUUGGGUGGCUCUUCAUGAUUCAGAUUAUCUCUGUGAGCAGUUUCCUUUACAGUUAGAUAAUGAAAAAACCCAACAUCCUGAAAAUUAGGGAUGGGGUUGAAUUUCCAUGGAUGCAUGUUACAUGAAUUCUGUGUGCCCCUUCAUCCCAAAAAGUUUAUUUUUGUUUUAUUUCUUUAUAGAAAUAUUUUAUACCCCCCUUUUUUUAAUUCAACAAAAGCACUGGGGAAAAUUACAAUUUUGCAUAAAAAAUUGAAACAAUAAAAUAAACAGCGUUAAAAAAAAUGUGAAAGGACAGCGGAAACUCAGGUGAAUAACAGCAAGCGCCGCACAAUUGAAACCUGGUGGCUAGGCAGCAUCAAAUGCCCACCAGAAAAGUACCUCUUUUUUUCUGGCUCUGAAAAGAGCAAGAGCAAGCCAGACUUCUCUAGGAAGAUAGUAGGUAAGAACCAGCAAUCUGCCUACAUUAACAUCCUGGCAGCUUCAUUCUGUGAAACCCAUCUGUAGUUUCCAAGCCAUCUUAAAGGCAGCCUCAUGGAGAGCUCAUUACCACUCUUACCAUUUUGAUGUCAUGGCUUGCCAGUCACACAAAGCUGGUGAAAUUCAUUUCUGGUCACUGUUGCCACCCAGACAUCCAAAAAUGCACAGCAUCUAAGAGUACAUCCAGACUGGAGACCUGAGUAUUCAGGGCACAGCACUUUGCAUGAAUAGGCAUGCAUAUAACAGUCUUCAGUGUUUCCAUCUCACCAGGCUAGUUUGUUUGUUUGCUGACCAUCGCUAACCUCAGACGACUAGAGUGGUGUUUCCACUGCCUCCCUGGGAUUUGAUGGAACUCUGGGAGAAGAUAAUCUGCAUCUUAUCAAUAUACUGGGGUCACUAUAUCCCAAAUCCCCAGAUGACGUCCUCAGUGGUUUCAAUCCUACCAAUAGGUAGCCUAAGUAUUAAGAUUGUGUUUCUCAAAAUGUUAGUUUAAGCGAGAUGCUUCUGUCUAAAUGAUUAAAACAUACUUUUGUUGUUCUUCUUUUUCUUCUUUCAGACUGAAUACCGCAUCUAUCUCUCAGGGAUCUGUAUCUCCUUUGAAGUCAUCCAAAGUGGCCGCUGCUACAUCACCUUCAGCGAAGAGAAUAAGCAGAAGUUCUCACUCCUCCUCAAGCCCAAAUUUUAAAAGGUAUGCCUUACUCUAGUCUAUCUUUUCCUUUGUGGGGUGGGGAGAUAUAAAGGAAGGGCAAUAUCAAGUUUUUUUGGAGGGGGAAAUGGAUCUCAGUUUCAUAGAUUCGCAUCUUGGUCUUUGUGAUUGGACUCCUGAUUGUGGUAAAUUAGUCUGAUAGUCUGAACAAGUGGCCUUGAGUACUAAUGCAACUGUGGCUGUGAUACUGAGAGGGCCCUGUAUUAAAAUAUCCACAUGCAGGGGUUUCUACAGAGUUCCCCCCCCCCCAGCACUUUUCAGCUGUUUAUAGAACCAAGAAAUAGAUAAAUAGCAAAUGAAUCAGCCAGGAGCCUGGAAAUUCCAAAUAUCCAUGGUCAUCUCUUACGCAUGGCUUUGGGGAUGGUCUUCACUUACAAUUCCAGGCCUUUUUGAUGGUUGCUUCAUCGCUUGCCUUACGGGAGAGAAUGAAGCUGUGUAUCACCAUCACUUAAUUUUGUGGCAAAAGUUCUUUUGUUGUUUCCUCCCCCUUAGUACCUUUUAUAAAUGUGCCUUGCAUUAACCAUCACGUUAUGUACAUUUUGUGUGUGUGUGUGUGUGUUUUUACCCCGCAUGUGUUUUCCGUUCAGCAUUUCCAUAAACUCCAGGCUAGCCAGUUCUCUAGGGAACCUGUAUGCCGCUUCAGAUGAUGCCGAGAGCAAAUUGACAUCAUCGUCCUCUAGGACAGGUUAUUCUGUAAACCAAAUCUGCAGUCACUUGAAUGGCAGCGCGCACCUGCCUGCCAGAAAUUACCAUGAGCAGAACAACAACAUGUACAACAGGAGCGGCAGUAGCGCUACCAACCUCAACAGCUAUGCCAAUUCUCCCAGCGUCCUGACAGACGAGUACAGCACCUACAGAUCCUUUACGGGGCUCGCUGCUUCUCCGGCAAGAUACCUGAGUCGCUCAAUUCCUGUAAGUUCACAGCCAAAGCAGCCCUUCCAGGAACCCGGCAGAAUCUCCCUUAAGCCUGAGCUCUCUCUCUCUCAAAAGGGUUUUCUAACCAUUCUAGAUCUCUGUUUCUGGUCUUUUUUUCUUACCUAGGACAUGCAGAUCUUUUCACCUUUGCCAUUUCCUCUAAGCCAAACCGAUAAGCUGCUCUUUACUUCUGCUUCUUCAACGUUUGCUCUAAAAAGCAGAUUCUUUUAACUCUCUAACGUCUUCCAUGAGUGUAUCAUUCUUGCAUUAAUCUAUCCAUUUCAAAUCAUUCAUAGUAAAACUCUGAAAACCUGAACCUCACCUGACAGUGUGAGGUCUUCCUGAGUCAUUAGAUGUAUUUAAAGGUAGCAUAAACAAAGUUAAAUAGGGCGUAGCGUUCUCACCACUAUAAAAGAAUCGGCCCAAUUUGUAAAACGAUGUAAUGGACUAAAACAAUGGAAGUCUUUUACUUGCCCUAAAAACAAGCUUCCCUAUUUUUAUAUCUUCUAAAACUUUUCAUCUUUAUGGUGCCUUUUUCCUAUGUGUGAAUGAAAUGUGCAGAUAACUUAAGUACAUACUAUUAAUGUAUAGUAUUUGACAUACUUUCAUUAUAUUUUUGAAAGUUUCAGAAAGAAAAGCCAAUAUGUGUUUCUUUUACGUUCCAUAAUCUACCUCAAAUUGUAUGUGCUGCAAUUUUUAUUUUUAUUUUUAAAACCCUUUCUUUAACUCCCCCCUUGACUUCUUUGAAUACUGUUUAAUGGUCCAGCCCAGCAGUGCCUAGGAUCAGGCUGCAGAAUUAUUGCGACUAUUAGUGAAUACCGCAGUAUCUGAAGCCAAAACCAGCACCUUCAGCUGCUUUGGCAUGAAUUAUCUGUCAUAAAGGUCAUUUGAGGUUAGUGUGGAAACCUGCUUCCCAGAACUGAGAAUUGGGUUUCUUCGUAUUAAUUUGUUCCUGAAAAUUUGUGACGGUGCUCUUGAGAGCAUCCAGCGUCUUGCUUCACUUAGGGAUACAUACUGCAUUUGAUACUGAAUUGGGCUGUAGGCCAUACAUAUUGCAUUUUAUAUUUAAUGACAGUUCUUGGCUUUUAUUUAUCUUGCUCAGAAACAUCUCUUGUUUAAUGCAAAUUGAUUAUAUAGCCGGGAAUGUAUCUUAAUAGCCCUUCCCUCUGGUUGCACGGCGGGCUAUAAUAGGUAGAUUACAUUUCAUAUUGGGGGAUCUGCAUACAUAAGAUUAGAUUAGUUCUGACUGUACAUAGCAGCCUGCUUGAUAGCAUGAUAGCAGAAUGGCACACACUUUAGGAAAAUACAACAUUAGAGAAGCAGUUUAGGGCCUGCACCUGUUGGCAAGAAAGUCAAAAACAAAUGUACUGUGUCAAAACGUUGAUCUUAAUCAUAAGUGCCUUGCUAUACUUCUAAUCAACGUCACUUAGACUUGGAAAUAGCAAAGUUAUUUGGAGGGAAAGUGUAGAUGCAACAAAUACACUGCCAAAAAUUGAGUCCUCCUGGGGUCUGUAUCCUUUUUUGCUCCCUUCAUCUGAGUAAAAGCUGGCUUAGCUCAUCCUUAUGAAAGUCUCUGAAAAAUCUCAAAAGCAUAUACAGUGGAACCUUGGGUUACGGCAGGGAUCCGUUCCGGAGGCCCCACCACAGCCCGAAAACAAUGCAACCCAAAGCAUCACGUCUGCGCGUGUGCGUGAUUUAGCGCUUCUGCACAUGUGCAAACGGCGCGAACCUGGAAGUAACCCGUUCCGGUACUUCCGGGUUUGCGCCGGUCUCAAGCCAAGGGUGACAUAAGCCGGAGGCAAUGUAACCUGAGGCUCCACUGUAGAAAGUUUUUUUUUUUAUUAUUGCUACAAAGAAGAUAAGGAAGGCAAGAUGGGCAUUUUGAGUUCCAAAAUAGAAAAAUCUUCCCCAAUACGGAAACCACAAAGCAAAACUUUGACAUUUUAAUUCUUCAUUGCUUGUGCCGUAUUCAGAAAUUUACACGUUGGGUGUAUUGCUAUGUUCGCUUUUUCUUCUGUCAAACGGGUAGAGACUGGCUCCAGCGCUGUGAAUAUGCAGCACAAGUCAAGGCUGGUUCAAACAUUGAGUGUCUGCACAUUUUCUUCAUGUGGUUAUUUACAUGGGUUCAGCACGCAGCCUGCCAGCAGCCAUUUCCAUGAACACAGAUACGGCUUUCCAUCAGCGGCUUUGAUUACUAUUGAACGAUGGGGAGCAUAUCUCUUUAUAUAGGUACAUACCAAAUGGAGAGAAGAAUCUGGGCUUGUUCUGAUAACAUGGAGCAUAUUCUACUGUGUAAGGGUUUUUGUUUUUAACUUAAUCCAGAAAUUUUAUUCAAACGAGUAAACACAAUGAUGGGAGAAGUAGUAGAGCAGCAGGAUGUGAGUAUUGAUAGUUGACGGUUCUAAUAGUUGACACUUUAUUACACUGACCUUUGGACCAUUAUAAACCUGUGGAGGCUUGCGUACAGCUUUCUCCCUGCUUAGAUGCCUUAGUAAAGUUACUCCUGCAAUUGAACGAGGUCUUUUCGGUGUUAUCUGUCUUAGCUGGCAUGUGGCUGGAAGGGUUUCUUCUAACAUAUUUACCUGGAGGUAAGUCCCAUUGACUUCACUGGAGCUUACUGCCAGGUAAGUGAGCUUAGGUUUGGGACGAACGAUGAGCAGUGUCAUGGAUAAUAUUUGUGCCAGUUGCAAGAAUGAGCAGGGUUUCAAAAGUGGCCCUUUGAAAUCCACUUUCUCUUCUCAGAGUUCACAGGGCUUUGUUAAUACAAAUACCGGCAUGCAAUAUACACUAACUACGGAAUGCAAUUUUAUGGCUUGCUCUUAACUCUGCUAACUUUCUCCCCCAUCCAUCUUUGCUGCUUGCAGUACUAUUGAUUCUCAUUUGUACUUCCUACUGCUCCUUCCCCUUUUCUAAGAUGUAUAGCUAAAAUGUUUCAUUGUGCUUUAAAGUGUGCUGCUAUUUCAACACAAGUUAGCCAUGCUACGCUCACUUCCUGAACAAAGUUAAAACCUGAAGGGCGUUUUUCAUUGUUGAAGCUAAAGUGAAUGCGAUUAAACUACAAAUUACUGCAAUUUCAUCUUGCCACUUUCUUUACGGAGAUGAAUUUUAGAGGUGAUUAUGACUGCUCCUUUUGUUUUAAAGCACUUAAUGCAAAAGGCAGCGAGAAUUCUUAAUUGGUAGCAACAAUGAAAACGUGGAGUACUGUGGAACAAAGUGGGUCUCUGAAGAUUCGUCAGCUGCCAAAAAGAAAAAAGAAAAAAGAAAAACAACACAUUUCUAUUCCUCAUAAUUUAACAUUCAUCUUUAAUUACCAUAACACAAAAGAAGUUUGCUAUAGUAGUUCCGUUGGUUUUUGUGGGACACACUAUACAUUACAGGAAAGAGUCCUUAUUUAAAAGGUCCUAUUAGCUGAAGUGCUUUUCCAGCCCAAUCUUACUGUUAAUUUUUGCUGUCUCUGCAUGGCUGCAGCUGAUACAAAACCACAUCAAAAUUAGCGUCCUCAAGGAAGAAUGUCCCUUGUGUGUCUGCAUGAGUCUCUCUACUGGGGUCGCCUCCUUCCUGAUAUAAAGGAGGAAAGGCCAGAUCAGAGACUCUUGCAGAGAAACACCAGGAAGUAGAUUCCUCUGAGGGCGGGUAAUUCUUCCUCUUUCACACUCCAAAUUGGUGUUUCCCAAACUUGGAUACUGAACUCCAAUUCCCAUCAUCCCUGACCACUGGUCCAGCUAACUAGGAUGAUCUGAUUUGUAGUCCAAAAACAGGUGGAGACCUAAGUUUGGGAAGCACGGCUCUAAAUGUAAACUUGCCUGGUUGUAAGGGCCCGAGCGUGCCUCCCAUUUUAAAUAGGGGUGUGCCGCAGCUAGCAGACAUUUGGGAAACCUGAUUUUACCAUUUCCCUUUUACUCCUCCAGAUGUCCAUUUGUACUGGAUUUCUCAUAGUGUGAGUGUAUUAACUUUGCUUCCUGGCCAUGCCCCAGAUCUCUCUAGUCAGUGUUUUUGUUUUGUUUUUAGAACAAAAAUAAUCAUAAUGACAAGCUUGUUUGAUAUGGAAAAGUUGAUUGUUAAUUGAACCUCACUGUGUCUCUUAACUGAAUCUUAACACUAGUUUUUGUUUCUCACCUGCACAGUCCCUUCAGUCUGAAUAUGUUCAGUACUAAAGCCUUGUUGCUUCGGUGAAAGCUGGACAAAUCUUAAAAUUCGGUUCUCUUCAAGAAGAGCAAUGUUGAGGGGAAAACAACCAGCCCAAGGGGACGAGACCUCUUCACACACGAUUAGAGCUAAAGACACCAAAAUCUCUGAAUUACCUAGAGACUUCAGUUAGUGACUACUACGAACGCACUGAAGUUAAAACUUACGACUAGUACAAUUUUGUGUAUAGAUGCAAGAUUUUAAAAUGGAGAAUAUUUCUAAUGGAUUUUAGCAAUAUAUUUGUAAUUAUGGUUCUCGAUAACAGUGUUAUUAUAAUGUGUGUAUAUAAGUAUAUAUAUAUAUAAAUAUAUAUAAAUAUAUAUUGAGUAAAAUAUUUUGUGUGUAUAUAAAUAUCUAUAAAUUGUGUAAACAUAGGCUAUAUUUUGAUUUAAGCUUCACUUUUUUAAUCCCUCCAAAACUGUGUGUAUUUUUAAAUGUCUUGUUUUACAUUUCAAACAUUAGCCAGCACCCAGAGGAAGCAAUGGGUGAAAACCACUGCUGUGUACACCUGGAGGGGAAUGGGUUUGCUGAUAAGGGGCAGCCUGCCCCCACCUCAGCCUUGUGGGUUGCUGCAUCUCAGAGGGCCCUUCAACUUCUGCAGCAUGCAACAAGGUGUCAGAAGAGGGGAACUAAAAAAUCUAUGUGCCUAUUUGGAAGCCUCCUGUUCAUAUCUCUUGAACCUGGCCGUUGCGAACAGAGCUGCUUGCUGAUUUUAUUUUCAUGCACUGUGGCUACAGUAUUACAAAUAAUUUUUAAUAGUGGGAAGAAAGUUAAUAUCAGCCUCAUUGCUUUGGCUUUGAAAAUGCUAAUGUUUGAAAUGGACAUUUUUUCAAAGGGAUAUAGAAUGCCUAUGAAGCAGGCCUGUUCUAGCAUCCUUAAUUAAGUGUCUUUUCCAUGGAAAGGGAAAGUAAUUUUAAAAUAAAUAAUUAGUAUGUUACCUUGUUAACAUUUUCAGCCCAGUAAUUUGUUCUGCAAAGACGUUCUGUUCUUUAGAGCCUUGCCUUUCUGUAUUUUCCUUUUCUGUAUAAUUCAGUUCUAGAAACUGUACUGUAUCAGAAUGCAAAGCCAGGAUGAAAUAUCCAUCUAUGUAUAGUGAGCAAAGUGUUUGUGCAUAGCACAGAAGACAUGUACUGUCUGAAUUUGUAAUAGUUGCAAAGAUUUUGUCGCUGCAUAUUUAGACAUGGAGGCAGGAGUUGCACGUUUUCACUAUGGAUUGCAGAUUCACUGUUAAAACUAUGCCCCUCUUUGUGUUUUACUCCUUCCAUAUUUAGUCAUGCUGUCCUACUUACUAUACCGGUAAAUGCUGUUGCUUUUCGCUCAUGUCUCUUUCCCAGUUCAAUUUAAUCACGGAACUAUUUCAAACAAUGCUAUUGUAGGUCUUCACCAUAACCCUUCAAAAUUAGUUCUGAAAUAACUGCAGUAUUGUCAGUGUCGCUCAGAGUGCAGUAAUUGUGAAAGUGAAAUGGUAACGUUCAUUUCACUUACAAUUCAUAUUAUGUGAAGAAGAAACCUCUGCACUCCCUGGUCAUGUUCAAAGAAUCACAUCUCAGCCUUAAAUGGCCAAUAUAAGAACAAAACUUUUGCAUUCAUAUGCAGCCCCAUCACUCAUCUCUUCACAGGGCAAACAAUCAAACCCAGAAACCUCUAACCAUAAUUUCCUAUUUCAGCCAAACCAGAAAAUUUAUGAGCAAUAGUUUCAGAAGAAAUUGUGAUAUUAAAUCAAGGUUUGAAGAUUUAAUUUCCCGGCUUGUUGCAAACCUGGUAACUAUAGUUUUCCAGUUCUCUUAUUUAAACCAAGAUAUGGUUGUCUAAACCAGGCCACCGCCCCAGGAAUGUAUUUUUUGGUCCUAUCAAGGAGAGAUAAUUACUAAUGAGAUUUUUUAAAAAAAUAAAUCAUUAUUUUGAAGGGAAAUAGUCCUAAUUAUGAUGGAUAAAUUCUUCUUGACUGAAGCUGGUUUAAUCACUGAAUUCAAUAUUUUUUUAUCAUAUGUACAUAAAAUGUACUGUAUAUGAGUAAGUGAUAGGCAGAUUCUAAGGUAAUUCUACCUCUAUAAAGUUUGACAUGUAUUUUGUUACUAGCUUAUGUUACUAGAAAGAUGUACUAUUUUUGCAAUGUAGAAAUAAUAAACGCUAAUAGAUAAUAAAAGUAAAAAUUAUGCACAACUUAAUUUCUUUGUUUUAAUCAGGUGCUGGUGCACCCAAUACUUCAGUUUUGUGAAAUGUAUUUUGAGGAUCCCCUAGAAUCUAAAACCUCCUUCCCUCAAAUUCAAGCCUUCCUUCACAAUAGCUGUCAAUGUGGAUUCUUUCGCUCUUGCAGCUACCCACUCCUCUCGCUGCUCAUUUCUUGAAUGCUGGUCUUUCUUGUUCUGGUGGCAACCUUGUCUUAGGGACCCCUCGCAGUCUUCCUGUUCCUGGUCUUGCAAUUGAGGCCAGCUUAUUUCUUCCCAACCGUGGUCAACAUCUCUCCUAAGGUAUUCGCAUUUGUUUUAAACCAUCCUCUCAAUCUUGCUGUGCUGAAAAAACAUGUUAGCAUCACGUACAAAGGUGUCCCCUUGCUCUGUUAGCUGGAAGGUAUUCAGCAGACCUUCCAGGAGGCUAGCCAUGUGAAAGUGGAGAGUGUUUCUUCAUAGAGAAUAAGAAAACCCUGUACAGUGGUACCUCAGGUUACAUACGCUUCAGGUUGCCGACUCCACUAACCCAGAAAUAGUGCUUCAGGUUAAGAACUCUGCUUCAGGAUGAGAACAGAAAUCGUGCUCCAGCGGUGCAGCGGCAGCAGGAGGCUCCAUUAGCUAAAGUGGUGCUUCAGGUUAAGAACAGUUUCAGGUUAAGAACAGACCUCCGGAACAAAUUAAGUACUUAACCCGAGGUACCACUGUAUAAGCAAGGCCUGGGGAAUAGCUAUCUGGCCUGAAAUUAAUAAAGAAAUUUUAGAAGUUCCCACACAUUUCCACUUCCACUUUUUACUGCUGAAGCGGAACAGACAUCAAUCAGAACAAAAGCAACAUUUUGUAGUGUAUAUGCACGUUUAUAUGGAAUUCCCAAACAAUGCCUUGCCAUUUCAGUCUGCUCAUAGCAUCCCGGUUCGCAUGACAGUAUAUGGCAAGCCAUAUUAUGGCUUACCUUACCCCGAUGAUGUGGGUACCCAGAGAGCAGCUUGAAGCCUCUUUACUGCUUCUACUCGGUCCUUUUUGCUUUCUCAACACACUGAGCUGUGUGGGUGUGGGUGUAGAUAUUCUCCUAAAAGCAUCUGCUUUACAUUUUCUAGUGAAAAUUAAGUCCUAUUUUUUCUUUCCCUGUAAAACAUUUUAUACCACUGAAACGAUUUCUCGCCUGACAUUUUCUUGCAGUUUAGCGCUAUUCAUGCAUCUAAUAAAAGGAUGCAAUUUUUCUGAAAAGAGGUCUCUGUAAUGUCGAUCCUUCCAUAGAUGUUUUACUGCAAGUCGUUUCAUGAACAGCCAAUCCUUCUCGGAUUACCUUUUCGGAACAAAUUCAUCCAGUCUUGAGGAAGGAGGCCAGAAGACUCUCAGACCCUGUCCAAGCCUUCCCAGGAGGAAGGUAGCGUGAGGGCUGGGGGCAGUGUCAAAUGCUGCAGAGAGCUGCCCCAAAAGGCCUCCGGGGUGGGGCUGCAUGUUGGACCAUCUAGAUUUAGGCGUUUCAAUCUCUGGGUUUAGCAGUUCUCCCCUAUGUGGCCAGCUGACAGCAUAGGUGCCAUAAAUGGCACACAGAGGGAUCACAAAUUCCUUGUGGCAUAUCCAGCAAGAAGCAGGAGAAACUACAGCUUGUGGUCUCUGGUGCUGGGUCGCUCCCUUGUUUGGUGUGAUUUCCGCUUGAAUCUGCUAAGGUAUGUGAGGCUGUACAUACAACUGCAGUAUGUGCUAGAGUGACAUGACAGUGUUUUUACGCUGUACAAUGGUACUUCAGGUUACAUACGCUUCAGGUUACAGACUCCGCUAACCCAGAAAUAGUGCUUCAGGUUAAGAACUUUGCUUCAGGAUGAGAACAGAAAUCGUGCUCCAGCAGCGCAGCAGCAGCAGGAGGCCCCCAUUAGCUAAAGUGAUGCUUCAGGUUAAGAACAGUUUCAGGUUAAGUACGGACCUCCGGAACGAAUUAAGUACCUAACCUGAGGUACCACUGUAUACCGCACUGUGAUCCUCAGAGGAAAGGCAGUACCAUAUUUUCCGACCGUAUAAGACGCACCACACAAGACGCACUGUAUUUUUCAGCCAUACAAGACGCAUAUAAGACCAUAUAAGAGGCACCCGAUCGUAAGACGCACCUAGUUUUAGAGGAGGAGAACAAGAAAAAAAAGUUCUCUCCCUCUCUGCUCAGCGCCUCUCCAGCAAAGCGGGAAGAGAAACGGAUAGGGCUCUGUUUCUCCUCCUGCUUCGCUGAAGGGGCGCUGCGCAGAGAGGGAAAGCGGCGCAGCGGCUCUCCAGCGAAGCGAAGACAGGAGAGCAAGAGGGAUCGAUCCCUCUUGCUCUCCUGGCUUCAGCGAAAGCAAUGCAAAGCCUCUGGAGCACAGCGGGAGCGCUCCCGCUGCGCUCAGGAGGCUUCGGGCGGCUAUCCCUGAAGCCAGGAGAGCAAGAGGGAUCGGUGCGCACCAAUCCCUCUUGCUCUCCUGGCUUCAGGGAUAGCCGCCCGAAGCCUGCAUUCGCUCCCUAAGACGCACACACAUUUCCCCUUACUUUUUAGGAGGGGAAAAGCACAUCUUAUAGAGCGAAAGAUACGGUAUAUAAAUUUAAUACUAUAAUCAUGCCAUUUCCACCACCCCCUCCCAAAAAAACAAACCUGAUUGCACACUGCCUAAAUGACCUUACUGAGUCAGACCACUGAUGCAUAUAUCUCAGUAUUGUCCACACUGACUGACAGCUGCUCAUCUGGCUUUAAGACGAGACGUUCCCAGCGCCACAGCCUUUCAGUGACUGCUAACUGCAUUUCUUACCCUUUCUGAAAGUGAUCUCUUAAGAAAGGGAACACUUCUCUUUUUUUAACAUGCAGAGAACAGGAAUUGCUCUGCGAGGUUUUGUCUUUUGUUCCAAGUGCAGGCUGGCAUCUUGGGAAGGGGAAGUUACGGAAGAAGAGGUGGCGGGAGUAGCACGUCAGACUGCCAUUGCCAAGCUAGCACUUCACAGUUUCGAUGGCGGCUGUGCUUUUGCACUCAUUGCGGCUCUCGAUAUCUUUCCAAGGCGGCCCAGCAGGAAAAAAAAUGUCUCAACAAAUCAAGCAGUUGUGCCCGCCUUUUUGAAGUAGCAGACUUGAGGAGCCUGAACAAGAGAGCUGGCUUAGAGAGGCGGGUUCGAACCAUGCUCCUCAUUCCAGUGCAGUGUGGGGGCGUCAGGAGGUGGCUUUCAACUCCAAAAGCCGGGGGGGGGGGGAGAGAAGAAAUUGCCGUUCCCAUGCUUUGAGUAGCUUUUGUUUCUUUGAAAUGGUUUUGCCCGCCCAGGGCCUAUUCCCACUUUUUGCAUGGCGAAUGCAUACAGCGUGGGGAGGCUGUAAUCAUGUCAGUCUUUGCAGUUGGAUAAAGGCUAAGCCGCAGGGGUCAGCAAACUUUUUCAGCAGGGGGCUGGUCCACUGUCCCUCAGACCUUGUGGGGGGGCCGGACUAUAUUUUUUGGGGGAAAAUGAACGGAUUUCUGUGCCCCACAAAUAACCCAGAGAUGCAUUUUAAAUAAAAGCACACAUUCUACUCAUGUAAAAACACUAGGCAGGCCCCACAAAUAACCCAGAGAUGCAUUUUAAAUACAGUGGUGCCUCGCAAGAUGAAAUUAAUCCAUUCCGCGAGUCUCUUCGUCUUGCGGUUUUUUCGUCUUGCGAAGCACGGCUAUUAGCGGCUAUUAACGGCUUAGCGGCUUUAAGAAAAAGGAAACAAACUCGCAAGAACUCGCAAGACGUUUCGUCUUGCGAAGCAAGCCCAUAGGGAAAUUCAUCUUGUGGAAUGACUCAAAAAACAGAAAACCCUUUCGUCUUGCGAGUUUUUCGUCUUGCAAGGCAUUCGUCUUGCGAGGCAUUCGUCUUGCGAGGCACCACUGUAAAAGGACACAUUCUACUAAUGUAAAAACACACUGAUUCCUGGACCAUCCGUGAGCCAGAUUUAGAAGGCGACUGGGCCAGAUUCGGCCCCCAGGCCUUAGCUUGCCUACCCAUGGGCUAAGGUGUUUGAUGGAUCUGUGCAUCUGGAAGCAAACAUGCACCAUUGGGCUUCCUGGUGCACGGCCGAAGCAUGCACCCUUGAUUUUUUUAAAAAAUGUGUUUGUUUGUUUUUUAUAUACCAUAAAUUGUAAAAAUGCAAGGAGGUGUGGCAGAUGUUCACACACUACAUAUCCCCUUUGACAUGUUUCAGCUGUUUUUACAGCAAAGAAACCUCUCCACUUUUAUAGCAUUUAGCUCGACAGACAACACUCCUAUUAUUUGCAGCUGAUAUCCAAGUCUAGCUUUGAUUGUGUAUGGAUGCAGGUGUCCAAUGAUAGCGGCCAUCAGUCACAGCCAGUGGUAUAUAGUCUGAAGCCUUAAUUCUCACUAUUUACACACCAAAACUCUGGCUCCUCCAGAUAUUUGUUGGACUCCGACUCCCAUCAGCCCCUGCCAGCAUGGCUUAAAGGUCAGGGAUGAUGGGAGUUGUAGUCCAACGACAGGUGGAAGGCUGCAACUUCCCCAUCCCUGUCCUGAAACAGGUGAGGUAAUACAGAGCAAGCGCUUCUUUAAGCAUGUGCGGAGUGUUUUUUUCCUCUCCUCCAAUGCCCCCCCCCUACCCCCCGAUACAGGAUUGUUUGUAGGGAAUCUACAGCAGAUGGGGAUGGAUCACAUUUUUAAAAAAAGAUUCUAACAAAAGCAACCUGCUUUCUGGUAGAGAGAAGGCUGCGAGAUAAACCUACCUUGCUGUUGUACUAGAGGUUUUCAACUUUGCAAUUUUGGAUUUUGUUUGCUUGUUUAACGCACAGGAGCAUACAGGCAUCUGAAGGCAGCCCUGUGUAGGGAAGUUUUUAAUGUUUAAUUAUGUUUUUGUAUAUGCUAGACGCCACCCAUAGUGGCUGGAGCAACCCAGUCAGAUGCACGGGGUACAAAUAACAAAAUGAUGAUGAUAAUGAAAAAGAGUAUGUACCCACCUGCUAUCUGAACUGGUAUGGCCUGCUUAGCUGACUUUAGAUUUUAUCGCUUCAGUUUACUGCAUGUGAUCUUCAUAUAGGCUGCAUUGAUAUAAUAUAUUUAAAGCACAUUUCCCCUCCUCCAAAAAAAAUACUGGGAACUGCCUUUUGUUAAGUGUGCUGGGAAUCGUAGCCCUGGGGGGGUUGAACUACAGUUCCCAGAGUAAUUUGGGUGGGUGCUUUAAAUGUGUUUUAAAUGUAUGGUGUGUACAGACAAAGCUUUGCAUAUGCUGCAAGACGUCAAAUAUAGAGUUCUCAAGUGAUGUGCAUUGCUGGGGGAACCCAGAGUACUGGGGAAACCUAGCUAGGUGGGCAGGGUAUAAAUAUAUUAUUAUUAUUAUUAUUAUUAUUAUUAUUAUUAUUAUUAUUAUUGCAUGUGUGAGCCGGUCCUCAAAAAUAUACAGAAGUGUUCACAAAAUCUGUCCAUAGAUAGAUAAAGAGAAGAUGAAUGAAUGAAAAUGCCUUGCUUUUAGAAUGCUGCUUCUUGGGAUAUUUCAUUCUUAUCCACUAUUUUGUUAAUUUAUUUAAUAAUUUGCUUUCAAAAUGCUGUCCUUCCAUUGAUGCAAGUUUGUAUUAGCUGUACAGUCUUUUUAAGUUUAAUAAAUAAUUUUGUUUAUUUAUGACAGUGGCAUACAAGGGAAUAGCAAAAGGGGGAAAAAGAGCAAUAGAAAAUCUCAGUAAAAUAUGCACAAAACAGAACAGCAGCAUUUAAAAAUAAAAAAAUCAGAGUUGACAAAACCUUACCAGUGGGUUCACGUUCUGUCUGGUCAAAUGGAUACAUAUUCUUUGCCUGGGAGCAAAAGAGCAGCAGGUCGCUAUAGAUGAGUCUCCCUUGAAAGGGCCUUCCAUAAUGGGAGCAUCACAAUGAAGAACCAGCGUUAUGAUUUGUGCCUCCCCCCACCCAAAAGAAAGAAAGAAAGAAAGAAAGAAAGAAAGAAAGAAAGAAAGAAAGAAAAGAGAGGAUUUGGUUUUAAUCCAGUUGUAAAUCAGUGUUGGUAACUCUGAAUUAGAGACAGAGCAAUUUCAGCCCUCUCUGUUCCCGAUUCUUCUCAAAUCUUAAAUCCAGUUCUCCACAUGUCUGCAGCAAUUUGCAAUCCUCGUGAAAAUUCUUCCGCAUGUUGUUGUCAAUUUAUCCCAAUAAGCACAUUUUUGUAUGCAGCUUUGACUUACAGAGUCCAGAUUUUUGCAAGCAAUUCCUCCUAAAAGAACGCAUUUUUGAAUGUUAUUUUCUCCAAUAUAUUCAUAUUUACGCGUAUUUUUUUAUCUUGCAAAUAUGCAUUUUUGUAAACCGUACUUGGUUGGAGAACUGCAUCAUUUAUUAUUAUUUUUGGAUGAAUGCGGAUGGCUGUGCUUCAGUUUUCGUAUUACAGGUGUCCCCCCCCCCCAAUUUAUGUGGGGGGUUACAUUCCGGGAGCCCAUACACAUAAGUGAACUCGCAUAAAGUGGGGAGCACCCUCUAAAAAACCUCUUAAAAGCCUCAAAACACCCGUUUCUUCCUGCUGUCCAGCUCUCUCUCCACACAACUCCCUCUCCAACUUGAGCCGAAGCUCUGGGGCCGGCUGGAGGCUGGAUGAUGCACAGUAAAGCAUCUGUGCAGCUACUGCUUCGCUCCCCCGAGUGUCGGCUGCUAGACAGGGAGCUGAGCAGCCUAAACAAAGCCCCACUGUACCUCAGGUCUCUUUGGGGCUUCAUCCGCCCUCACUGACAUCUUCUCCAGGCUCUGAGGAGAUCUCCAGAGCUCUCCUUCCACUUCCUGGUUUGUUGUUGUUUAGUCGUUUAGUCAUGUCUGACUCUUCAUGACCCCAUGGACCAGAGCACGCCAGGCACUCCUGUCUUCCACUGCCUCCCGCAGUUUGGUCAAAUUCACGCUGGUAGCUUCGAGAACACUGUCCAACCAUCUUGUCCUCUGUUGUCCCUUUCUCCUUGUGCCCUCCAUCUUUCCCAACAUCAGGGUCUUUUCCAGGGAGUCUUCUCUUCUCAUGAGGUGGCCAAAGUAUUGGAGCCUCAGCUUCAGGAUCUGUCCUUCCAGUGAGCACUCAGGGCUGAUUUCCUUAAGAAUGGAUAGGUUUGAUCUUCUUGCAGUCCAUGGGACUCUCAAGAGUCUCCUCCAACACCAUAAUUCAAAAGCAUCAAUUCUUCGGCGAUCAGCCUUCUUUAUGGUCCAGCUCUCACUUCCAUACAUCACUACUGGGAAAACCAUAGCUUUAACUAUACGGACCUUUGUUGGCAAGGUGAUGUCUCUGCUUUUUAAGAUGCUGUCUAGGUUUGUCAUUGCUUUUCUCCCAAGAAGCAGGCGUCUUUUAAUUUUGUGACUGCUGUCCCCAUCUGCAGUGAUCACGGAGCCCAAGAAGCCCAACUGCCUCCAUUUCUUCCCCUUCUAUUUGCCAGGAGGUGAUGGGCCCAGUGGCCAUGAUCUUCGUUUUUUGGAUGUACUUCCUGGUACCGUUCUAUUUAUUUAAUUAUUUCCUGGCAGCGCAUGCAUGUGCGGUUGCGCACGAGUCGGCUGCGCGUAAGUGGGGGGUGCCUGCAUUUCAGAAACUGCGGAUUGGGUAGAUCUGGCUUUGAAAUGUGACCCCAGUGGCCAUUUUGUCCUCCGUACAGUCUCUGAAUAGGUAUGUACCUCCCCAUGUGCAUUGAAACACACAUCCAGAAAGUAUAAGGUGUCUGGAAUUUGCAUCAGCUACAAGCCUAGUAGACAACUUCUUGGGCGUAGCAGGAUUUAUGUGGGGGGGGGGCACCCACUUGUCAUGCUCCGUCUGGCUCCGUCUAGCAGAUUCAGAAUGAAACGUCUCCCCAACAGUUGUUUUAAAUGACUUUCUGUUGACCUCAAGCUCUCGGGGAAGAAUCUGCCAAAAUCUUCAGUGGUUUCAAAACUAGGGAAUUAAAUAAAAAUAAUAACAAUAACAUCGUUGACUGGGGCCUGAGGGCUCUCCGCAGUAUAAAUAGCCUGUGGGGAAUUUCCAGUCGUUUCUAGACAGGCCUCGCAGGGGCGUACUCUCAGGAGAGAAGGCCAGGAACGAUGAGAAGCUUCCAGAAGCUGAGCUACCUGCGAUGCGAUUGGUCGGUUUGCGGAAGCCACGCCUAUCGCUCUGUCGGUUGCAUCUCUCGAACGCGCCACGACAUCAUCCAAGUGACCUCUGUGAGUUCUUUCAAAUAUUGUGAUCAUUCCUACUUUUAGUUAAGUAUUUUGUUUAUUUAUUUACUUGAUUGAGGGGGAGCCGCUGUCCAUCCCCCGCCCCCCAGACCAAGCCCAUGGGAAACUUCCACCUUGUUGGAUUGGGGCAUUUUGGUGCACCCACCUUGGACAUUUUCAGGCAGGGAGAUCACUUCGUGCGUGUUAAUCGACAGCUUUCAAUAUAAGGACAGCACCUGCCCCCUCCCUCUCUUAGGAAAAGCCAUGUACUGCAUCCCUCCUAUUUUGUACCUUUCUCAGCUCCGUUGCCACGAUGCUUUGCGUUCGCAAGGACAGGUUUCCGGAGGUGGGGGAACCCUAUGGCAAAAAUACACUAGAGAAUCGGCACAGUAAUAUGAUGAAGACUGUGUUGCCAAGGAGCAGAAUGUUUUAAGCAAGAGCGUGGUUUUUUCCUCCCCAUAUUGCAACUAAAGAUUUGAUCUAAAAUUAGAUUUUUUUUAUUUUUUUAAAAAAGGGGAAAAGGAGGAAAUAAACCAACCACAUCCUCACGGAGGGGAGUCGGAGGAAAUGGAAGUAGAUGUGAGCAAAGGAAUUUCUUCUCCAUCCUGGAAAUCAGUGCUACAGGAGAGGUCCAGGAAGAGACCAGAGGGGUGUGAUUUGAGAACUCCAGUGGGUGGCGAUGGAGGCAGGGGGAGAGAGAUCUGUCUCUGUAAUUGCAGGCUUUUCAGUGCAAGCUGGGUUCUUUCUUUUUCUUUCCCCCCUCCCCUCCCUCUCCCUCUCUCCUGCUCUCGCAAGCCUGAAACCUGCUGAAUAAUUCAUAAAGAUGAGAAGCGCCGAAUUUCCCCAGGCUGAUAAUACAGUGUGCAUGCUGUAAAGCGAGAGAAGAUGCUCCAGGUCUUCAGAUGAGCUGCUGUUGCUCUUGAGGCCAUUGCCCAGAGGGUGCUGGGACUCCUGGUAUUUCCACAGCUGAGGCUUCUUUUUUUCUGCCUUGCUUGCUUCCUCGCUCGCCUGCCUGUCUUUGGGUACUCGUUGCUGGCUGCACUCGACCAGGAGAAUCUAACUUUGCUGCAGUCAUGGAGAUUUGGAGGCAAGCUCUGGAUUUCGCCUUCCUUCUGCUUGCCUGGCUUGCAAACACCAGCCUUGGAUCCAUCGGCAAGCUUCUUCUUUUGUGAUCUGGCAUACUUGCAGCCUCCUCUGUGUAGAAAUAUGGGGAAGAAGACUCAUGUAUCCCUUCUUUCACCUCUGCCAACAACUGACUCUGGAGACCUGUCACGAUCUGAGAAGUUGGUGUUUUUCCAUGGGAUCCAGUCUUGCUCUUUGCCUGUUUUGGAGAUCACCGUCUACAUUCUGGGACGUCAUGUAUGUUUGGUACUUUUCUGACGAUCUGCUUUGGCUCCUGCUGUGUUCUGCCUGGUCUAGGAGAUUUUCCUGGAUUUCUUCCUGGCUCAGCUUAGCCUUCUCCAGAACUGAGCAGUGCUGAGGUUGGUCUGGAGAGCCUCAUUUGUGUGCCACACAAUGCCCAAUAUCUCCUUCUCCUCUUCUUCCUCCUCCUCCUCCUGGAGCUAUAGAUCCUUGCAACAGCUGCUUUGUGAAGAAGACUCCCUGGGGACGAGGAUCUCUUUGUCUCUCUUCUACUUGCUGCUAGCCAUCUACGGGACCAUAUCCAACAUCAUGGUCAUCUACCUGGUCUUCACCUUCAGGAAACUACGCACCACCAGCAACGCUUUCAUUGUCAACGGUUGCGUUGCGGACCUCAGUGUCUGUGGCCUUUGGAUGCCGCAAGAAGCGGUGCAGGGACUGCUCCCUUCCGGGUCCCCAACAGUGCGGUCAGAAGGGUACCGCUUGCUCCGUGCUGGGCUGGUGGGCCUUGGGCUCAUCGUCUCACUGCUCUCCCACCUGCUGGUGGCCCUCAACCGCUAUGUCCUCAUCACCAAGCCACCCAUCACGUACCAGGCUGUUUACCAGAGGAAGCACACGGCCUGGAUGAUCAGCUUGUCCUGGGGGCUGGCCCUCCUCCUCGCCUCCGUCCCCCCAGGACUGCAGAUGUGGCAACCCAGCCGGCAGGAGUCUCGAAAUGGCACCAGUACCAAGAGCUCGAACUACAUGGGCCUUCUGGUAGCCCUGGCUGUCCUCAGCCAGACAGUCCUCCUGCUCUACUGCUACAUGGGGAUUGUCAGGAGGGUGAGGGGCAGUGUCAAGCGCGUCAGCGUCCUCAACUUCCACCUGCUCCAGCAGCUCCCCUUCCCAGCAGCCCCGGCGGCUCCCCGCCGGGCCCGGCGCCUGAGCAGCAUCUCCGUCUUGCUCCUCUGUCUCGCGUUCCUCCUGGCCACACAGCCUCUGGUGUGGGUCAGCUUGCUGGGCUUUUUCUUCUGGCCCAUGCCCCGGGGGCUGCAGAUCGCUAGCUGGCUGCUCUUCUGCUCUCUCUCUGCCUUCAACCCGCUGCUCUAUACGUGGAAGAACGAGGAGUUCCGCCGCUGUGCCCGCUUAGUGCUACCUGGAGGGGAAAACCCGGCGGUGGCGGUAGCUGCCGCAGCGGCCACUACUGCCCUCCCUACAGUGUCUCUUCCCUCUCAGGAGCCAUCGCAGCUGGGGACCAAGGUGGAAAGUCUAGGCAGCUUAGUGCUUCACUGAUACCCCCCCCUAAAUCUGCACGCUCUUAGGUGAAAAGGUGUUGGGAGACAUUAGCCUUGGACUCAGGCAGGGGUCAGCAAAGUUUUUGUGGCUUGGGCCGGUUCACGGUCCCUCAGACGCCGCGGUGGGCCGGAGUGUGUGUGUGUGCGCGUGCGCAUGCACGCUCAAAUGCUAUUUCCGGCACUCCUUCCUGUGCGGAGGAGGGGUGCGCAGCUUCCCAUUGGCUGCAGGAGCUUCCUGCAGCCAAUGGGAAGCUGGCCAGCAUCGUGGAAGGCAGGCCCCGCUCUACUCUGCGCCAGUUUAGCGUGGCGCAUGGGAGCUGACCAAGCAGGCAGCAGGGGUUCCCAAGUGGGCGGUGGGGGUCCAUGGGCCGAUUAAACGACCCCCAUGGGCCGCUUGUGACCCAUGGGCCUUAGGUUGCUGACCCCUGGACUCAGGUAUCGCAUGUGGGCCAUUGUCAGCAGGUGGGGAUGUUGUCCUUUACAGAGGUUGCUUCCAGAUAACCUGCUUUGCCAUCAUUUACAUUGAUUCGUUUGCACAAAGUCCACAGGGAGGUUAGAUGAUGCUAGCUAUUUAUUGCACGUCCAUUCUGAUUGGUUUGCAGUGAGGUCAAGUGACCUCAUGCUGGGCAAGUGUCACGCCAAACUUUCUGGUGCCACUUUCCUCAUGGCAAAAAAAGUUCCCUUUGGGAGAACAAGUGGUUUAGUUGCUCAAUAUCCAUUUUUAAUGGUACAACCUGAAUUUGCCUGGACGGGACGAAAUCCCAUCUGAAAAUAGCAACAGUCUGGAACUCCCUUAUUAGAUUCCCCCCCCCCCCGAAAUGGGAAGUCUGGAUUAAACAGGGCAUGGCCGGGGGCGGGGAGGAGGAUACAACUGAGGCUGCAUGCACGAAGAGCGGCAAUCCCAUAAUAAGCAGCCAUCUGGAAGCACCCACCAAAUGACUCACUGAACUGCACGGUACUCCACUCCCUACGGAGAGGCUUUUAAAAAAUAAAAUAAUGCACAGACACUUGUCAGCUUUAAAAUGUAUAUAUUUGUAUCAAAUCUCUUUCACACUUUGUGGAGCUUUUCAGAAAAAACUCAGUGCAGUCAAGCGGAUGAAAAGAUCUGAUUAUAUACCUCAUUUUUUGGCCUCUCCAUGUCUUCACUGUUUCGCCUGAAUGUUUUGCAUUCCUUGUUGGCUUUUACAAACUACCAACGGAAGAGACUGGCUUGUAAAGGAGAGAUUGCCUUAGCCGAUGGAUAAAGAGCGCACGGUGGCCACAGAUAAGGUGCAAAGGAUCUAUCUGAAAGAUUUCGGAAAACAGAGGGAAAGACUCUCCGUUUGAGCCAUUGAAAACCUAUCACCAGAGGCAGACAAGGCUUCACUCCUUAGAGAAUCUUGGGCAUUAAUGCAGCAGAUACAUCCCCCACCCCAAAGACUUCUGGGAACUGUGGUUUCUUAAGGAUGCUGGGCUAUGUAGUUCUGUGAGAGGCAAACUACAGUUCCCAUGAUUAUUUGGGGAUGUUUUUUACAAGUACGCUGGUGCUGUCUUUCUGCUUGGUUUACGAACGGUGGACUUUUGGGGGGGGCACACCCAAGGCAGAAGUAAUCUGCCCCUCAGUUCAUAAUUAUCCAAAGCAAUUGAGCUAGGGCAAAUAUCUCCCCUUUUUAGGGUUGAGAACUCCCCAUGAUGAGAAACGACGGCAGAGAGCACAGAGGGGGGAGUUAAGGCAGCUGCUGUGAGGGCCUAAAUUCUCCAACCAAACAGCUCACUGGGCAACCUGUGGGCAAGUAGCCAUUUUGGGUUGUAUCCGACUCUACUUAGGAUAGACCCAACUGGAAUCAACAAACUGAAGCGAGUCAUGCCUAUUAACUUCAAUGGGUUGACUGAGGAUGGCUAGCGUUGAACGCACCCCUACAAGCUUAACCUACCUCUUGAAAGGGUUUGCGUGUGUGUGACAGGUGCCCUUAGGGCAUGAGGAAAAGGCAACAGUGAACAGAGAGGUUCUGUUCAUAGGAUAGGAGGAUCUCUCCUAGGACCCCAUCAGUGGAAGUAAAGGUUCCCAGUCUCAUGGGCGGUGGUUCAACCCUAGGAAUUGGGUGGGUGGGGGGUUCAGUCUAAUUUGCAUUUAAAGGCGAAGCUUCCCUCGUUCUCCCUUCCCGGUACAAUAAGUGGACCAAAGCACUUCUCUGAAUUCUCCAGUGGUGUUACCCAGGCAAAUAAUGUGUACUAAAAUGCAUAUAUUAUGGAGAAAUGUACGUAAAGAUGCAUAUAUUGAUGACAAUGGCAUAUCUCCUUCCCAAAUCAUUACAUUAGAGGGACUUGCCAGAAAAGGUAUAUAUAUUAAAUAAAAUUGCAUACGAAACUUGUGUUAGGAGAAAUUCCUCUAAGAACGUGGGUGAAUUUUCAUGACGACUUUUUAAAAAAAAUAAAUCACAAACUAAUAUGUUUUCAUGUUUAGCUUUGUAAAAAUCAUACAAAAUCCAAUAAAAAUGAUAUUUUUAAAAGACUAAAAAGAAAAGAAAUGUGGAGAACUGCUCAAGAUUGAAAAAAUGAGAAAGAGAAAAAUCAAAAUGGACUCUUUCCUCAUCCCUGAUGUCCCUGAAUGCAGUCAUUCACUUCCAGCCAUUUUAUGGAACGGCAGCCGUUUUUUAAUGGGCAGGAAAACUAAAGCACUGCCAUAUCCUGAAGCUGUUGACCCAAAACAUUGCCAGACUUCAGCACUCACUAUUCCUGACCAUGCUGGCGAGGGCUGAUGGGAGUUGGGCAUCCAAACCAUUGAGAAACCACCAUGUUGGGGAAGGCUGCUGUAAUGUUACAGUCCCAGGCUUGCACAAAUAUGCCUAUGCUGUAGUAAUGAUGAAACCCCUACUGCUAGCUAGCUUUCUUGUGGAGAUCUUAGAAAGAAUGGAGCUGUGUGACCAAUACACUCUUGGUCCAUGGAUCACAGGAGAGAGAGAACAGAGCGGCUUCUGGCUGAGUCUAUGAACAUUGACCAAACUUGGUCUACAUUACAUUGGUUGUGGUAGCUAACAUGAAGUUCUCCAGAUGUUCCUGGACUCCAACUCCCGCCAGCCCCAAGCCAGCAUGGCCAAAGACCAAAGAUAAUGAGAGUUGUACUCCAACAACAUCUGGAGAGCACAGCAUUGCCUACUCUUAAUAAAGGUAAAAAGGUAAAGGACCCCUGGACGGUUAAGUCCAGUCAAAGGCGACUAUGGGGUUGCGGUGCUCAUCUCCCUUUCAGGGAGCCAGUGUUUGUCCACAGACAGCUUUCCGGGUCAUGUGGCCAGCAUGACUGAAGAAGAGUUUGGAUUUGAUAUCCCACUUUAUCACUACCCGAAGGGGUCUCAAAGCGGCUAACAUUCUCCUUUCCCUUCGUCCCCCACAACAAACACUCUGUGAGUUGAGUGGGGCUGAGAGACUUCAAAGAAGUGUGACUGGCCCAAGGUCACCCAGCAGCUGCAUGUGGAGGAGCGGGGAAUCGAACCUAGUUCACCAGAUUACGAGUCCACUGCUCUUAACCACUACACCACACUGGCUCUUCUGGCGCAACGGAACACUGUGACAGAAACCAGAGUGCACGGAAACACCAUUUACCUUCCCGCCACUGCGGUACCUAUUUAUCUACUUGCACUGGUGUGCUUUCGAACUGCUAGGUUGGCAGGAGCUGGGACAGAGCAAUGGGAGCUCACCCCGUCGCAGGGAUUCAAACUGCCGACCUUCUGAUCGGCAAGCCCAAGAGGCUCAGUGGUUUAGACCACAACGCCACCCACAUCCCUUUACCUACUCCUAAUAGAAUACGUUGGUGCAGGUUUCUACAGAACAUUUUUCCCGGCACUGAGCCAAGAUGGGAUGGCCAUCUGGCCCCUUGCAUCCUAUGACUCAGUGAACAAUCUCGUUGAAUAACGUGGGAGAACUAUUUAUACAGGUACAGAUUUACCAGCUCUACCUAUGAACAAAAGCAGGUUUCAUCUUUCCUAAUAUGGAAUUUUCCAGCCCGCUUGAACGUUGCUCUCUCUCUCCCCAGAAUGCAGAGGCUGAUGACAGCUGACAGUGGGUAGGCUGCUAAGUUAAGCCUCCAAGGGGGCACGAUGUGAGCUAGUACUGAACACAUGUCAUUGUUUGUGCUGCAGCAGCAGAUCUAAAAGGUAGAAUUAAUGCGCUGGGUACAAGGCUGUGCUCCCAUGCUUUCCAUGGGAAGGAUUUGGGAGGGUCCAGCUUUGGGAUUAAGCAAAGCAGUUAUAGGAUAUACUUCAGUCGUCAAAAUGCUUUUUAAUAUAUUGUUUUCAUAUUUAUUUUUUAUUUGUUUUUAGGGCACAAUAUAUCACCAUAACAGUUAGAAUUCCAUAUAUACUUACCUAAUAUUGAUAUUAGGGAAGCAGGUGGCGCUGUGGGUUAAACCACAGAGCCUAGGGCUUGCCGAUCAGAAGGUCAGUGGUUCAAAUCCCCGGGACGGGGUGAGCUCCCGUUGCUCGGUCCCUGCUCCUGCCAACCUAGCAGUUCGAAAGCACGUCAAAGUGCAAGUAGAUAAAUAGGUAUAGCUCCGGCGGGAAGGUAAACGGCGUUUCCGUGCGCUGCUCUGGUUCGCCAGAAGCGGCUUAGUCAUGGUGGCCACAUGAUCCGGAAGCUGUACACCGGCUCCCUCAGCCAAUAAAGCGAGAUGAGCGCCGCAACCGCAGAGUCGGCCACGACUGGACCUAAUGGUCAGGGGUCCCUUUAACAUUACCUUUAAUAUUGAUAUUAUCCAAAUAGAUGUAUUAUUAUUUCUAAUGCACUUAUAUAACUCUCAUUUCCCCCCUCCCCCCUCAACCUACUGUAUUUUAUAUAAAUGAGUUCCAAAUUUCAUUAUACUUGGUCAUGAAAAGUCUCCAUCUAUAAGCAAUCCGCUUCUAUGUGGAAACUGCAGUCAGGCCUUGAGUCCAUUGAAUAAAUGGAGCUGUACAUUUAUUGUCCCAACACAGCAGUAUCAGUCUUUUGGCCAUAGUGUGGGCACAGAGAUAUGUUGCCCCGUUGUCAGAUUCCCUAUAGCUCAAAAGAAUAUUAUCCUUUGAAAAUGUUUGCCUUUUUUCGCACAGAAGCACAGAUUCUUCAAGGCUUGGGAGAACCCUGUCUUGUGUUGCAAUACUGCAGUGAUAACACUAAAUUUUGCAAUUAAUACGUUUCAUUCUACUGCAUUGCCGUUCCAACCUAAUUGCCAACUUAAUCUCAGAGCAAUUUCAAAAACCAUGGCACUCAAAUAAAGUAUUUGGAGACUCGGGAUCUCUGGGUGCUUUUUAAGGUUGCAUGGAGCGUAGGACAGGCAAAUAUUCAGAAAUAUUCUGCUUGAUCCACACUUUCUAGGCACAGGGGUGAGUGGUUCUCCCGUUGUCCUGCUCCUUUCCCAGGGAAAACCCAGUCUUUAGUGAUAAAUUGGAACAGACAGCAAUCCAUUGGAAACCCGAAUUGCCGUUUGCUCCGACUGAGCACUAAAGAGCAGUUUUCCCUCAAGGUAAGCAGUGGUACAAGAGGAACUGUAGAGAGGCACAAAGAGUGAGCAGGGGGAAAGGGGUGUUCAGAGGCUUUUCAGAGGGUGCUCCCCACUUUACACAAUUUCAUUUAUGGGGUGGGCAACAUAACCCCCAUGUAAGUGAGGCAACACCUAUAUUCAAAGGUGUUGAUAUCCAUGAUUGCCUUUUAAUAGCCUGUUACUUUGACAUAAAUCAGAAAGAGGUGCUUCCAAGCUUCUCCAGGUGACUUUCUUGAGCAUCCAUCCAGAUUUUCUUGCAUAAAGCUUGCACAGAGGUUAGAUUGUGUGCAGUCUAUAUAGAGCAAUCAUUCUGAUUUGUUUUGGGGUGGUAUUUACAUGACCAUGGCUACUCAUCUUGAUUUGCUUGCAUGGAAGUUUUGCACUUUCCCAUUACAGUCGUACCUUGGAUCCCGAACACCUUGCAAGUCGAACAUUUUGACUCCUGAAGGCCGCAAACCCAGAAGUGAGUGUUCCGGUUUGCGAACGUUCUUUGGAACCCAAACGCCUGAUGUUGGUUCCGCGGCUUCCGAUUGGCUGCAGGAAACUCCUGCAGCCAAUCGGAAGCCGCGCCUUGGUUUUGGAAGUCAAACGGACUUCCGGAACAGAUUCUGUUCGACUUCCGAGGUAUGACUGUAAUUGGUUGGUUAGCCCACAUUUUUUUAGUCUAUAGUUCCCUGUCACUUUCCUAACUGCAAAAGAAAUGUGUUGCUUCUUUUGAAGUUGAUUUGUUGCGCCAGAGCAUUUCAAGUGCGCAAACUUAAAUUUCCAGUAUGCAACUGAAUCCCUCCCGCAAAACAUUGACAGUCUGGAGGCAACUCCAGAUGCAGAUAGAGUUGGGGGCGCUGCAUUCUUCACCUUGCCUUGGGAAAUGUACAGUACAUCUAAAGGUUUUCCUUUCCUGUCCCUGUUCUUCACAGCACAGCAUCUAAAAGGAUUUGGGAAUCAAAGUAAAGAGAGAGAGAGAGAGAGAGAGCCUUUAAAUUUUUUUCUAUAAAAUGCCAUCCUUUUUCUUGGAGGCUGCUUUUAAAGAAUGUGCACUUUAAAAGAAACAAACAAAUGGAAACCUGAACAAAAUCUCACCCGUUUUCAAUGUCAAGCUGUAACCGUACUUCAAAGUUGGCAGUAAACAACCAAGCGUCUGCUCAGAACUCGAUAUUUAGUGGAGUCGUGACAGCUCUCGUCCUCUGUUAAGUAGUUAUACAUCAUGCAUUUCCAGUUUUGUCUAAUACCCACAGACAUUCCAGGAACUAUUGAAACUGAUGUGUGUUGAAUUUUGGGGUAGCCCUAGCCGUGGUGGGAACCAGAGUGGGAAGCCAUUUUUUCUGAUACUGCGGCUCCAUUGUCCCAUGUUGAUGGUAACAUUAUGUGAUAACUUGUCUGCAUGAAUCCAAUGGCCCGGUUCCCAGGUCACUAUAAACUCCAGUUUAUCUUAAACCAUGGUUUAAUUGUGAACAUACUGCUCCCCUGCCGACACGGGUGGCGCUGUGGUCUAAACCACUGAGCUUCUUGGACUUGCCAAUCAGAUGGUUGGCGGUUCGAAUCCCUGCGACGGGGUGAGCUCCCAUUGCUGUCCCAGCUCCUGCCAGCCUAGCAGUUCGAAAGCAUGUCAAAGUGCAUGUAGAUAAAUAGGUACUGCUGCAGCAGGAAGGUAAGCAGCGUUUUCAUGCACUCUGGCUUCUGUCACGGCGUUCCAUUGUGCCAGAAGUGGUUUAAUCAUGCUGGACACAUGACCCGGAAAGCUGUCUGCGGAUAAACACCAGUUCCUUCGGCCUGAAAGCGAGAUGAGUGCUGAACAGCUUUUCUCCCUGUCUCAGAUGCGUGAUGCGCAUAUGACUCAAAUAAGCCAAAUUAUGGCUUCUCAGCUCAUCUGAACCUAGACGAAGACAUGUUUGUUUGUUUCGAACAAGCCACAAGUGGCAAGCCAGAAAAGUUUAUGUCUGUAUCAUAGGCAAUCGCUUGUUUGAAACAAACAAACUAUGGUUUGGGUUCAGAUGACAUGGCAAGCCAUGGUAUAGCUUGUCUGAGUUGCGCAGGGACCCCCAUAGUGGGGAGAGGCACAUUCAUAACCAUGGUUCAACACAAUUUGCUACUUAUCAACCAAGACCAUAAUGUCCACUCAAGCGCAAUGCUUUUCCAUUUACCCAGUUUGCAUAGUCAUGCAGUGUUGAUAUGCCACGUGUUGUAUAUGGUGAUAUGAACACAUGACAGAUGGGGAGAAAUUCUAUUGAGUUUGCCUUUGAAGAUCUACUUAAUUUGCACUUUCGGAACAAUAUUUUAUUUAUUAAUCGAUUUUAUCAGAUUUAUAUACUGCCUUUCAUCAUAAGAUCUCAGGGCGGCUCACAGAAUAUGUGAACCGACACAGCCAUUCUUUGAAAUUUGCACUUCUCCAGAUUUUGCAGUUCUCCAAACAAUGUGUACAAAAUGGCCGCUUAACACCCUUCGCCAAACCUGAUAUUCAAACUAGCCAGUCCGUAGCAGCCUGGGGGACAUGGUUUUGGAGAGUGGACCUGAGGGAAGCAGGCUUCUUUUACAAAAAAGAAAAGGGCCAUUUACAAAAAUGCAUAUACUGGGUAAAGUGUACCAUAACAUGCAUUAUAUUGCGGGAAAUUGCUUUGCAAUUUUUUGAACUCAAAUGCUGAACUCAGACUGGUGUGAAAAUGCGGUGAACUGAAUUUCAGGCUGGAAAAAUUAGAAACGGGGAGAAACUGAAACGAACAGAUUCACCCAAUCUUAGAAUAGGCACCAUUUCUGCAGCACAACAUCAUUUCUGAGGUGGCAGAUGGGGUCGUUUAUUUCCUCCUCCCCUCAUUUUUGCUUCGAUACAGCGAACCAUUCAAGCAUCCUGCACGAUCAAAAGUGUGUAUGUCAAAAAUUAUUACAGUCCUCUUGCCCAAAGUUGCCCAUUGACCUCGGAAAUGCAGCAUUGAAUCUGGUUUUCCCAUUUUCUCCACGUAGCUAAAUUCUGUAGCCUGAGGCUUGCUAGGAACUUUUAUGACAUGAAAGGAAGGAAGCAUGGCGUGUGGGCUUCUGACUCAUUCAAAAGGGUAACAAAGACCCGCCGUGACAUCAGAAGGCUGACGGUGAACAGAAAUAAGAGUUUACUAGGUUUCGGGGCUUGCUUAGUAGCAGCAGGAACAUGAUGAGAAAGAAAAGUAAGGAGGAACAGAGGCAAAGAAGGAACCUUUGGUGACACAUUCAUUGUACAGUAGAGGCCUCAGGUAGCAUGUGAAUCAUAGAUGCUUUUGUUAAUACACAGAAGGCUUAUACUUCAUUUUAUGGAAGAUAAUCCACUAAUAUAUAACCUAUGAUUCUAGGCUGCCUAAACCCGGCUGGUGGCCGAUACUCCUGCCAUUUACUGACAGGCCUAGAGAGAAAUGAAUUGCAUUCGCGUAGUGGCAGCAAUGGAUAGCAGAAUCCAAUCCUUUCCAUUAUGGGGCAAUGCGAUAAGGCCAGAGUGUCUGCUCUACACCAUAGAGUUGGGCUAGAGAGGCACAAGCUGCUUGGCUUUCACCCAACAUGGGAUUUUUCAUUUUACCCCUGCCUGAAAGCAAAAAUAGCCUGCAAAUUGGUUUUUAAAUUUUCACACGAAACAAGGCGUGACAUAGAAAGGCAAUGAAUUCCUGCCUUUGCUUGAACACUCCUCUGCUAAAAAUCCAGUUACGCUAAUGUGUGUAUUAUUUGCUUCCUUCAAAAUGCGGUAAACACAUCUUGCCACUCCCUGCCCAUUUUUCUGAGUUCUCUCGUGAUUGUGCCCUUGUCCCUUCCAUCAGCUCCUUGUGCUCUCUAGACGAUCUUGGGUCGUGGAAAAAGUAAAUAACCCCAUCCCUUUACAUAGGAACCAGUUCUAAGUGAUCGAAAUAUCUUUGAGCCAAUGGAGGCUUUUUCUCAACAUCCAUAAGGAGUGAAGCUAGAUGGUGCUGUUCUUCAGGCAGAUUCCGCCUAGCAGGUUGGCUACAUUGAAAUUGAGUAGUCAUAUGUCUCUGGCAUUUUUCUGGAGGUUGCUUUCUCUGUUCUUUUUUUAGAACAGACAAACAAACAGGCACAUCUUAACGCACAAAGCCACACACGCAAUACAUCCAUGACCAUUGGCCAGGGUUGCUGCGACCAAUGGUUGCUAGUGGAAGACCACAGAUUUGCUGCACUGGUUUUACUCUUUGAAAGUUUAGGCCACAGUAAAUUUCUGCAAUUGAGUUAAUUUAAAUCAGUGGGAUUUAAAUUAAGCCACGACUAACUUGCCCUAUGGGGACGCGGGUGGCGCUGUGGGUAAAACCUCAGUGCCUAAGACUUGCCGAUCGUAUGGUCAGCGGUUCGAAUCCCCGCGGCGGGGUGAGCUCCCGUCUUUCGGUCCCAGCUCCUGCCCACCUAGCAGUUCGAAAGCACCCCUAAGUGCAAGUAGAUAAAUAGGUACCGCAUUAUAGCGGGAAGGUAAACGGCGUUUCCGUGUGCUGCGCUGAUCUGGCUCGCCAGAGCAGCUUCGUCACGCUGGCCACGUGACCCGGAAGUGUCUCUGGGCAGCACUGGCCCUCGGCCUCUUAAGUGAGAUGGGCGCACAACCCUAGAGUCGGACACGACUGGCCCGUACGGGCAGGGGUACCUUUACCUUUAACUUGCCCUAUGGAUAUUUGCACUGUGGAUUCAGUUAACUUGGUCUUGAUUCAACCCUUAGUCUUUAAAGCACCACAAGAUCUUAUUUACUACGAAUUAUGCUUAGGCAUAGGGACGCGGGUGGCGCUGUGGGUUAAACCACAGAGUCUAGGACUUGCCGAUCAGGAGGUCGGCGGUUUGAAUCCCCGUGACGGGUUGAGCUUCCGUUGCUCGGUUCCUGCUCCUGCCAACCUAGCAGUUUGAAAGCACGUCAAAGUGCAAGUAGAUAAAUAGGUACCGCUCCGGCGGGAAGGUAAACGCCGUUUCCGUGCACUGCUCUGGUUCGCCAGAAGCGGCUUAGUCAUGCUGGCCACAAGACCCAGAAGCUGUACGCCAGCUCCCUCGGCCAAUAAAGCGAGAUGAGUGCCGCAACCCCAGAGUCGGCCACGACUGGACCUAAUGGUCAGGGGUCCCUUUACCUUUUAUGCUUAGGCAUGAGUGAGCUUGAGCUAUAAGAGACACAUGCUUGAAACCUUAAAUAAGUUAUGUUAAAGAUGUUCAAGGAAGAAAUGUUUUGUUCCCCUCCUGCCUCUUGCAGCCCAUUGAAAACUUCUCAGUGUGGUCUACUGGACAGUGUGGAACAAGGUACAGCGGGCUGCUGGGCGAAGAGGGAAUUGCCCCCAAAUCAGUCUUCACCCAAUCCAAUACUAGGUGAUUCUCUGCUCCUGCAGAAGCCUCUUGCAGCCCAUCCUACAUUGCCCAGGAGGGGCCCUUGACCCUUAGGAUAGGAGGUACAGCUUGGCUGCACAGGAGAGGAGGGAAGAGGAAACUUCUGUGAACUUUGAACAGACAUGCUUAUGGACUCCAGCAGUGGGGCUAAAUAAAUACAAACUGAAAUAGAAGGCAUGGUCGAUAAUCUUUCUGGCUUUGAGAAUUCUGAUAGAGUUGUCAGAAUUAGUCCGUCGAAAUGGCGUCCGGUUGAAAGUAUCAAAUAGCGGCUAAAGUGUCCGUGAAAAUCCAGGCCUAGGGCAUCCUAUAUCAAAAGUGUUGAUUUUUCGGCUCAACAACUUUGCCCCCUCCAAAAAAAGACAGACAAGGAAGAGGACAAGCAGACUGCAUACGCGCCAACAUUUUGUAUCCCAAAACCAAGAUGCAUGUCUUCCUGUUGGUGCUCCCAUGCGGGUCACAUGACCCGCACAAGAUCACAGAGCCAAAAAGACAUGCCCAAAAUACACACAGUUUGAGGCGUGGUGUGAGAUCGCGGCCCUGAAAGUAGCGCUGUUUCAGGGCGAAAUCUUGGUGUGAGAUCAUGGUGCCCCAAAUGGCCACCAUGCUCUCGUGGGAACGGGAUGUUCCAGUUUUUCUGGGACACUUGCAGGGUAUAAGCCUGUCCAUUUAGUUUUCUUCAAUGAUUUCUGAUAGGUCUGCACAAGUUAUAAGACUCCUCCUCACCAAACCAAGCACACCUGACCAACCAUGGAUCUAGAAGUCACCUUGUUUUGCUGCCUGUUGGGAAUUGAAAAACAAACAAAAAACCAGGGAUGCUGUCAUGCACCUAGAAGGCCAUGUUAUGUGGACGGUUGGCUGCUUUGGGGCUGGUGGACUCACAAGUUGUGCAGGCCAAUCUAUAUUAUUUUCUUCUGUAGUUUUUUGACAUAGCCAUUGCUAGCAAAUACUACCUGUGAGGCCCUAAAUCUAAGCUCAGACUUUACCUUCAUUAACCGGCAGAGAGCUGAGCUGAGAGCCAAUCUAAAGGAAACACUAUGGAUGUGUGAUCAUGGAUCACUGCCUUGCCGUGGCGAAGGGGCUUGAAUAGCUCAGAGAAGCUAUGAGCUAUGCCGUGCAGGGCCACCCAAGAUGGACAGGUCAUAGUGGAGAGUUUUGACCAAACGUGAUCCACCUGGAGCAGGAACCGGCAAGCCACUCCAGUAUCCCUGCCAAGAAAACUCCAUGGACAAAGGCAACAGGCAUAUAAAAGUUAUGACGCUGGAAGAUGAGCCCCUCAGGUCGGAAGGCAUCCAACAUGCUACUGAGGAAGAGCAGAGGACAAGUACAAGUAGAUUCAGAGCUGAUGAAGUGGCUGGGCCAAAGCCGAAAGGACGCUCAGUUGCGGAUAUGCCUGGAAGUGAAAGGAAAGUCCAAUGCUGUAAAGAAAAAUAUUGCAAAGGAACCUGGAAUGUAAGAACCAUGAACCUUGGUAAGUUGGAUGUGGUCAAAAAUGAGAUGGCAAGAAUAAUGACAUCCUGGGCAUCAGUGAACUAAAGUGGACGGGAAUGGGCGAAUUCAGUUCAGAUGACUAUCAUAUCUACUACUGUGGGCAAGAAUCCCGUAAAAGAAAUGGAGUGGCCCUCAUAGUCAACAAAAGAGUGGCGAAAGCUGUACUGGGAUGCAAUCUCAAAAAUGAUAGAAUGAUCUCAAUACGAAUCCAAGGCAGACCUUUUAACAUCACAGUAAUCCAAGUUUAUGCACCAACCACUGGUGCUGAAGAAACUGAAAUUGACCAAUUCUAUGAAGACUUACAACACCUUAUAGAAAUGACACCAAAGAAGGAUGUUCUUCUCAUUAUAGGGGAUUGGAAUGCUAAAGUAGGGAGUCAAGAGAUAAAAGGAACAACUGGCAAGUUUGGCCUUGGAGUUCAAAAUGAAGUAGGGCAAAGGUUAAUAGAGUUCUGCCAAGAGAACAAGCUGGUCAUCACAAACACUCUUUUCCAACAACACAAGAGACGACUCUACACAUGGACAUCACCAGAUGGGCAGCAUCGAAAUCAGAUUGAUUAUAUUCUCUGCAGCCCAAGAUGGAGAAGCUCUAUACAGUCAGCAAAAACAAGACCUGGAGCUGACUGCGGCUCAGAUCAUCAGCUUCUUAUAGCAAAAUUCAAGCUUAAACUGAAGAAAGUAGGAAAAACCACUGGGCCGGUAAGAUAUAAUCUAAGUCAAAUCCCUUAUGAAUACACAGUGGAAGUGAGGAACAGGUUUAAGGAUUUAGAUUUGGCGGACAGAGUGCCUGAAGAACUAUGGAUAGAGGCUCAUAACAUUAUACAGGAGGCAGCAACUAAAACCGUCCCAACGAAAAGGAAAUGCAAGAAAGCAAAGUGGCUGUCCAACGAGGCCUUACAAAUAGCGGGGGGGAGAAGGCAAGCAAAGUACGAGGGAGAUAGUGAAAGAUACAGGAAAUUGAAUGCAGAUUUCCAAAGAAAAGCAAGGAGAGACAAGAAGGCCUUCUUAAACGAGCAAUGCAAAGAAAUAGAGGAAAACAAUAGAAUGGGAAAAAUCAGAGAUCUGUUUAAGAAAAUUGGAGAUAUGAAAGGAACAUUUCGUACAAAGAUUACCAUAAUAAAAGACAAAAGUGGUAAGGACCUAACAGAAGCAGAAGGCAUCAAGAAGAGGUGGCAAGAAUACACAGAGGAACUAUACUAGAAAGAAAUGGAUGUCUCGUACCCCCCAGGUAGUGUGGUUGCUGACCUUGAGCCAGACAUCCUGGAGAGUGAAGUCAAAUGGGCCUUAGAAAGCAUUGCAAAUAACAAGGCCAGUGGAAGUGAUGGUAUUCCAGCUGAACUAUUUAAAAUUUUAAAAGAUGAUGCUGUUAAGGUGCUACACUCAAUAUGCCAGCAAGUUUGGAAAACUCAGCAGUGGCCAGAGGAUUGGAGAAGAUCAGUCUACAUCCCAAUCCUAAAGAAGGGCAGUUCCAAAGAAUGCUCCAACUACCGCACAAUUGCACUCAUUUCACACACUAGCAAGGUUAUGCUUAAAAUUCUUCAAGGCAGGCUUAAGCAGUAUGUGGACCGAGAACUCCCAGAAGUGCAAGCUGGAUUUCGAAGGGGCAGAGGAACCAGAGACCAAAUUACAAACAUGCGCUGGAUUAUGGAGAAAGCUAGAGAGUUCCAGAAAGACAUCUACUUCUGCUUCAUUGACUAUGCAAAAGCCUUUGACUGUGUCGACCACAGCAAACUAUGGCAAGUUCUUAAAGAAAUGGGAGUGCCGGAUCACCUCAUCUGUCUCCUGAGAAAUCUCUAUGUGGGACAAGAAGCUACAGUUAGAACUGGAUAUGGAACAACUGAUUGGUUCAAAAUUGGGAAAGGAGUAUGGCAAGGCUGUAUAUUGUCUCCCUGCUUAUUUAACUUAUAUGCAGAAUUCAUCAUGCGAAAGGCUGGGCUGGAUGAAUCCCAAGCUGGAAUUAACAUUGCCGGAAGAAAUAUCAACAACCUCAGAUAUGCAGAUGGCACAACCUUGAUGGCAGAAAGUGAGGAGGAAUUAAAGAACCUUUUAAUGAGGGUGAAAGAGGAGAGCGCAAAAUGUGGUCUGAAGCUCAACAUCAAAAAAAUGAAGAUCAUGGCCACUAGUCCCAUCAUCUCCUGGCAAAUAGAAGGGGAAGAAAUGGAGGUAGUGAGAGAUUUUACUUUCUUGGGCUCCAUGAUCAUUGCAGAUGGUGACAGCAGCCACGAAAUUAAAAGACGCCUGCUCCUUGGGAGAAAGGCGAUGGCAAACUUAGACAGUAUCUUAAAAAGCAGAGACAUCACCUUGCCAACAAAGGUCCGUAUAGUUAAAGCCAUGGUUUUCCCAGUAGUGAUGUAUGGAAGUGAGAGCUGGACCAUCAAGAAGGCUGAUCGCCGAAGAAUUGAUGCUUUUGAAUUAUGGUGCUGGAGGAGACUCUUGAGAGUCCCAUGGACUGCAAGAAGAUCAAACAUAUCAAUUCUUCAGGAAAUCAGCCCUGAGUGCUCACUGGAAGGACAGAUCAUGAAGCUGAGGCUCCAAUACUUUGGCCACCACAUGAGAAGAGAAGACUCCCUGGAAAAGACCCUGAUGUUGGGAAAGAUUGAGGGCACAAGGAGAAGGGGACGACAGAGGACGAGAUGGUUUGACGGUGUUCUCAAAGCUACAAACAUGAGUCUGACCAAACUGCGGGAGGCAGUGGAAGACAGGAGUGCCUGGCGUGCUCUGGUCUAUGGGGUCACGAAGAGUCGGACACGACUAAACGACUAAACAACAACAACAACUACUACCUGUGAGGCCCUAAAUCUAAGCUCAGACUUUACCUUCAUUAACCGGCAGAGAGCUGAGCUGAGUGCCAUACUAAAAGAAAAACUAUGGAUGUGUAUCUCUUUUGCCUUUAAAAGUCUGGGGAAAGUAUCUAUGGGAAGAUUAGGGUCACUUUAUGGCAAUGGAGGAAAACUUUCAUGUUUGUAUUGUACGCUGCCCCUUAACAGGGCAAAUAGCAGCUGCAGAGGGGUGGUUUUCUUCAGGAAAAUGGUCCCCACAAAAUUCUCCCAGCAUUGUAGUCUCAGUCCUCAUCAGGCCUUCCUGCCCCUGCUUUUUACAAAGAUUUAGACUGGAGAUUCAGUCAGUCAUUUCCAAACAUCUCCUGUAGUUUUGAGUAGCCAAAACAAGCAGAUUCCUACCUUAUUUGGGAAUAUAACAUUGCACUGGAAAUCCCUGCUAAGAUUAAAGUAACCAGAACAAUGGCUGCACUUAAAAGAACAGGACUUAAAGUAGAAGAGAUGGAAAUCAGUAGGGAUUUUCCCACUCAGAGUGGGAGAGAUUAGUUUACAGGUCCCUGGGAUUGAAGUUUAAUGAGUUCCCAUGGUCCCAGAAAUUGUGAAUAAUGCCAGCAAUGUUAUCCUGUGGGGGAUUUUUCAAACUGAGAUCAUCAACUCCUACAUCUGGGGUCCCAAAUAUGCCCCUGGGUACCAUGGCGCUUUCAGACCAUGGCAUCUGUUGAGGCCCUAUAGAAGGGGUCCCAAGGAUUACUGUAUAUUUUGCACCAUAACACUCACUUUUUUCCUCCUAGAAAGUAAGGGGAAAUGUCUGUGCGUGUUAUGGAGGGAAUGCCUACGGGUGGCGGGGGGAUCUGCUGCAGUCGUGAGCAGAGGAUCCAUGGUUCCCCUUCCUUCCCUCCUCCGUGGCUCGCUUUGAAACAGCAAAGCGGGAGAAGAGCCGCUGAGUGGGGAGGACAGAGGGACAGAGAGCCUGAUUCUUUAAAGGGGCAAAGCGGGAGAGGAGAGGAGCCGCUUACACAAGUGUAAGUGGCUCCUGUCCGGUUGGUUCCUUUAAAGCAAGCAGGCUCUCUGUCCCUCUCUCCUCCCCACUCAGAGGCUCUUCUCCCGCUUUGCUGGAAAUAGCAGGAAAGAUUUUCAGCUCGCUAAGGGGGGGGGGGGAGAAAAGCAGAUCCUGCUUGCUUUAAAGUAGCAAAGUGGGAGAGGAGAGGAGCCUUCUCCCCUUAUACCCCUCUUCUUCAUUAUUAGCAGCAUGCUUCUCCACACACCCCAUGCGUGUUCCUUCUCCCCUUAAACCCCUCUCCUGCAUUAUUAGCUGCAUCCUUCUCCACCCACCCCACGCGUGCUCCUUCUCCCCUUAAACCCCUCUCCUGCAUUAUUAGCAGCAUCCUUCUCCACACACCCCAUGCGUGCUCCUUGUCCCUUGAGUGCUUUUCCUUCCCUCCCCACUUAAAACGUGGUUGCAAAGCACGGAUCCACAUGGAUCCUCAGGAUUUUUGCAUUGGGCUACUCCAAAUUCACCGUCAGAUCACAUGUCUGUGGCCACAGCAUGAACCACAAAAAUCAUACAUCCACUAUUUUGUUUAGAAUAUUUUUUUUCUUGUUUUCCUCCUCUCAAAACUACGUGCGUGUUAUGGUCGGGUGCGUGUUAUAGAGCGAAAAAUACGGUAUCUAUUCAACCCUCUGCAAUGCUGAAAUCUAGGCCAAAGCAUCCAUGUCAGAUGCCAUCCUUCUGUCUUGCACCCCCCCUUUUUUUAAAUGGCUUUGGGUGUGGAGUUGUUUGUUGCUUGAUUUUGGCGGGAUGUUGUCUGAUUCCACCCACCAACCCUGUGCAUUUUAUUUUUAUCGGCGUUCUGCCUGGGUUUGGGUUGAGGGGAAACCAUUCUGAACAUUGCCAUUUUCUCCCUGUUGGUGAAAUGGGUAUUUUGUGGUGCGCACAACAGUUUCUUAGGUUUUUUUCCUUCGAUAAAUAUGUCCCUGGAUCUGCAGAGGUCACAGACCCCUGCCUUCAUUGAAAGCUAACGGCUCCAGGAAAUGGCCACAAACCAUGUAUGCUCUGAGCUUAAAGAGAAUGACACAAAACCCUGCGCCAAAGAAGCCCUAAUUUGGCAAGACAGAUUGACCUUGUGAACUAAGGAUAUUUCCGUGUGUGUGUGUGUGUGUGUGUGUGUGUGUAUUUCUGCUAAUCAUAGUGAGGGAUGUUAAGCAACACGCAGAACUCUGAAGCCCUGACUUCCUGACUCCUGAACAUCCUGCUUAUUUCCCCCUUUGCUUUCAGCGUAGUCUGAAAGCUGUCCCUAAGUAACUGAAUCUCCUGAUGUGGGAGGAAAUAAAGCAGCCACACCUUGUCUUGCUCAGUCCUUGCCAACUCCCUCGCUUGUUGUGUGACAUGCCUGGAGUCUAGCCCUUGUGCAAUGGGCCAGAGAGAGAGAAGGGCCUAUAUACUGCAACUGCUUUAUCUCCUUUGGCCCCCAAAGGCAAAGAAGUGUCAAAAGAUGUAAAGGGAUAGCUGCAUCCUCCGGCUUCGAAUCCAGGCACCCUAUCAUAGAAUCAUAGAGUUGGGUCAAUUGGUCCAACCUAGGGUUGCCAUCUUUCAAAAAGUGAAAAUCCGGACACAAAAGUUGUUGAGCUUUAUUGGGCAAAGUUGCUGAGCUCUUUUUUUGCUGUGGGGAGAAAAGUUGUUGAGCUUCUCUUAGUUUUGCCCAAAGUUGUUGAGCUUUCCCUCCCAAAUCUAAACAAAACAAAACAUUUUUCAGCUACCGUAUUUUUUGCUCUAUAAGACGCACAUUUUCCCCUCCAAAAAUUAAGGGGAAAUGUGUGUGCGUCUUAUGGAGCGAAUGCAGGCUCCUUGGCUUCAGCGAUAGCAAUGCAAAGCCUCCGAAGCACAGUGGAAGCGCUCCCGCCGCGCUCUGGAGGCUUCGCGUUGCUUUCGCUGAAGCCUGGAGAGCGAGAGGGGUCGGUGCGCCCCCACCCCUCUCGCUCUCCAGGCUUCAGGGAUAGCCGCCUGAAGCCUCUGGAGUGCAAUGGGAGCUCCUGCUGCGCUCCAGAGGCUUCGGAUUCCUUUCGCUGAAGGGUAGGUGCCCCUUCAGCUAAGGCGCAGCGCCCCUUCAGCUAAGCGGGAGGAGAAAUGGAAGGGGCUCUGUUUCUCCUGCCGCCUCACUGAAGGGGCGCUGCGCAGAGAGGGGAAGAAUUUUUUUUCUUGUUCUCCCCCUCUAAAACAAGGUGCGUCCUGUGAUCAGGUGCGUCCUAUAGAGCAAAAAAUACAGUAUUUUUAAUGGGAAAUCGCCAAGAUCUACACUGCUGACAUGGGCUGCCAUACAUCCAGAUUCCCGCCCAGAAACUGCUAACGAUGGCAGAAUCCUGGCUAUGUCUGGGAAAUUCUGGACGUACGGAAACCCUAGACCAACCCCCCCUGCAAUGCAGGAGUCUCAGCUAAAGCAUCCAUGACAGAUGUCCAUCCAACCUCUGCUUAAAAACCUCCAAGGAAGGAGAGUCCACCACCUCCCAAGGGAGACCGUUCCACUGUCAAACAGCUCUCCGCGGCAUCAAGUUCUUCCUAGUCUGCCCCAUCUGCCCCUGGAUCUCUUGGCAUUUGAGUAGGCAGUACCUACAACAAUACGUUCAGGACUUAUUUUGCACCCAGCUGAAUUUAGGGCAGAAACAGAUGCAAUAUUAUACUUAUAAUUAGUUUCAUAAUUAUAUAUUAUAUAUUUUUAUAGAAAAUUUAUUAUUUUAAUACAGUUUAUUAUUGUUGGUGAUGAUGAUUUUGCUGGGCUCCCAACAAAAGAUUAAAAACACAAUAAAACAUCAAACAUUAAAAACUUUCCUAUACAGGGAAAUUGCAGCUUCCUCCCAGUUUGCGUUAUAUAUGGCAGGUGUGCGGAUCAGCAAAUCGCAUGCUGGGAGCCCACCAUCAAUUCUGACCCUUGCUGGCUCCUAACAAUAAAACAAUGAACAGGGUGCGGAUACGAUGACUACUGCAAUCGGCACAAGAUAACAUCACCAAGGCAGCUAUCUGUAAACAAACGAUAAAUAUCCAUUAAAAAUGGCAAAAGUAGUUUCCUUCCCAAAUCAGUUUUAUCUUAAACAAUAGCAAACACAGUAAAUAAAGAGUUUGCUUGUAAUACACCAGUGGUUCAGUGCUCAUUUCUUCUCUUUCAAAAAUAGAUUUUAUCUUGAACAAUUGCAAACGCAGUAAUAAAGAAUCCACUUGUGAUAUACCAGUGGUUCAGUGCUUGGACGUCGUUCCGGUAAUCUGACGUUUUGUCGCUAAAGAUCUUAGUCAUCGAGUUUUGUAGUAAAUAAUAUACAAGAUAAAACAGUAUGUAAAGGACUUUAAGCAGGGGUAUAUCUGUCCCCAUCUGCAUGUUUCCAUCAGGGGAGCAUAGAAGGAUGAUGAUGUCUGUUAAGUUGUGGGUAGACAUAGCAGACGACACAGCGAUUCUUCCAAAGCAGCUCUUUAUUUGUAAGCUGGAACAGAACUGACUGAGGAGCUCAGUCAGCCUGCUUAUAUAGAGCUCCAGAACAAUGUAACUGUUGCCAUUUUCUAAAACUAUCCAAUCACUGAACGUCACUUUCGAUCCUUCAUUUGCAUACAAACUAUCCAAUCACUGAACGUCACUUUCGAUCCUUCAUUUGCAUAACUAUCUACAGUAUCCCCCUGCUGGCCCAGGGUGAGAACUUCAGUACAUAACAAUGUCCUUCAGUUUGUUAAACCUGAAGGAGGUUGAUGACUAAGUUCUUCAGCAACGAAACGUCGGAUUACCGGAACGAUGUCCGAAAUUCUUACUGAGUUUCUGUGCCAUUCCAGAGGCUGGGAAGACAAGUGGAAGGCCUUGCGGAAAGCCCCUUCUCUUGAUGCCCCCUUCUCAAGUUUACAAGAGAGGGACACAUUCCAGUUGUGGUGGAAGUGGUGGAGCAAACAGUGGGAGUGGGGAGGGGUGCAGUGGUGGGGCAGGGGAGCCAUUCUUAUUGUGCCUCAGGUGGCGAAACAAGAUGGGCCAGCACUGGUGGAGGGGCGUGGGUUGGGGUGGCGUCUCAUUGGGAGCACUGCUCUGACCUUUGUAACCCUAAACGGCUGUGGCCCUAUAUAUCUGAAGGAGCAUCUCUGAGGGUGGACCUUCUGGAGGUUCCCUCACUGCGAGAAGCGAAGUUGCAGGGAACCAGGCAGAGGGCCUGCUCAGAUGUCCAACAAAUAACCAGUUAUGCAACUUCUGUAGACAUCUGAAGGUAGCCCUGUAUCGGGAAGUUUUUGAUGUCUGAUGUAUCAUUUGCUCUUUUAUAUUCUGCUAGAAGCCGCCCAGAGUGACUGGGGCAAACCAGUCAGAUGGACAGAAUACUACUUCUUCUUCUUCUUCUUCUUCUUCUUCUUCUUCUUCUUCUUCUUCUUCUUCUUCAUCAUCAUCAUCUGUUGUUGUUGUUGUUGUUGUUGUUACUACUACUACUACUACUAGUCCCCUGAUGUCUGGUGUCAGCCCUGACUGUGGCAAAAUCCAAUCUUCCUGGUGUUGUGUGAUUCCUUUAUUUAGUUGCUUCUCAGUGCAGAAUAGCUGGUCUUGCUGUAUGCCAAGUUCUUAUCUGACCCAAAGAGCAAGCUUCUAUUUAAAUUGUUGUCAACUAAGCACUUGAAAAAAUAAUGCAGAACUCAUAUCAGGCUAGGCUUGCCCGCUGUUCUCAAGCACCUUGGGUCCUUUCCAAGAUGCUGCUGUGCAGAAGUUUGAGGAAGAGUUAAUAUUAAAAACAAAACAAAAAAGAAAUGAUAUUUAUAAACUAUGCAUUCUUAUGCUAUAUGGCUCAAGUUAAAUCUAGCAUGGAGGCUGGAGACACACAAUUCCCUGAGCCUUAGACAAACAAGAGACGCUGCCAGCAUUUAGUGAUGAGGGAUGCAAAGAUUUCCUUGUUAAAUCUGAUACCUAUUUCCAGGAAAUAACAUUGGUGCACACUCUGUCCUCCUCACUUCUUCCACAGUUGCUGCCACUCAUAAAACAAGUUCCUUUUGCAUCUUCCUUAACUGCUCCGACCUAUAAUAAAAUAUGGCUUACUGGCUAUUUUCCCAGGUGCGUUAACUUUGGGUUUGUUUUUUUAGGAAGUGCUUGUGCCACAUGCAGUAGUGCUGACUUUGGAUUCCCAAAUUGUGGACUCAGCUAUGCAGCUGCAAAUAUAAUGUUUUAAGUGCAUUAUACAAAUGUGGCACUAGAUGGCGCUGAUGAACUAAUGGCAAAUUCCAUAUAUAUUUUAAAACAUUUAAAAUAAAAAAGCUUCUUCCCCCAGCCUCUAUCUUCAGAUCUGAGACCCUUCUCCUAUCCUUCCCUGCUUCCCAGCCUUUAAAAUUAGCAACUGCAGCAGUUUCCCCUAACCUGAUGGAAUCUUGUGUGGGUUUAUGGAGGGAGAGUGGAAUGAUUGCAAGGUGAUCAUGCCAUGCAGCAGAACUAGCGUGGCACCAGCAUGUCAGGGUUAGCCAACCCUGUGCCCUCCCAGUGUUGUUGGACUACAACUACCAUCUGCCCCAGUCAGCAUGGUCUGUUGUCAGGGAUGAUGGGAGUUGGAGUCAGUAGCUGAGGCCAUGGUUGGGCUGUGUUGCUUAGUUGGCUGAGUCACUGCUGCAUAGCAUGAGCCCGUGUGGCAUAAUGGUUCGAGUGUUGGACUGGGACCUGGGAGAGCUGGGUUCGAAUCCCCACUCAGCCAUGAAAUGAAGCUCACUGGGUGACCUUGGGCCAGUCACCCUCUCAACCUAACCUUCUGGAGCAGCUGUCCAAAUGGAACUGAACUGAGUUUGGUGAGCCUUACUUCUUGGAAAGUGCACUGAAAUAUACUCAGUCGAGAGUGGAUUUCAUGCUCUUUAUUCAGCUCAUAGUGGUGAGGAGGAAUGGAAGUUUCCCCCAAAUAUCGGCUUUAUAUACAUUAUUUACACAAUGGGCUGCACGUGAUUGGCUAAUUCUGGGAUUCUCCUGUAGGCCAAUCAGGUUGUGGAUUCACUUCCACCUGGAGCUGGAUUGGGUGGCUCCUGCGGACCAAUCAUACUGCUGCAUUGUUCUAGGACCAAUCAGACUGCUGCAUUCUGAAUCCUAUUGUUCUAGGACCAAUCAGACUGCUGCCUUUUGGAUCCUAUUGUUCUAGGACCAAUCAGACUGCUGCAUUUUGGAUCCUGUUCAACUCAGUACAUAACAUGCACAUAGGAUUGUGGGAGAGAGGUGAUACUUGGCUUAACUGUUCUAUUGAAACCAAAGCGCUUGGCUUCUCCUGGAUCAUGCGCUCAGCAUCUAGAAACAUCCUCUGCUGCCUGACUCUGGGGCGCAUAUCUUCAGAGAGACCCUUGAGGACCUCUCGGUAAACCUCCCGUGUGGUGUAGUGGUUAAGAGCGGUAGACUCGUAAUCUGGUGUCUACAUGCAGCUGCUGGGUGACCUUAGGCUAGUCACUCUUCUCUGAAGUCUCUCAGCCCCACUCACCUCACAGAGUGUUUGUUGUGGACGAGGAAGGGAAAGGAGAAUGUCAGCCACUUUGAGACUCCUGAAGGGGAGUGAAAGGCGGGAUAUCAAACCCAAACUCUUCUUCUCUUCCUCUCCCAUUUUAUGGCUCCUUUUGGGUUUCCCCUUUUUCUUUCUAUGAGCGAGCGAUCUGGCAAUUCAUUCAGCUCCUGGGUUGGAUUAUCAGCAUUGCCAACACACCAAACGGCUGAGCUGAUAUAAGCAGCAGCGCACCAGCAUGAGAUUGCCCACCCAGAUAGCUCAGUUGGUAGAGCGUGAGCCCAACUUAACCUCAGGGUCGUAGGUUUGAGCCCCACACUGGGCAAAACAUUUCUGCAUGACAUGGGGGUUGGACUAGAUGGCUCUUGUCGUCCCUUCCAACCCCACAAUUCUAUGAUUUAUUAUCUAUGUUCAGAGGUGCUAGAUGUUCAGAGCCAGGUGACCCCGCAAAACCCCAGAGCUCCCGUGUUUCCUGCCGAAUUCCUGCUGAUGAAUGUUUACUCAGCAGACUGAAAAGAAAAGGAGGGAAAAUCCCCUUUCUUUUCCCUUUCCUAUUGUGUAUCUAAAAACCGAACUGAGGCAAAAGUCCAAGCCUUAGCUCCACAGUGGGGGACCUUUGGAGAAAGGGAGUAUUGCUAGCAGCAGAGAGAUCGGAUCAAAAUAAAAGCUGGUUAAAGAAAGGCUUCAAUAAACAUUCAGUGAAUUCAAAUAAACGGUUCUGCAAAGGAGUUGAAAUUUUCUUUCCCACUUUUAAAGAUCAGGUUUACGCCUUCGCAUUUCCUCUUUUUUGCUAGGCUAGGGUAUUUCCACGGCUUCAUAGACCAUUCAAAAAAUAUCUAAGUAAACAGGAGCUUAAAAAUAUUUUGUAUUAAGAUGGCUACCAGCACAAAAGGCUGGGAAAUUCCACUGUUCCUGUGUCAUGUUGAUUUUGGGAACAUUGCCCAGCCCUGGAUAACAUGACACCCAAAAAAAUAACGCCGUUAUAGACAAUGUAAAAGAAAUAAGCUACUAUAUGGGGCUGAAAGUAUGUUUACUAUUAGUGCCUGAAUAUUUUCAUAGGCACACCUCACAUUAAAAUCACAUUUAUAUCCCAUUCUUCCUGCAAGGUUCCUCCAUCCUCAUAUAUAUCACUAUUAAGCACCGUUGCCCUCAGUGGAAGAAUUAAGUCCAUGUUUUAAUAUAUUUCCCAUUGAAAUCAUUGGAACGUUAAAGGUGCUUAGCUUGGAUCGUGUCCAUACUGAAAACGAAGCGUUCCAUCAUAAUACAAACACGACAUGUUUCUUUCUGAACAGUUUGGCAAAUGUUUUCUACUAACGGUGAAAUAAAGAAUGUCAGCACACUGAGCCAUAGGGCUUUUGCAAGUUGCACCGGUUUAUUUUCAGCUCUUUUCAGUUUAUGCCAUAUGUUCAGGAAAGUAUGCACUAUGUACAAGGAAAGCCUAAUGGUCCUAGGAUUUCCUUCCUUGAAGGCAGCUGUACCAGAAAAUAAAUUAUUCUCCUACUGUUAAGGACAAUGUUUCCCCCACUAACAGUAUGCAUACAAACACAUUUUUAAAAGUUAAUUAUCAUAUUUUUAUUAAGCCCUUCCACUAAAGGAUGAGCGGAAAGUACACAUAUAGACCAUUCCCCAAUUUUAUCAUUACAAGAGGUGGGUUAGAGAGAGAGUCAGUGAAUUGCUAAAAGUCAGCCAAAAAACAUAGAAACUGACUGUAGUCCUGGUCCAGCAAAAGGACACAGGAAGCUGAUUCGUUCUGAGUCAGAUCCACUAUAUUUUAUUUUUAAAUUCAUAUCCUGCCUUUCUUCUUAGACCAGGGCUCAUAUGUUUUCUUGACCAUUAUUCCUCGCUGUCAGAUCUAAAUUUACAGAGCCAGUUUGGAAUCUGUUCUAUGUACUAUAUAAUAAGUGCAGUUCUAAGCAUGUUUACUCAGAAGUUUCAUCAAACUCAAUAGGCUAGCUAUAUUUAUUAGGGUGUUUAGGAUUACCGCCAGAUUAAUAUUUGUGUUUCAUCAUUAGGUAUCGGAGAGAUUCCCUCUCUCUUUCGUGUAUUUAUUAAAUUUAGAUGCUCCAUUUCCACGCAUAACACCCUAGGUGGCUAAUAGCAUCAUUUGACAUGGUAAAGUCAAAGCAAAAGAAAUUUUAGAAAACACAUUUAUUUCCAUCAUUUAUUUACAAGCUGUCUAUGCUGCCCAAAAGCAAAAGUUAUUGCUUUGCAAUGAAGGUUGGUACACAAGAUGAUUGACUGAUAAAUAAAUAAAUAAAUAAAUGCUCUCAGUGUGGCUGACAGGCAAAAGGAAACAAAUCAGAUAAAUGGCUUAGGUCCGCAAUACCUCAAGGACCCAGAUUCUGCCCUCAUCAUUUGAAGUCCUCCUUUGUGUGCCUCCUCCAUGCGAGAUCCGGAGGGUGGCAACACGAGAAAGGGCCUUUUCUGUGGUGGCUCCCUGUUUAUGGAAUGCUCUUCCCAGGAAUGUUCAACUGGUGCCUUCAUUAUACAUCUUUAGGCGCCCGCAAAAACGUUCCUCUUCAACCAGAUCUUUGGCCGAUUAACACCUGAAAUCCUUUUAAAUGUGUUGGGGAGCGGGAUUAUUAGUUUGCUUUUGUUCUUAUAUUUAUUAUGUGUUUUGUGUUUCUUUUAUUGUAUUUUUAUGUUGUGAACCACCCUGAGAUCUUUGGUUGAAGGACAGUAUACGAAUUUAAUAAAUAAUAAUAAAGCCAUAAUCAAAUCUAAGUCAUUUGAAAGAGAAAGAGAGAGAGAACAGAGUACCGUAUUUUUUGCUCUAUAAGACUCACUCCUAAAAAGUAAGGAGAAAUGUGUGUGCGUCUUAUGGAGCAAAUGCAGGCUGUGCAGCUAUCACAGAAGCCAGAACAGCAAGAGGGAUUGCUGCUUUCACUGCGCAGCGAUCGCUCUUGCUGUUCUGCCUUCUGAGAUUCAGAAUAUUUUUUUUCUUAUUUUCCUCCUCUAAAAACUAGGUGCGUCUUGUGGUCUGGUGUGUUUUAUAGAGCGAAAAAUACAGUAUAUCAGGCUUCCUCAAUCUCGGCCCUUCAGAUGUUUUGAGACUACAAUUCCCAUCAUCCCUGACCACUGGUACUGCUAGCUAGGGAUCAUGGGAGUUGUAGGCCAAAAACAUCUGGAGGGCCGAGGUUGAGGAAGCCUGGAGUAUAUAAUAACAGUCAAAGUUACUAAGCCUACUUUUUCUUUCAAAUUCAAACUGUGGUAAUGUGAUAUGGUAUCAACGUCUCCUCUCUCAAAGGUGCUUUUUUAAAAAAAUUCCACCCAAAUCCUUGUUUUCAGCUCACAUAGAUUCCCCACCCCCAUCUCAGCCUUUGUGACUAAUAUCACGCAUGACUCAGCCCCAUUCUUCAAAGGCUAUCUCUUCAUGUUGCUGAUCAGAGGCUCAUGUACAUUGAAAUGAGUCAACUUCUAAACUUAUGCCUGACUCCUUGAAUGAUUUCCCAUUCAGAGGAGGAAGCUGGAGUUGGCCCCGAUUGCAAACAAUAAAUGAAAGAGAAAGGAUUACGUGAAAGAGAAAGGAAUCAUUUUCAUCUCUUGAGAGAAUGUAAAAAGUGUUGGUAGGAACAUACUGGAUGUGUCAUUAGUGAAUUAUGUAAUUUAACGUUUGCAUUUUGUGUAAAUAUCGUUUUGUGCAGUUAUGGAAUGAAAUUUAAACAAGCGUUAAACAAAAUCUAACAAAAAGAAAUUCCAGAUUCUGUUAUUCUCCCUCUCUCAGGAAUAGCUCGGUUAGAACAUGGUGUUGAUCAUGCCAAGGUUGUAGGUUUGAUCCCCAUAAGGGACAGCUGCAUAUUUCUGCAUUGCAGGGAGUUUCCCAAACUUAGGUCUCCAGCUGUUUUUGGACUACAACUCCCAUUAUCCCCAGCUAGCAGGGUCAGUAAUCAGGGAUGAUGGGAACUGUAGUACAAAAACAGCUGGAGGCCAAAGUUUGGGAAACCCUUGUUGAUCCUCAGGGUCCAUUCCUAUUCUGUGAUUCUCUAUUAUUCUCAUGAAAUUAGAAGCCAGGGCCAGUCAAUAAAGCUGAAUGUUAGAAGAUCCAGGAGAGACAGAAAAGGAAGUCCUUCAUAGAUUUGCAUAAUUAUACUAUGGAGCUUUUGGUUUCUUUUUACUUUUAACUUGCUUUUAGCUUUUCAUGAUUUUAUUGUUUGCUUUUGUGUUUGUUUUUUUCAUAUUCUUGUAAACCGCUGUGAUACAUGUUUUAUGAUGCACUGGUAUAUAAAUAUUUUUAGAAAUCAGUAAUAAAUAAAUUCUUACCGGGAAGAGGUGUAAGCACCCUGCAAGCAGAUCAGGACGAAUGCUUGUUGCCAUAUAACUGCCCCCUAAACAAAUCAGAAUAAAUUGCGCAAUAACAGCUGGGCGUAGGUCUAAUGACAGUGUAAUUUUGUGCAGGCAGAUCCAGACAAAUGCUGAAUAAAACAGGUUAUCCAGAGCGCUGUGUCCCUGCCUGCUGUGAUAGGUGUCUUCUGUUCUAGAAAACCCAGGUGCUAAUAAAUGGUAAAUCAGCAGUUUAACGAGAAGAUCUUAACUAAUUUGCCCCUUCUAAUCAAUAAGGAGGCUUUCAGUACUUCUGAUAAUUGAACCAUAAACAUUUAGGAAAAGAUGAACCCCACCCCAUAAUAGGCAGCCGCCAGUGUUGAUCAGAAGUGAAUGUAGUCUAUCCUCUAUUGUUCAAGAUCUGAGAGGUCAACACAAGAAUAUUAAAGGUGACACAGAUUUGUUUUUUUGUAAUGUUGCCAGGUUCUUGGUAUUGGAAAUACAUGCUUUAAAAAAAGAACCAUGCAUCCUGUAAGAUGAAAAGCUGCCCAGGGGAGUAUCAGUAAACGUUGCAGCCCAGCCAAGAAAUGACAGUCACUUGCGACAGCUUCCUUUUGGGAAAUUUCAAACUGAUAAUUUCUUAGUAUAAAAGAAAAAAUAAAUAAAUGACUGCUCCAGACCCUGGGUGUUGUUAAGGAAGACAGAAACAUUAUCGCCAGGAGAAUAAGCUGUGAGGGGUGAAAUCUCCAUUUUAGAUUUCACUUCAGCGGCUAGCUCCCAACAUGAGCCUCCCACAUGCAAUUCAGGAUUAAAAAUAUGUAACACAGGGUUUUUAAAAUAGGGUUUGCAAAGAUUUACUGAGCUUGUGUGUGAGAGAAUCAUUGAAAAACAGCAACACUGUAACAGCACAAUCCUGUGCAAAUCUACUCGGAAGUAAGUCACAUUGACGUCAGUAGGACUUGCUCCCAGGUAAGUGGGUAUAGAAUUGCAACCUAAGUAUUAUUCUGGUCUAAUAUACAUGCACAGGAAUAAUGCAAGUACUUUAUGGCAAAUCUGCCACUGGUGGGGUUCAUAUCGUAUUUCAGAGAUUUGCCCCCAUCCUCCCCGUAAAUAGCUUUUAUAUAAUGUCAAAAGAGAAUCCGCCUUUGUAUUGUAUUCCCCAUCUUCCAAACUUGGCAUGUUAUUGACAGGGCCAGAUUUAGGUUUGAUGAGGCCCUAAGCUAAGUGGUCUAAACCACUGAGCCUCUUGGGCUUGCUGAUCUGAAGGUCAGCAGUUUGAAUCCCCGCGACGGGGUGAGCUCCUGUUGCUCGGUCCCUGCUCCUGCCAACCUAGCAGUUUGAAAGCAUGUCAAAGUGCAAGUAGAUAAAUAGGUACUGCUCCGGCAGGAAGGUAAACAGCGUUUCCGUGCGCUGCUCUGGUUUUGCCAGAAGCGGCUUAGCCAUGCUGGCCACAUGACCCAGAAAAACUUUCUGCGGACAAACGCCGGCUCCCUCGGCGUGUAAAGCGAGAUGACGCCACAACUCGAGUCGUCUGUGACUGGACUUAACUAUCAGGGGUCCUUUACCUUUACCUUUUAAGCUACUGAAGGUAAUGGGGCCCUUUAUAUGUCCAGCUGUUCUUUGUCAACAACAAAUUGUCACUGUCUUUAGUGUUGAAUAUAUGCUAUACGGUAAUAUAUGUACCUAAUAGGUAUCUAAAGCCAUUUGCACAUAACAAAAUAUGUACGGUACAUCAUAGGAGCCUACACAACACAAAUCACUGUUGUUGUAUGUAGGUUUUAUUUUAUUUGUUUUUGAUCUUAUACAGUGAUACCUCGGGUUACAGACACUUCAGGUUACAGAUGCUUCAGGUUACAGACUCCGCUAACCCAGAAAUAGUACUUCGGGUUAAGAACUUUGCUUCAGGAUGAGAACAGAAAUUGUGCGGUGGCAGCAGGAGGCCCCAUUAGCUAAAGUGGUACCUCAGGUUAAGAACAGUCCUCCAGUUCUUAACCUGAGGUACCACUGUAUUUUGGAAAUGUACAUCAAGUUUUUUCCCCUUUAAAUUUAUUUAGGGCCCCCAAGAGAGUGGAGCCCUAAGCUAUAGCUUGUUUAGCUUAUCCAUAAAUCUGGCACUGGUUAUUGACAGUAGGACAUGCAAGCUGGAAGGAGGCAGGACACCUGCAGUUAGUGCAUUAUUUUGGCCAUUGGUCACAUUUUAUGUCCAUUGUGUGUGCAGAGGGCAAUGAUUACAUCUUUUUCUCCCCACCUUAGGAUGGUUGGAAUGAAGAGUGCCACCCAACUUGAAAAGAAUAAUGGGACGCUGCCGAAGAUUACAAGAUGAGAGACAGUUCAGAAGAGAGGAGAGACUCGGACUGCUGCAGUUAGUGGGGACAGGAACCUGUACGAAAGCAGAAGACUAAAUUUCAUUAAAUUAAAUCUGAAAACAAACCUAGCGCAUUGAAUCGGCUUCCUUUUAAAUAACGGAGAGUCAGUCCGCAGUCCUGAAUCUCAUCAAUUUACAGUGG